AUGUCAACACAAGCACCGACAUUCACACAGCCGCUACAGAGCGUCGUGGCACUUGAGGGUAGUGCCGCGACGUUUGAGGCUCAAAUUAGUGGUUCUCCAGUUCCUGAGGUGAGCUGGUUCCGCGAUGGCCAGGUUCUUUCCACCACCACUCUGCCAGGUAUACAGAUCUUGUUCAGCGAUGGCCGCGCUGUUCUGAGGAUUCCUGCUGUGACGGCUGCACACAGCGGAAGGUUUUCUGUUAGAGCCACGAACGGAGCUGGACAAGCCACAAGCACCGCUGAACUCCUCGUUACAGUGGAGACGGCACCUCCAAAUUUCCUUCAAAGACUUCAGAGUUUAACAGUGAGACAAGGCAGCCAGGUGAGGCUGGAUGUGCGAGUGACAGGAAUCCCGACACCAGCUGUUAAGUUCUACAGAGAAGGGGCCGAGAUUCAGAGCUCGGCCGACUUCAGGAUUCUCCAAGAUGGAGACCUGUAUACUUUGUUGAUCGCUGAAGCCUUCCCAGAGGACUCUGGGACAUAUUCUGUGACUGCCACCAACAACAGCGGACGGGCCACCUCCACUGCUGAAUUGCUAGUUCAGGGUGAGGAAGCUGUGCCAGCUAAGAAACUGAAGACUGUUUCCACAUCCCAAAUAACGGCUUCCCAGAGCAGAGUACAGAGGGUGGAGACUAGUUUCCAGGCCUCCACUAAGAGGGAGAUCCAUGUAGGAGAAGGAAUGAUCACUCAGCAUUUGGCUCACAAAACCCCCCCACGGGUUCCUCCAAAGCCGACCUCCAAGUCCCCGCCGUCCUAUGUUUCUAAGGUGACGGCAGGACGUCAGCAGUCCCCUUCGCCUGUCAGACAUGUGAAAGGGCCAACACCGACACCUGUCAGACCAGUGUCUCCAUCCACCAAACUGUCUGUUUCUCCCAUCCGACCAGUCAAGUCUCCCAUCAUGACCAGGAAACAGGUAUCUAGCUCUGCAGAGGUUCUGCCGCCCUGGAAACAGGGAGACUACGCGACUGAAGCGAGCUAUACCAGCAUGGCAAGCAUGACCGCUGUCAGCAGCACCACUCAGCUUCACAUGGAGAAGCACUGGGAGCAGCAGGUGGCUGCCACCAGAGAGGAUGAGGGAGAAAAAAAGGCUGAGGCAGUGGCCACAGUGGUGGCCGCUGUUGACCUCGCUCGUGUCCUCAAGCCUGUGCAUGGGGAGGGUGGUCGGAAAGAGGAAGAGGAGCAUGUGGAGUUGAGGAUAAAGCAGCAGGCGGCAGCAACUGCAGAGAAACAAGUUAUUGCAACAAAAACACUUCCUACUGAGCCUGCUGUGUCUGCAGAGCAGCACAGAGUCCAGGUCUCUCAGAUUCAGAGAACAACAGAAAUCUUCUCCUGUGUGGACACUGGUGUCGUCCAGCCCCCAGUUCCACAUUUCACAGUUUCUAAAGUUUCUGUUCCUAAACAUGAACCUAGACAUGAGGUGUCCCGUGCUGGCUCUGCCAUCGCUACACUGCACAAAGAGCUAUCCUCCCCUUCCACCCCCAGAAAGAUCAUCAAGCCAGUCAAAUCUCCCAGUCCGUCUCGACAGGCGGCAGUGGAGGUUCAUGUGAUACCUGAGCCCUUCCCACCACCGUUCAGAGAUGUGCGAUAUAAGACUCAACUUGACAGCAGAGGCGCUUAUGCGUUUAGUGAGGAAGAAUUUGAGGAAUGGGAACCUCAGGAGGUGGCUGCAGUGCCUACAAGAUCCCAGGAGCCUGUUGUUCCACCCACUCUUAUUGCUGGACUGAAGAACCUGACUGUGACCGAAGGCGAGUCAGUGACCUUGGAGUGCAAAAUCAGCAGUCACCCUUCCCCUGUCAUAAUCUGGUUCAGGGAGGACUACAAGAUCGAGAGCUCCAUUGACUUCCAGAUCAGCUACGAGCACGGAUUUGCCAGGCUGAUUAUUCGUGAGGCAUUUGCUGAAGACAGUGGCCGGUUUACCUGCACUGCCACCAAUGAAGCAGGAACUGUGAGCACCUCCUGCUACCUGCUUGUGAAAGUUUCAGAAGAAAUCGAAAGCAGAGAGGAAACAGCUGUCACAGAAAUUGCAAUCACACAAGAAAAAACUGUUGCAGCUGAAACAAAGCUGCAGACAGUGACAGAGCUGAGUGCAGGAGAGCCUGCAGCUCCGUUCUUCAUCAAGAAACCCACUGUGCAGAAGCUAGUGGAGGGAGGAAGUGUUGUGUUUGAAUGCCAGGUUGGAGGAAAUCCAAGACCUCACAUUAUCUGGAAGAAGAAUGGCGUGCUGCUUACCACUGGAUACAGAUACAAAGUUGCCUACAAGGAAACUGGAGAAUGUAAACUGGAGAUCUCGAUGACCUUUGCUGACGAUGCCGGAGAAUACUCCAUCUUUGCUAAAAAUCCCCACGGAGAAGCUUCAGCUUCCACCAGCCUGUUGGAGGAAGAGGAAUAUGAAGCACAUAUGAAGCAGCACGAUGUAACAUAUAAAACUGAAGUGACUACAACAGUGGUUCAGGAACCCUCUGUGGUCGUGAGUCAGUAUGAAUUGGAACAGAGGAGGACAAUAACCCCGAUGAGCUUUGUCUCAGAAACGGAAUUCCUCAUUUCAGCCUUUGAGGAGAGGAUAAUACAGAAGAUCGAACUGUGUAUCAUGAGAAUUACUUACAAAGAGCUUGUGGCAGAGGACGGAGAGGUGCUAGUGACUAUAGCAGAUGAGGAGGCAGUGCAGCCAGCCUUUGACACACCAGUGAAAAACUACAGGAUCAUGGAGGGAGCGGGAGUCACUUUCCACUGCAAGAUGGUUGGAAAACCACUGCCAAAGAUUACCUGGUACAAAGAUGGCCAGCGCAUCAGGCCUGGUGCGCGUUACCAGAUUGAAGUUCUUCAAGAUGGGCGAGCCAGUCUUCGUCUGCCUGUGGUGCUGCCAGAGGAUGAAGGCGUGUACACUGCUUUUGCCACAAACAUGAAGGGAAAUGCAGUCAGCUCUGGAAAGCUUUAUGUGGAGCCAUCCGAAGCUGUAACGCCGCAGAGAUAUACACCACAGCCAGCAGUACAGAGGAUAAGAUCGACAUCUCCUCGUUCUCUGAGCCGCUCCCCAGGGCGGUCUUCCAGCCGAUCUCCUCGACAGUCUCCUGCCCGUCGAUUUGACGAAACAGAUGAGGCUCAGUUCGAAAGACUAUACAAACCCGUAUUUGUCAUGAAGCCCUCCUCAAUAAAAUGUUCUGAGGGGCAAACUGCCCGAUUUGAUUUGAAAGUUGUUGGCAGGCCAAUGCCUGACACAUACUGGUUCCACAAUGGACAACAAGUGAUCAAUGAUAACACACACAAGAUAGUGAUUAAAGAGGAUGGUACUCAGUCCCUGAUCAUUGUCCCAGCCAUGCCACAAGACUCUGGAGAGUGGACGGUUGUUGCUCAGAAUAGAGCUGGACGGGCAUCUCUCAGUGUAACUCUUACUGUUGAUGCUCAAGAAACCCUGGCACGUCCUCAAUUUGUUGAAAAGCUGAAAAACAUCACUGUAAAGCAGGGCACUCUGGUUGAGUUGGCUGUUAAAGCCAUUGGAAACCCCCUGCCAGACAUUGUGUGGCUGAAAAACAGUGACAUCAUCACCCCACACAAGCAUCCACAGAUAAAGAUUGAUGGCACCAAAGGAGAAGCCAAAUUCCAGAUUCCAUCUGCUUCAGGCUCAGACAGUGCCUGGUACACUGCUACAGCCAUCAACAAGGCUGGUAGAGACACCACUCGUUGCAGAGUCAAUGUUGAGGUGGACUUUGCUGCCCCUCAAACUGAGAGGAAGCUCAUUAUUCCUAGAGGAACCUACAAAGCUAAAGAGAUUGCAGCGCCCGAGUUGGAGCCGCUUCAUUUGCGAUACGGUCAAGAGCAGUGGGAGGAGGGUGAUCUUUAUGACAAGGAGAAGCAACAGAAACCACAAUUCAAGAAGAAGUUGACAUCUAUCAGAAUGAAGUGUUUUGGACCAGCCCACUUUGAGUGUAGACUCACUCCUAUUGGUGACCCCACUAUGGUAGUGGAGUGGCUGCAUGACGGCAAACCUCUGGCUGCUGCUAAUAGGUUGCAUAUGGUCAAUGAAUUUGGAUACUGCAGCCUUGAUUAUGAAGUUGCUUAUGCUAGGGACAGCGGUGUUAUUACUUGCAGAGCCACAAACAAAUUUGGAGUUGACCAGACCUCAGCCACCCUGAUUGUCAAGGAUGAGAAAGGACUUGUUGAGGAAACACAACUUCCUGAAGGCAGGAAGGGAGCAUAUAGGAUGGAUGAGAUUGAGCGCAUGGCUCAUGAGGGAGGACCUGCAGGAGUCGGCGCUGAUGAAGAAUCUGAAAAGACAAAACCUGAUAUUGUCUUGCUUCCUGAACCAGCAAGAGUGCUGGAAGGCAACAUUGCACGAUUCCGCUGCAGAGUAACUGGUUAUCCAGCACCAAAGGUUAAUUGGUACCUCAACGGACAACUUAUCCGCAAAAGCAAGAGAUACAGACUCCGUUAUGAUGGUAUUUACUAUUUAGAGAUUGUUGACAUCAAGUCCUAUGACUCAGGAGAGGUUAGGGUGGUUGCUGACAAUCCUUUAGGAACAGCUGAGCACACAGUAAAGCUAGAGAUCCAGCAGAGGGAAGACUUUAGAUCUGUCCUGCGUCGUGCACCAGAACCAAAACUUGCAGAGGCUACACACGAGCCUGGCAAGAUUGGAUUUGAUAUUGUGAAGAUGGACCGACCUAGUGAGGCUUCACAAGACAGGGAAGUGGUUAAGCUGCGUAAGACACAGAGAAUUCUUCAUGAGAAAACUUCAGAGGAGUCUGAAGAACUGAAGAGCAAGUUCAAGCGCAGAACAGAGGAGGGUUUCUAUGAGUCUAUCUCGGCUGUAGAGCUUAAGUCUCGCAAGAGGGAUGACUCUUAUGAAGACCUACUGAGGAAGACUAAAGAGGAGCUGCUCCAUCACAUGAAAGAGAAAGAAGAAGCUGAAAGGAGGAAGAUGGAGGAAGAGGGUAAACUCACUAUCCCCACAAUAAAACCUGAACGGGUCCUGCUCUCUCCCAGCAUGGAAGCACCCAAGAUCCUGGAACGCAUUGCAAGCAAGACUGUUGCUCCAAUGGAUGAGGUUCGUUUCAGAGUCAGAGUAGUUGGUAGACCAGAACCUGAGUGUCAGUGGUUCAAGAAUGGCAUUCAGCUGGAAAAGUCUGACCGUAUUUACUGGUACUGGCCUGAGGACAAUGUAUGUGAAUUGGUCAUAAGAGAUGUCGAAACACAAGAUUCUGCUAGCAUCAUGGUUAAGGCCAUUAAUAUUGCUGGGGAGUCCUCAAGUCAUGCCUUCCUGCUUGUACAAGCCAAGACAGCAGUUAGCUUUACCCAAAACUUGGAGGAUACAAGCGCCAAGGAGAAGGAUACCAUGGUGACCUUUGAGUGUGAAACCAAUGAACCCUUCGUCAGAGUCAAAUGGUUUAAGAACAACAUGGAGAUCUUCUCAGGAGACAAAUACAGAAUGCACUCUGACAGAAAAGUCCACUUCCUGUCUGUGCUAAUGAUUGAAAUGAGGGAUGACGCAGAAUACACCUGUGUGAUUGCAGAUGAUGAGAACAUGAGAACGAGUGCAAGGCUUCACGUGGAAGGUGCUGCUCUCGAGCUCAUCAAACACAUGGAGAACAUUGAGGUACCAGAAUCCUAUGCUGGCGAGUUUGAGGUGGAGUUAUCUCGUGAAGAUGCUGAGGGCAGCUGGCUCUUUGGAGACAAAGUUCUCUCACCCAGCAAUAAAUACAUCAUAUCGUCACGUCGAGGAAGACACACUUUGUCUGUCAAGGAUGUCAGGAAAGAGGACCAGGGAAAAUACACCUUUGUAUGCGGUGAUCUGAAGACCAGUGCCUCACUAAAAAUGAAAUUGCGUCCAGUGACACUGAUGCAGCCCCUGACUGAUCUGAUAGUCUGUGAGGGUGAUAUUGCUCAGCUGGAGGUCAGGUUCUCCCAAGAGAAUGUUGAGGGAACCUGGAUGAAGAACGGCCAGGCCAUUUCUGCCUCGGAACGUAUCCACAUUGUCAUUGACAAGAUGGUUCACAAGCUGCUGGUGGAGAAUAUCAGCACAGAAGAUGCUGCCUUGUACUCUUUUGUGGUUCCUGCCCAGGACAUCUCCACCUCAGGCAAACUCAGUGUUCAAACUAUUGACAUUGUAGUGCCACUGAAGGAUGUAUCCUCUAUUGAAGGCACAAAGGCUGUCCUGGAGGCUAAGAUCUCUGCCCAGGACAUCAGCUCUGUCAAAUGGUACCAUAAUGACAAACUGUUGACACCCAGUGACCGAAUCCAAAUGGUGGCAAAGGGAGCAAAGCAGCGGCUGGUCUUCACCAGAACCUUUGCAUCUGAUCAGGGUCACUAUAAACUAGUUGUUGGCAAGGUUGACACCAGCUGUAGCCUGACGGUUGAAGAGGUACACAUUGUGAAACACAUGGAGGACAAAGUGUGUUCAGAGUCCCAGAAUGUGACGUUUAAUGUUGAAGUCUCUCACCCUGGAAUUGACUCAGUCUGGACAUUCAGGAACCAGCAAAUCAAACCUGGACCCAAAUCCAAGAUUGAGUCGAAGGGAAAGGCUCACUCUCUGACAGUCAUUGACGCCAUGAAAGAUGAGGAGGGCCAGUACAUGUUUCAUGCUGGUGAAAAGACAUCUAGUGCCAAGCUUACUGUCUCUGGUGGAGCCAUUACACGGCCCCUGCAGGACGUGACAGUGGCGGAGUCUCAGACUGCUGAGCUUGAGUGUGAAGUUGCAAAUGCCAAUGCUGAGGGCAAGUGGCUUAAGGAGGGCCAGCCCAUUGACUUCAAUGAGAAUGUAGUGAGUGAGGUGAACGGGGCGAUCAGGCGCCUCAUCAUCAACAUUACCAGGCCACAGGAUGUCGGAGAGUAUACCUACCAGGUGGCCAACUCCAAAACUACAGCUAAUCUCAGGGUGGAGGGAGUGAAGAUCAAGAAAACUCUGAGGAACCAGACUGUGACGGAGACCCAGGAAGCAGUGUUCACACUGGAGCUCACACACCCUGAUGUGAAAGGAUCCCAGUGGAUUAAGAACGGGGUGGAGCUGCAAAACAGCGAAAAGUACGAGAUCGUCUCCAGUGGUGUGGUCCAAACGCUGAAGGUCAAGGACUGCAACAUACAGGACGAGUCUGUUUAUUCCUUCAAACUUGGAAAACUUUCUGCCAAUGCCAGACUCAACGUAGAGAAAAUCAAAAUCGUGAAGAAGAUAAAAGAUGCGACGUCUCUGUUGGAUGGCACAGCCUCCUUUGAGAUGAGCCUCUCACAUGACAACAUCCCUGUUAGGUGGAUGUUUAAAGGUUUGGAGCUGAAGUCAAGUGAGAAGUGUAAGAUUCUGUCUGAGAGGAAAGCACACAAACUGAUCCUGAAGAAUCUGGACAGCAGCGAUGCAGGAGAGUACGUGGCUGUGGUUGGACACUUGCAGUGCAGUGCUGUACUCACCGUGGAGGCUCUGCAGGUCACUAAACCCAUGAAAAGUGUGGAGGUACCAGAGACUCAAGUGGCCACAUUCGAGUGUGAAGUCUCCCACUUCAAUGUGCCGUCCACCUGGCUGAAGAACGGAGUGGAGAUCGAGAUGAGCGACAAGUUCAGGAUUGUGGUUCAGGGAAAACUCCAUCAGCUGAAGAUCAUGAACACCAGCAGGGACGACUCUGCAGAGUACACCUUCGUUUGUGGCAACAACCAAGUGUCUGCAACACUUACCGUCAACCCGGUUCUGAUCACCUCCAUGCUGAAGGACCUGAAUGCCCAAGAGAGAGACACUAUCACCUUUGAGGUCACCAUCAACUAUGAAGGCAUCACGUACAAAUGGCUGAAGAACGGCGUGGAAAUUAAGUCAUCGGACAGGUGCCAGGUCCGCAGUCGGCAGCUUACGCACUCCCUCACCAUCCGAAACGUUCACUUUGGAGACGGGGGAGAGUACAAGUUUGUGGCCGGCUCUGCUGCCACCACUGCUAAUCUCUUUGUCGAAGCUCGUGUGAUUGAAUUCACCAAGAAGAUCAAGGACAUAAAGAUCACAGAGAAGAAGAAGGCGGUUUUUGAGUGUGAGGUUUCUGAGCCAAACAUCCAGGUGAUGUGGAUGAAGGAUGGUCAGGAGAUGGACAUGUCUGAGGAAAGGUAUAUUGUGACAGCAGAGAAGUAUGUUCACCGCCUCGCGAUCCAGACGGUUCGAAUGUCUGAUGCUGGGGAAUAUUCAGUGGUAGCUGGAUCAAGCGUCUCCAAGGCCCGGCUCACUGUGGAGGGUCGCGACAUUCGGAUCUCGGAACCUCCUGAGCGGGAAAUUACGGUUCUGGAGAAACACCGUGCAACCUUUGAGUUUGAAGUGAAUGAAGAAGAUGUGGAGGGUCACUGGCUGAAGAAUGGUGUGGAGAUCCAGUUCUCGAUGGAAGACAGAUUUAACUACGUGACCAUCAGGAAGCUGCAUCGCCUCACCAUCUCAGAGACCUACAGGAGUGAUGCUGGGGAGUACACCUUCAUCGCUGGCAAAAAUAGAAGCACCAUGCAGCUUCGAAUAAACAUCCCCGAGCCUCCUCAGAUCCUUCGCCACAUGGAGCACCAGUCGGUGGAGGCUGGAAAACCAGCUCGCUUCUCAGUCCAGGUGAGCGGUGUUCCCCAGCCUCAGGUCUUCUGGUACAAAAACUCCCAGGCUCUCUCCGCUGGCUUCAAGUGCAAGUUCCUGCACGAUGGCAACGAGCACACACUGCUGCUCAUCGAGGUCUUUCCUGAAGACGCUGCCGUCUACACCUGUGAGGCCAAGAACGAGUAUGGCACUGCCACAAGCACUGCAACACUCAAUGUUGAAGUUUCAGAGGUGGUUUCUCCAGACUCCCCCGCUACUUUUGCUCCCCCUGUCAUCAUCUCACCCAUUGCCAGCACUUCAGCCUGCGAGGGUGCACCAGCUUGCUUCCAGUGCAAAGUCCGUGGAGAUGAUGUGAAGAUAAGCUGGUUCCACAAGAAAAAGGAAAUCAAACAGUCUGAAUUCUUCAGGAUAUCUCAGUUUGAUGACAGCUGUCAGCUGGAGAUCUCCAGGGUUUAUCCAGAGGAUGAGGGCGAGUAUACCUGCAUGGCCACAAACAAUGGAGGGACGGUAUCCUGCUCUGCAACUCUUACAUUAGACGGUGAGUUUAUUACUAAAAAGAAAGGCUGCUUUUCUUACUCUGAGACAAUUGAAGUGUCAAUAACAGAAGCUCACAGCAAUACCUUCAAUUUGCCAAAAGCCAAUUUCAUCCAACCAAUCACAAGCUGUACAGUGCCACAUGGGGAGGCCCACUUUUAUGCGUGUGUAGCUAGCAUGCCAAAAUCAGAAAUAAGCUGGUUCCACAACCAACACUCGGUUUAGCCUCAGAAGAAUGAAAACACUGCCACUCUCAUCGUAGUGGAUGCUUUGUACUAGCAUGCAGGCCAGUACUCCUGUAAGACUGCUAAUACUGCUGAACAGGUCACGUGCUCAGCCACACUCACCAUAAACGAAGAAGUGACUCACGUGAGAGAGCAGACUGAAAGCAAGACUGAGCUGGAAGUCAAAGAGAAAUGUGAAACCACCAUCACCACUGUGGAAGAACAAGAGGAAACCUACUACACUGGUGUCCAGUUACCACAAAAAACUAAAACACUUGAACUCAAGCCAGAUUCCAAACUUUACUCUUCCACUUUAGAGAAAAAAAAAGAAAAGCCUGUUUUCCUUACUCAGCUCUCUGGAGCAGCUGUAAACACGGGGGAAACCGCCAGGUUUACAGUUAGAGUAUCUGGCUUUCCAAAGCCAACUGUGCAAUGGUCUCACAAUGGUAAGGUUGUAAAGAGCUCUUCUGUAUACAAGCUGAUAGAGGAGAAGGAUGAGUACACACUGGUUAUCACCCAAGUCACAUCUGAAUAUGAGGGCAAGUACUCGUGCACUGCCACGAAUAGAUUUGGCCAGACGACAUGCACCACAUACCUGGAGGUGAAAAAGCCUGAAGCCAGCCAGGCAGAGAAAUGGGUUGAGAAGAUGUUUAAGCUCACAGGUCAGCCUGCUAGUUUCACACUUCAGAUACAACCCGUGAGGUGCUCAGAAGGAACAGAGGCUUCUUUUAAUUACAAAGUCAGUGGUGAUCCGGUCCCUGAUAUAAAGUGGUUCAAGGGGCCUUUCCAGAUCCAGCCCAGUAGAAACUGUACCAUUAGAACCAAUUCAGAUGGAUCUGGUUUCAUCAUUAUUAAGAAUGUCAAACAACAGGACAGUGGCUUAUACACAUGUAAAGCCUCCAACCAAUUUGGUGAGACCGCUUGUAGUGCAGAGCUUGUUGUAUUCAAAGAAUCAGUCUCUGCUUCUCACAAACAGGAGACAGCCGUUCAGAAGAAAGGUUACAAGGUUUUAGUGACAGAACAAGCAACAGAGUCACGCUUGUACCAGGUCAGCCUCCCAGGCCAGGAUAAAGCUAAGUCAGAUCAGAUGGUUUACACCAUCGGCACAGAAGAUCGGCAGAUCAUUCCCAGCGAGCAAGUGAGCUCCCUUAGAGAAGUAGAUAUCUCCACUGCCACUGUGUACCGUGAGAGGGUUACCCACCAGGCAGCAAUACUUCAGGCACAUGAGACAGAGGAACGGGUGUCUGUGGUUCCUACUCACCCAGACCAAGUGUCAGCUGUUCCUGCGAAACAGCUUCACAUGGCCGCAUUCACAUCGUCUGUUGAAGAGAGUCAGGACCUCACAGAGCAGCACUGUGAUGACAUUCAAAGGCCAGAUCUCAUUGAGCUUCAGGCAGUCAGUGAAAAAAAGUCAAAACACAUGUUAGCUGUUGUUGAGGAGCUCACACCACUUUCAGCUGUUAGCACAGAGCCACUGGGUGACAGGACGUCUGCUACUGUUAAAAUCACUUCAGAACCUAAACAUCUAGUCAGUGGUCAUCAAGUGAAAACACAACUGUCAAUCCUGAAAGAGGAGUCUCAAGAGAUCCCCAAACCACAGGAAGAGAUGGGUUAUAAGGUUAAGGAAGGUAUUAAGAUUUUAUAUUCGGCCCAGUCCACAGAAAAGCAGGUGCUUGCAGAGGGUCACACAACUGAGUUAGCAACAGCAGAAUCUGCUGUUAAGUCUGCAAUUAGAAAAGAACAUAAGCCACCUGUCACAGCUUUAGUGAACGAGUCUAAGCAAACUCUUUGCAAGGAGUCAGAAUUCUCUAUUCAGAGGCCUGCUGAGGAAGCAGCCCGUACCUGUAAAGAUACGAUGAUGAAAGCAGCUCUAACUGCUGAAGAGACACAAAUGCUGCAGGGUGAGUCCACACAGUUGCUUCCUAGCCUAGACAGUGCCAUGUCCAUUAAGUCCCAGAUAGAAGGAAAGCAGUUGUUACACCUGCAGGUUAUAACAGAACAGGACCUCCUUCCAUCUGAGAAAAGACUAACAUAUGAAAAACCAACACCAGAGCACGCAGGGACCAGAAAGAGUCCCACUUUGCUACAUACUGUUAGUCAGGAUGAGCAGAGAACAGUAGUUUGUGAGGCCACAUCAGAGUUUGACUCCAAAGCAGACACUAUAACCAUAGAGCACCAGACAGAGGCCCCUACCCUGCUGCAUCUCCAGUCAACCCAGCCUGUGGAGGUCCUACCCAAAGAGGGCAUUCUCACAGUUGAGAAGCCUGACCAGCUGGUGGCAAUGCAGAAACAAGAAAAAGCAAGAAGCCACGCAGCUCUUUCAGAAGAGAAACGAGAGCUCACAGCUGAUUUUUACUCAGAACUGGAUUUGUCCUUGUCUGGAGUUCAGUCUCAGUCUCGAACUGAGCCCAAGCCACAAAGUAUCCUCCAACUGUGCUACCAGCCUGUGCAGCUGUCAAAAGAGACACCAGUUAGCACAGAGUGCAAGCAUCAGCGAGCUCUGCUACAGAAGGAGGAUCGCUGGAACGUGAUGCAUGUCACUUCUGUGACAGAUGAACAGGCUUUGGAGGAGGGUCACACAGAUCAUUUAACAGCUAUAGACAGAUUCACAUGUCAGACAACCAUAGAGCCAAAAGUACCCACUGAGCCCAUCCAGAUUGAGGAGAAAGAGAUCUCCACUGAGAGUAGUGUCUUUCUAAAGGCAGCAGAACAGGACUUUGCUGUUCAGAUCCAAGAGGGUCAGUCAGUCAGGCAGUCAGUAAUGAUGGACGAGAAGCGAGUGCUGACAGGUGAAUUCUCUCAAGAGAUCACCAAGUCUGAGACCACCAAAGUUGCUGUUAAUGCACAGCAAAACUUGUCCCUUUUGGCACCAGAAUCUAAAGAUAUUACAGCUCUGCCUAAAGAGAUGACAUUUGUGAUCCAGAUCCCUAAAUCAUCCACUUCAAAUAUACAGUGUCAGCUCAGAGAUGCUCUUCAGUCUGCUGUAGCCAGUGAACAGCCAGUGUUACUAGCUGAAGUUGUAGGAUACCUACACGCUGUAGAAGUACAGGAAGUCAAGGUUCAAAGAGAGCCCAAGUGGGCUAUGUUCACAUAUCUGAUCACAACAACAGGUGUCCCUGUGGAGAUCACUCUAGCUUUUGAGGGUGAAUACCCUCAGACAGCUGACCUCAGGACUGAGGUUCAGGCAGCAUUUCACUCCAUGGUAUAUCAGGAGGCCCAUGUUCUUACUUCAGAACAGCAAGGCACUAUGCAACUAGACAAACCUCAGAGGGCACAAGUCACCUCAGCUCGCUCUAGCGAAACAGUGUCAUCCAUGGUAAAGACUGUGAGCGUGACAGAGAGCACAGCGGAUUUUACUGCUGUUAAAUCUCAUUCUGCAUCACUUCAAACUGAGUCUAAAAUGGCAGUUGAGCAUGCUACAUUGGAGGAACAGGUUGUAGUGCAGGAAUCCAUGGACACAAAGGUAAAAUGGUCAUCCCAUAUCAAAAUUCAAACUGAAGGUCACAUAGCUUCUGAGCAGUCAGAGCAAGUUUCAAGACAGGAGGUGAGGUCAACAAUCAUUACAAGUCAAGAAAAAGAUGUAGAAGUGUCUAUCAUUACCACUUCUACUACCACUGAGCAGGCAGUGGAUGUCAGCAUUUCCAAAGAGGGCAUCGAAGUAUCCAGGCCAGAAGUGAGAGAAUACCCUGUAAUUGUUAAUUCUCUCAAUGACAUGCUGAUAGAAGAAGAUAGUAGAGUAACCUUCAGCACUACCAUUAAGUACGUCACAAAGGUAAACUGGUUUUUCAAUGGACAAUUGGUGCAAUCUGGCAAAGAGUUCAAGUGUUCCAAAGACCAUGACACAUACACAAUGGUUAUCAACAAAGUUGUCAAGGAGAGGCAUCAAGGAGAAUAUGUUUGUGAGGCUGAGAAUGAAGCCGGCAGGACAACAACAUCUUCAAGGCUCACUGUGGUCUCAAGAGUGCCCCCUGUCUUUAGGCAGAAAAUCACACCUCUGGAGAUAAAUGUCGGCAGUCACACAAAGUUUGAAUGUGAGAUUGAAGAAGCUCCGGACGUGACGUUCAAAUGGUACAAAUCUGGCACUGAAAUCAGACAGAGUGAAAAGUAUCGGAUCGUCAGCCGCCACACUAGUUCCUCUUUAGAGCUCCUGAACCCUGUCAAAGCUGAUAGUGGAGAAUACACCUGCAAAGCUUCAAAUCAGCACGGCACAGACAGCUGCACUGCCUCGCUCAUUGUCACCGAGAUGUACCCACCAGUAUUUGUAUCAAAACCAGACCCAAUGACUUUAUAUGUGGGAAAACAAGCUGUGUUCCAGUGCUCACUUACUGGAUCCUCGCCUAUGGAAGUUGUCUGGCACAAGGACAACAUAACAAUUUCCUCUGAAGGGAACUAUGUCAUGAAAUGUGAAAAGAACAAGUAUUCCCUUCACAUUAAAAGUCUUGAACUGACUGAUCAGGGAGUGUACCUGUGCAAGGCUUCCAACAGUGUUGGUGUAGCUACUUUUGCAGUAGUACUCAAGGUUAUUGACAAGCCCCGGUUUGUUACGGUCAUUGAGCCAGUAUCUGCAGCUGUUAAUGACCCACUGAGGCUGGAGUGCCACGUGAAUGAGGACACUGGUGUGGCUGUCACCUGGACCAGGGAUGGCAAAAAAGUCCACCAGAGUAUGGAGUGUAAACUGUCCUUUGAGGACAAGGUCACUGUUCUGGAGAUCCCCAAGUCCAAACUAAAGGACUCUGGGAAAUAUGUGUGCACAGCUGCAAACGAGGCUGGCAGCUCCUCCUGUGAGGCUGUGGUAACAGUUCAAGAGCCCCCCGCCUUUGUGAAGAAAAUGGAAUCUAAGCUCACAUGGAAACAGGGUAUAGCUGCACGCUUACAGUGCACAAUCAAAGGAUCGCCUGAACUUCACAUCCACUGGUUCUGGAAUGAAAGAGAGCUGAGUAAUGGAGACAAAUAUAAAAUAUCUUUCAAGAGUGGAGUUGCUACUGUGGAGAUCAUGAACCUUCUGGUCACAGACAGUGGCAGAUACACCUGUGAGGUGUCAAAUAAUGCUGGGAGUGAAAGCUGCAGUACUCUUUUAGCUGUUAAAGAGCCACCGUGCAUUAGAAAAGACCUGCAGACAGUAGAGGCAGUGAAGGGAGCAGCUGCUCACCUGGAGUGCGAGGUCACAGGAACAGCUCCUUUUGAAAUCACUUGGUUAAAAAAUAAGAAACCCAUCACCAGUGAUCAGAAAUAUAAAUUGAUUUCCCAAGAUUCAAUAGCAAGGCUGGAGAUUCAAACAUUUGACACUACAGAUAUUGGAGAUUAUCAGUGUGUCAUAUCAAAUGAUGUGGGAAAAGUCACCACUAAGGCUAUGGCUAAACUUAAAGAUCCACCAACUUUCUCAAAAAGGGUUGAGAGUGUUACAGCAGUCUUGGGAAAUACAGUAAAACUACAAGGAAUGAUUAAGGGUUCAACUCCCAUCACUGUGAAAUGGAUGAAAGACUCCAAGAUGCUAAGAGAUGAUGAUCCAAAUAUCAAGAUGGUUUUUGAGAACGGUGUUGCUAGUUUGUCGAUAACAACAGUUGCCAUCAGCCAUGGUGGCAAGUAUUCAUGCCAAGCGGAGAACGAGGCUGGGCAACAAAAGUGUGAAGCGAUCUUGACUGUGCAAGAACCUGCCAGGAUUGUAGAACCUGCAGAGUCCAUUAGUGUGACGGCAGGGGACUCAGCCGCAUUGGAGUGCACAGUCUCUGGAAGCCCAGAUCUCAAAGUGAAGUGGUUUAAAGAUGGGAAGGAGCUCAUUAGUGGCCGUAAAUAUAAGAUGACUCUGAAGGAUAAUAUUGCCACCCUGAAAAUUCUUACUGCAGAAAAAGGAGAUACUUCAGAGUAUAAAAUGGAAGUGGCAAAUAAAGUCGGGAAAGACCAGUGCACAUGCUCAGUCACUGUCUUAGAUCGGAUAAUGCCUCCAGCUUUCACCAAGUCGCUGAAAAGAGUUGACGGUAACAUUGAUAAUCCUGUCUCCAUGGAUUGCAAGGUGUCUGGGUCACAGCCCAUGACCGUGACUUGGUUCAAAGACGACCAGGAGAUUGUUUCUGGAGACAAAUUCCAGCCUGAAUUCAAAGACAGCUCUGCUAUACUGAGAAUCAUGCGGCUAGAAAAGGCUGACUCUGGUGUUUACAAAUGCAGAGCCACCAACUCAGCUGGCUUUAAAGAAACCAGUGGCACGCUCUAUGUGAAAGAACCCCCAGCGUUCACAGUGAAACCACACGACCAGGAUGUUAUUCCAGGAACUACAGUUUCCUUAAGAACAGCAUUCACUGGAACAGCUCCUUUAACUGUGAAGUGGUUCAGGGAAGAAAAAGAGAUAAUUACAGGGGGCACUUAUUUCAUUAAAAAAGAUGCCUCUUCAAGCUCUUUGGAGCUACACUCUGUAAAGCCCACUGAUACCUCGAAAUACACGUGCGAAGUAUCCAACGAUGCUGGGAAGGUAGACUGCACAGUAGUCCUCUUUGUGAAAGAACCUCCCAUGUUUGUGAGGAAACCCGAGGCAACCAAACUCAUCACCAGUGGUGACUCUGCCAGGCUGGAAUGCAAAGUAACUGGCAGCCCAGUCAUCAGUUUCAAAUGGUUCAAGGAUGAAAUGGAGAUCAGUGCCAGUACUAAAUACACAAUGAGCUUGAUCGACUUGAUGGCAACUCUAGAAAUAGCUAAUUGUACAGUAGAGGACACUGGAGAUUAUGUGUGUGUGGCAUCAAGUGAGGCUGGAAGUGACCGUUGCAACUGCACAGUUAUAGUCAAAGAACCGCCAUUGUUUCUGCGUAGCUUGGAGCACAAGGACGUGGUGAAAGGUUCUGAGCUGAUGCUAGAGUGCCAAGUCUCUGGUUCUGCUCCUUUUACUGUGUCAUUUUAUAAAAACUCCAAAUUGAUUCGGAACGACAAAAGACACAGGAUUACUGUGAAAGAUGACCUGCUAGCAGUACAGGUUCUGGCAGUAGAAACAGGAGAUGUUGGUUUGUACCAGUGUAGUGUUGAGAAUGAAGUGGGAAGGGCCUCCUGUGAUUGUCACGUAACGCUAAAAGAACCACCAUCAUUUGUUCGAAAGCUGGAGAACCUCAGCUCAUUGGCUGGCAGCGAGGUUUCUCUCAUUUGCAGUCUGAAAGUUUCUGAGCCCAUAACUGUGGCCUGGCUAAAAGACAACCAUGAGCUCAAAGAGGCUGAAAACAUUCAGAUUACAUAUGAGAACAAGACUGCGCUACUGCAGAUCACCAACUUACAGAGCAGUCACUGUGGUAAAUACUCUUGCCAGGUGCAGAAUCAGGCUGGCAGCCAGACAUGCUCUGCUGUGUUGACAGUCAAAGAACCAGCAAAAAUCACAGAAGAGGUAAAGUCUAUUAGUGUGACUCAGGGGGAUCCGGCUACUCUGGAAGCCAGGUUCUCAGGCACAAAACCCCUGAAGGUCAGAUGGCUAAAGGCUGGCAAGGAGCUGACCUCAGGCCAGAGAUAUAAAGUACAGAGCAAAGAUACCAGUUCUGUGUUGAAGAUUAUUAAAACUCAGAAAAGUGAUGAUGGUGAAUAUAUCUUUGAGGUUUCAAACGAUGUUGGACAAAGUUCGUGUGAUGCCACACUCACCAUCCUCGAUCAAAUAAUUCCUCCGUCUUUUACAAGAAAACUGAAACAGACAGAGGGUGUCAAAGGAUCGUUUGUGCAUCUGGAGUGUCUUGUGUCUGGUUCUCUUCCAAUAACCAUACAGUGGUACAAAGAUGAGAAAGAGAUCCAAACCGAUGACAAACGCAAAUGCACAUUCUUUGAAAAUGUUCCGUUUCUAGAAAUCUCCAAUCUUGACACUAAAGACAGUGGCAAUUAUACCUGCAUUGCUACAAAUAAAGCCGGAACGGUCCAGUGCUCUGGAGUCUUAUUUGUGAAAGAAUCCCCAUGCAUUCUUGAAAAACCUGAAUCCAUAAAUGUUUUGCCUGGCUCAAAAGUCCAAUUUAGUGUACUGUUCUCUGGCACACCACCACUCACCACCAAAUGGUUUAAAAGCAAUAAAGAGAUGCUGUCCAGUGCUGACUGGUCAGUGAUCAAAGAUAACACCUCGAGCACACUGGAACUCUUCUUUGCAAAAACCACAGACUCUGGAGACUAUGUCUGCCAAAUACAGAACAAUGUUGGCUCCGCUUCAUGCCAAGCAACACUCUUUGUCAAAGUGCCUCCAAAGUUUACACAGAUCCCAGCCCGUGUGUCUGUAGUUUGUCCUGGUCAGAGUAAGGUUUUUGAGUGCCAGGUGACCGGCACACCUGAGAUUGACAUCUACUGGUUCAAAGAAGGCUCUGAAAUCAGCCCCACUGAUCACUAUAAGAUGGCCUUUGUCAACUCUGUGGCAACACUGGAAGUCUGUGGGGCUGAGGUUAAACAUAGUGGGCUUUACUACUGCGAAGCUCGUAAUGAAGCUGGCAGUGAGAGCUGCAGCAUGGAGCUGAAGGUCAAAGAACCGCCAUCAUUUAUUAGAGAACUGGCUCGAGCUGAUGUUGUGAAGGGCUCCACUGCCAUUUUAGAGUGUCAAGUUGCUGGGACGGGUCCCUUUGAGAUAACAUGGCACAAAGAUGGAAAGGAGCUCAAACCCAGUGCUAAACAUGCCUUCUCUCAGUUAAAUGACACUGUGUGUCUUGAAGUGCACAAAUGUGAUGCUGUAGAUAUUGGUGAAUAUCAAUGCACUGUUGCUAACGAGGUGGAAAGCUGUACUUGUAAGACUACACUAAGCCUCAAAGAACCACCAACAUUCAUCAAGACAAUUGAGAACACUGCUACUGUUCUGGGUAAAAUGGCAGAGUUUCAGUGCAUUGUGAAAGGCUCUCCCAUCAUCUCUGUACAGUGGAAAAAAGAUGAGAAUUGGAUACUGGAGGAUCCAAAGAUUCAGAGAACAUUUGAAAGCAAUGUGGCUACACUCCGGAUCCCUGCCUGUGAGGCGAUACACAGUGGCAAAUACACCUGCCAGGUGGUAAAUGAGGCUGGGCAGGAUAAGUGUUUUGCCACCCUCACAGUGCAAGUGCCUCCGCAGAUCACAGAGAAACCUGAGGUGGUAAAGGUUACAGUUGGAGAUCCAGUCAGUCUGGACUGUAAGGUUACAGGCUCCCCUGAACUCAGGGUGAAAUGGAUGAAAGAUGGCAGGGAGCUCAAGUCCAUCAGGCAGCACAAGCUGAUCUUUGAGAACAAUAUCAGCAGCUUAAAGAUUCAGGCUGCGCAGAAAGAGGAUGAAGGAGAGUAUGUCUUUGAGGUGGUAAACUACAUCAGUAGCUGCACCUGCAAAGUCAAGCUAAUUGUAUUAGAGCAAGUAAUUGCACCAAGCUUCAUCAAACCCCUGGUAGACAUGCACGAGAUAUUGGGGUCCUUUGUUCAGAUAUGUUGCAAAAUAUCUGGUUCUCUCCCCAUCUCUGUGGAAUGGAAGAAAGAUGGAACCAAAAUCUCUAGUGGUCUAAAGCACAAGCUCAUUCAGCAGGACAACUCUGUGUCCAUUGAAAUUGAACAGCUAGAGAGAUCUGACGCAGGGUUAUACUCUUGCAAACUGACUAACGCAGCAGGAAGCUGUGAAUGCAGUGGGUCCAUCGUGGUCAAAGAACCUCCAAGCUUUGUGACAGUGCCCGAGUCGCAGACAGCUCUACCCAAAGCCACUGCACGCUUCAAAGGCACUUUUAAGGGAACUCCUCCCUUCACAGUCAAAUGGUUUAAGGAUGACACAGAGCUUAUGACUGGGCCUACUUGUUUAAUAGGGCUUGAUGGGCUGUCCUGUUUCUUAGAGCUCUAUUCAGUGGGCGUCACACAGAGUGGAGUCUACUCUUGCCAAGUCAGCAAUGAUGCUGGCUCCGUACACUGUAGUGCAAACCUGACAGUAAAAGAACCACCUGAAUUUCUGCUGAAACUCCCUGCCAAUAAGUUUUUGAAGCAGGGUGAGUCACUCCGCCUGGAGUGCAAAGUCAGUGGCACAGUCCCUCUGAAAAUUACCUGGUACAAAAACGACACCAAAGUCACAGACGGUGGCAACUACAGGAUGUCGUUUGUUGACUCAGUAGCAGUGCUAGAACUGGUCUCCACUAGUUUUGAGGAUGAUGGAGUUUACACCUGUGAGGCUCAGAAUGAUGCUGGCAGUGUGAGCUGCAGCACUACACUUACCAUUAAAGACCCCCCAUCUUUUGUCAAAAUACCCCAGCCUGUUGAAGGGCUGAAGGGUAAGGACGUAAGUUUGUACUGCGAGAUGAGUGGUACAGCUCCAUUCCAGAUCACCUGGUUUAAAGACAGGAAACCUCUCAUGGAGAGCAGGAAGUUUAAGCUGGUGAGCGAGGGCAGCUCAGCCACACUGCAUGUCAUUGGAAUAGAGCCCUCAGACGCCGGCGAAUACGAGUGCAAAGUGUCAAACAGUGUAGGAAGCGAUACCUGCCAGACAUCAAUUAAACUCAGAGAGCCACCAUCAUUUGUGAAGAGACUGUCAAACAUGACAGUGAUACUGGGAGGGGAGGUGACCCUUGUGGCCACUGUUAAAGGCUCUGAACCCAUUACUGUGUCCUGGGUUCAAGACAAGGAUCACAUUCUCAGGGACAGUGACAACAGGAAAAUCACCUAUGAAAACAACCAGGUGGCAGUUAAAAUCUUUAACGCUGAUGCAACUACGGCAGGCAAAUAUACCUGCCAACUCAGAAACGAUGCUGGGAGUGUGGAGUGUUUCGCUAACUUGACUGUUCUAGAGCCUGCUAAAAUAGUGGACAAGCCCGAUGCUCUGAGUGUGACGGCAGGUGAUAUGGCUGCCCUGGAGGUCAAAGUGUGUGGAACCCCAGAGCUCAUACCCAAGUGGUUCAAAGAUGGUGCUGAGCUGGCUUCUGGGAGAAAAUACAAAAUCUCAUUUUCCCGGAUGAUUUCCAGCCUGAAUGUGCUGUCUGCUGAGAAAGUUGACUCUGGAGAAUACACAUUUGAGAUUAUGAAUGAAGUUGGGAAGGACCUGAGUAAAAUCAAUCUCACUGUUUUAGAUAAGACGAUUCCUCCAACAUUCUCACGGAAACUGAAAGACUGUACCACUGUUGUUGGAAAACCUUUAGAAAUGGAGUGCAAAGUGUCAGGCUCAUCUCCUUUUACCAUCUCAUGGUACCACAAUGACGAGGAGAUAAAGAGUGGGCCAAAUUAUGAGAUUUCAUUCAGUGACAACAACUGUACACUAAGGGUGCUCACACUGAAGCUGGCUGACUCUGGAGCGUAUAAAUGUAAGGCUGUCAACAAGGCGGGAACCACAGAAACUACAGCCUUCCUGGUUGUUCGAGAACCUCCAACUUUUGUGGUGCCACCGCAGCCAGUGGAGGCCAUGCCAGGCUCUAACGUGACGUUCUCAGCCAUGGUGAAAGGCAGUGCCCCUCUCAAACUCAAGUGGUUCAGAGGGACGAAAGAGCUCGUAGCUGGACAUGGCUACGAUUUCUCCCUGGAUGAUAACAAAGUUCUAUUAGAGCUUUACAACGUGGACAAAUCUAAUGCUGGAGAGUACACCUGUCAGAUCAUUAAUGACGCAGGAAAAGAAAGCUAUCCAGUGAAUCUCACUGUCAAAGAGCCAGCAACUUUCUCAAAGAAGCUGAAGGACAUAUCAGUUGAGAAGGGCAAACCAUUAACUCUGGAGUGUACAUACACGGGCACCCCCAUGAUCACUGUGAGCUGGUACAAAGAUGGCCAGCAGAUCUUUGCUUCAUACAAAUACAACAUUACCACAACAGAAAGCUCCUGUAUCUUAGAGUGUCUCAGCACUGAUGACAAGGAGGCUGCAGGAAAAUACUGCUGCCAAGUGUGCAACGAUGCUGGGAAAGACACGUGUGAGGCAGUGGUUUCUAUCCUCGAGCCACCAUAUUUUACUGAGUCACUGGAGCCCAUGGAGGUGACAGCUGGAGAUGCUGUCUGUCUGAAAUGUCAGGUUGCAGGCACACCUGAGAUCAAGGUGUCCUGGUUCAAGGCUGAUGGCAAAGUCAGGUCUAGCCCCACCUGCAAGCUGGAGUACACAAAGGGUGUUGCCUGUUUGAAGCUAAGUAAAGCCACCAAGUCUGAUAUCGGAGAGUACACCUGCAAGGCAGAGAACAGGAUUGGCUCUGCUUCCUCCAACUGCAGACUCAAUGUGCUAGAAGCUAAAACGCCACCAUCAUUCCCAAAGAAGAUCACCAGCCUACAGCAAACUGAGGGCCAGCCAGUGCGCUUUGAGUGCCGCGUGGCUGGCUCAUUGCCCAUCGAGGUGUCCUGGCUGAAAGACGGCAAACCUCUGAGUCAGGGGGAGGAGUUCUCCAUGCUGUAUGAUGAUAACACAGCUGUUCUGCAGAUCAACAACAGUGAGAUGAGGCACUCUGGGGAGUACACCUGCGUGGCCACCAACAGUGUGGGCUCAGCUUCAUGCAGAGCCAAGCUCACUCUGCAAGAACCCAGAUACCCUCCGGUAUUUGACAGGAAGUUGUCACUACAGGAGGUGACAGUGGGUGACAGCAUUGAGCUGGAAUGUCACAUGACUGGUUCUGCCCCCAUUAAAGUCACUUGGUCCAAAGACCACAAAGAUAUUCGCUCUGGGGGGAAUUAUAAGAUUAGCUGUGCGGAUAAUACACCUCACCUGACCAUUCUGAAGGCAGAUAAAUCAGAUACAGGGAGAUACUUCUGCCACGCCUCUAAUGACAUGGGGAAGGACUCUUGUUCCUCUGAUAUCACUGUCAAAGAGCGCAAAAAUCCUCCAGUGUUCACCAAAAAGCCCUCAGAGCACAUCGAGGACAUGGAGGGCAAACUGGUGAAGAUUGAGGGCCGAGUCUCCGGGUCGCAGCCCAUGUCAGUCAGCUGGUUCAAAGAUGACAUGGAGAUACAGAGUUCUGACAAGUAUGACAUCAGCUUUAAGAGUAAUGUGGCAGUGCUGUGCAUUAAGAACAGCCAAGUGAUUGACAGCGGAAGGUACUCGUGCCAGGCCUCUAAUGAAGCUGGGAAAGCCUCCUGUGAUGUCACUGUUGGCAUCUCAGAGGCCAAGAAGCCCCCAGUGUUUGACGUACCUCUCAAACCAGCAACUGUGGAUGAGGGCGAGAAGCUAAUUCUCAGGUGCCAUGUCUGUGGAUCUUCCCCUCUGAAGAUCCAGUGGAUGAAGGACAGGAAGGAGUUGACACCAUCCAGCAGCACUAGAAUCAGCUUUUCUGAUGGCACAGCAUGUCUGGAGAUCAGCACAGUCUCUAAACUCAAUGCUGGUGACUACCUCUGCAAGGCUACCAAUGAGGCUGGCAGCGAAUUCUGCAAAGCCAAAGUCACUGUCAAAGAGAAACCUGGAGCAGCUCUGUCUCCUGCUGAAGCUCCAGCAGCUUCUCCAUCCAAAAAAAUGGACAAUCUGUUCUUCAUUGAAGAGCCUAAAACUGCACACGUUACCGAGAAGGGAACCGCCACCUUCAUCGCAAAGGUGGGUGGUGACCCCAUUCCCAGUGUGAAGUGGAUGAAAGGGAAGUGGAGGCAAGUGACCCAUGGUGGCCGGAUCUCCAUUGAACAGAAGGGCCAAGAGGCCAAACUGGAGAUCAGAGAAGUGACGAAAUCGGACUCUGGUCAGUACAGGUGUGUCGCCUCCAACAAACAUGGCGAGAUCGAGUGCAGCGCUGACAUGCACGUAGAGGAAAAGAAGGACGUAGUGAUGCUUGAGGGAGACCUCCGCGCUAAACUGAAGAAAACUCCAUCAAAGCAAAAGAGCCCACAGGAGGAAAAAGACAUUGACAUAGUUGAGCUGUUGAGAAACGUGGACCCGAAAGAGUAUGAGAAAUACGCCCGAAUGUACGGUAUCACUGACUACCGAGGCCUACUGCAUGCAAUUGAGCAGCUCAAAAAAGAGAGAGCUGAAGAAAGUGGAAGACAAGAGGUAGACCGUGGAGACAGAGAGUCUGAUGAGGACAUGGCCAGACUGGUGGCUGACCUGCAGAAGAGGAUGGAACGGACUGAGCCUGUCACUGUGGUGAAGGACAUUUCCAAUCAAUCUGUCUUCAUUAAUGAAGAAGCAGUGUUUGAGUGUGAGAUCAAGAUCAACUACCCAGAGAUCACGCUGUCCUGGUACAAAGGCACACAGAAAUUAGAUACUAGUGACAAGUACAAUAUCACCAUCAGCGGCGACCGCCAUCUGCUCAGGAUCAAGAACUGCCAGUCAUCUGACCAGGGCAGCUACAGGGUGGUGUGCGGGCCCCACAUAUCCAGUGCCAAGCUCAGUGUCAUGGAGGUGGAGGUUGAGAAACAUCUACAGGACACAAUGGGUAAGGAAGGCCAGUCAUGUACUAUGUCUUGUCAGAUGUCCAUCCCUAAUGUAGAGGCUCAGUGGUUUAAAAAUGGAAAGCAGUUAGAAAUGAAGGACAGGUACACGUCUGAGGUGAAACACAAGGUUCAGAAGCUACUGAUCAGAGACCUGAAGCCAGAAGACCAAGGAAGAUACACCUGCAAGUACCAACAGCUGGAGUCUUCAGCAGACCUCUGGGUGGAAGCUGAACAAAUUCAUUUCACCAAACGCAUCCACAACAUCGAAGUCAAUGAGCGACAGUCAGCCACCUUUGAGUGUGAAGUGUCCUUUGACAAUGCCAUUGUUUCAUGGUACAAAGACACCUGGGAACUGAAAGAGAGCCCUAAGUACAACUUCAGAAGCGAGGGCCGAAGACAUUUCAUGGUCAUUCAAAACGUGACCGUUGAAGACGAAGGCGUGUACUCAGUAAUUGUGAGGUUGGAACCCAGGGGAGAGGCUAAGAGCACAGCUGAGCUUUAUUUGUCUGGCAAAGAAAUUGAAUUAGCAAUGGUCCCCAUUGAUAUGCCAGAUUCCUCUGUUCAGAGGCCUGAAGUGCCUACAUCAGUUGCAAUUCAAGUUGUAAGAGUUGCCAUUGAGGAGACAGUGGAGACCAAACAAGUUCAAAUGAGAGAGGAAAUCCCAACAAAAGUUGAGGAAAGGCCUGAAGAGAAGCCAACACCAGCAUCACCACAGAAAGAGCCUGAAGCCAGAAAGCAAGUGGAGGAAAAGAUUCCUGUGGUUUCAGUCCCAGAAAAGGAUGUUCCUGUUCCCAGAGAAAAAGAAACAGAGGAAGUUAAAAGGCCUACUGCUUCCCCACCUCCACCUACUGAGAAGCCUGGAGUGCCAAAGAAAGAUGAACCCAAGCCUCAGGUGCCAGCAGACUCCAAAGUAGUGGCCCCUAAAGCUAAGCCUGAAGCUGAGCCCAAGCCCAAACCCAAAGCAGAACCAGAAGCAAAGCCAGUGCCUACACCCAAAGCAGAACCAGAAGCAAAGCCAGUGCCUACACCCAAAGCAGAACCCAAGGUUAAGCCUAAAGAAAUCCCUGAGCAGGAGCCUGAAGCUAAACCAGUACCUGUAAAGAAAAUGGUGACGCCACCAUCCAAAGUCCCUGAAGAAGCUCCAAAACCAGACCCAUCAAAGACCAGGCGUAAGCCAGCUGAAACCAGGCUAGAACCAGACAAACCUAAACCAGAAGCUCAUAAACCCGAGCCUCCUCUAACAAAACAAGAACCAAAAGAACCUGCAGUGGUCCCCAAGCCUAAACCUGUGGUGAAAAAAUCAGAAGCAGAAAUAACAGCACCGAAGCCUGUGGUGCCAAAACCGGAACCCCCAGUGACCAAACCAGAACCAACUCCUGCACCAAAGGAACCUACAAAAAAAGCAUCAGAAGAACCAGCAAAGAAGGAGGUUUCAUCUCCAAUCCAACCACCCCAACCUUCACUUGCACAACCACAAAAGUUUGAGACAGAGGAACAAGCGCCACAGAAGAAACCUGUGGCAGUUAAAGUUCCUGUGGAGGAAAAAAUAACUGAGCUUCCAAAAGCAGCCAAGAAAGCAGAGCCUGCUGUUGUUCCACCAAAGGAAGAGCCAACAAAGAAAGAGAAAGCUUUGAAGCUCGAACCUAAACCUGUACCUGAAAAAAGCUAUCAGAAGGUGUUUGAUGAGGUUGCUGUGUUGGAGCCUGAACCUGUGAGGCUUCCUGAGAAAAUAUCUGAAUCAGUACCCGAGAGACGCUUGGAGAAAGUGCUGAAACCCGAGAAAGGCAUGAAGGAAAUUCCAAAGCUGGAGCCAGAAGAAUUACCUGAGAAAGUACCAGAAAAACCACGUGAGGAAAAAGUCCCAGAGGAGGCUCUUCCUAAGAGGAAGCCUGCAAAGGUUCCUCAGAAGGUGGUUGAAGCAGCUUUGAUUACUGAGAAGCAGACAUCUGUAAGCACUGAGGAAAUCAAAGUUGAGCUCAUUUCGAAGAAGCAAACAGAGAGGAUCUCUGCAGAGAAAACAGUUCACAUAAAGGCCCCUGAUAAAAUACCUGAUACUGUAUCUAAGGCCAAGCCUAAACAAGAGGUAGAAGAAAUUCUUCCUAAAGAGAGCAAACCACAAGCUGCUGUUAAAGAUCAAGAAGCUGCCAAAAAGCCUGAAGUCACUGAUGAUGCCAAGUUGAAAAAGACAAUUACUCCACCAGAAGAAAAGCCAGAUGAAUCCAAGGGGCCAGUCCAAGCACCAGGAGGAGUCAAGAAAGAAACAGUUCUACACAAAAAAGGUCAAAAGGUCAAAUUGGAAGAGGAUGGGACAUUUGAGAUCCCCACGUUGAGAAAGACAACCAGGGUCAUGAGAGAGGUGGAAGAAGAACAAGAGAUUAUCAUAUUGAAGAAGAUCCCAUCAGUUCCACACAAAGAGCCUGAACAAGAGGAAUUACCGCUGGUCACCAAGACCACAGUUGUUAAUAUUGAGGAGAUGGUACAUAAAGAAGAAGCUGCUGAGAUUAUGUUUGUCACCACGAGACAUGAGGAGCAGAAGAAGCUAAAAGAGAAAGCAGAUGUGGUGAAAAAGCCACAAGUUAUUCAACCUAAAGAAGAAAAGGAACAGAAAGAGACUCCUAAAGAUGCGUGGACCCGGCAGAAGCCUGUCCCAAAAGAUGAGAAACCAAAAGAUACCAUUUCUCUGAAGAAAACUCCCAAGACACCUAAGGAGGAGGAAAGCGCCCCACCCAGUACAGCCCUAAAGAAAGUUAAAAAAUUGCCUUUAGAUGAAGUGGAACCAGAAGUAGUCAAACUGAAACCCUUCGAGAAGCCUCUUAAACCAGCAGAGGAUCCAGAGAAAGACAAGAAGGAGAGGCCAGAGAAGGACACGUCACCUUUUCAGAAGGGGGAAAGGCUUCCCAGGCAGGUGGAAACCACAGAACCUCCAAAGCAAUCUGAGAAAGAACCUGUUGAAGUAAAAGAGCCACCAGCCAAGGUGCCAAAACCAGGAGACCGAAAGAAAUCUCCAGAGAAGGAGCCUGAAGAGGACAAAAAGCCAAAAAAGGUGAAGAAGAUUCCAACAGUGGAACCAGAGAUAGAAACAGUCAAGUUGAAGCCCUUUGACAGGCUGGCCAAACAGGCUACAGAGCCUGAGAAGAAACCCGCAGAGGAGAAAGAAAGGAGGCCAACUGAUGAUCUGCCAAAACGUCACACAAGUCCAGCUGAGACCCCUGAAGAACGGAAACAACAGGCUACACCAAAGAAACCUGAGAUCCCAGAAGCUCCAGAGAAGAAGCCAGUGACACCAGAGAAGGUAGAUGCAGCUCCCUUGGAAAAGACCAUACUUCCUGUUCCAGCCCCUGCUGAGAAACCUGAAAAGGUUCUCGAGGAGAAAAAACCUCUGCAAGUGAAGAAAAAAGUGUUAUCAAAGGAAAAAGAGGAAGAAGUAUCUCUAAAACCUGUAGAGCAGCUCAAGAAGGUAGAGCUCAAAAAGACACUAUCCCCGAAAGUUGAGAAACUUAAAGAAGCAGAGACCGUUGCAGCUGAGAGAAGGCCAAGUCUUGACAAACUCAAAAAGCCUCCUAAAACUGUUUCACCCAAAGAAUCUAUUGAGGAUGUGACUCUAAAAAAAGUCCCAAAGAAGCCUUUGCAAGAGGAAGCCAAGGUUGCAGAACCGGCAAAGCCUGAUGAAGGAAAGGUUCCCUUGGUAAAGGAAGUCUCUCCUGGAGCCGUGGAGAUGAAGAAGGUUGCCACUCAGGCAGAGGAGGAAGUAUUUGAAGAGGAGUUUGAAGCUGAGAAUGAGGCUGUGCCAGAGGGAGAGGAGGCAUGGGGCUGGGAGCUGGUUCCAGAGGAGAGUUACGAGCUAGAGGACUGGGAAGGUGAAGCAGAGGAAGGUGCUGUGAAGGUUCCAGGGGUGGCCAGGAGAGAGGGACAACCAACAGAGGAAGCAGGAAGAGGUAGAGGUAGAGGGCUGAAACCUAAGCAGACCCCAUCUCCUGGAGAGGGCAGGGGUCGGGGGCUGAGGCCUGGUGGGAAAGGACCACCACCACCAGAGGAACCUUUUGCAGGGUUCAAGCUCAAAGCUGUCCCUCUAAAGUUUAUCAAAAAGCUUCAGAACAUUGUUCUGCAGGAAGCCGAGUCUAUCGGCUCAUCUGCUGUCUUUGAAUGUGAGGUCUCACCUUCCACUGCUGUUACUUCUUGGAUGAAAGAUGGUAGUAAUCUUCGUGAGAGCCCCAAGCACAAGUUCACUUCGGAUGGCAAAGAUCGCAAAUUGAACAUCAUUGAUGUCCAGCUGUCUGACACUGGGGAAUAUACGUGUGUGGCCAAGAACGCUGGCAAAGAGAUAUCUUGCACCGCCAAGCUUAUCGUUGAAGAGCUACCUGUGAAAUGGAUCAAAGAACUGGAAGAGGAGACAUCAGCAAUCAAGGGUCAGCCUGUGUAUAUGACCUGCGAGCUGAACAAAGAGAGGGAUGUGAUAUGGAAGAAGAAUGGUGAGGUCCUCAAGAAAAAGGAGGGCAAGAUUCAGAUCAAUAUCAUUGGUAUGCAGCAUGCGGUGACCAUCCAGAACUCCACGGAGGAGGACGCCGGUGUUUUCUCGUGUGAAGUGGCUGGCCAGGAAGACGUUAAGACUACAACAAAUGUCAAAGUGAUUGAAAUUGUCAAAGACUGGAUAGUGAGACCACUGAGAGAUCAGCAUGUAAAACCAAAGGCUGCUGCAACAUUUAAAUGCGAGCUUUUCAAGGAAACUCCCAACUGGAAGUGGCUCAAAGGAGAGAAUGAAGUCCAGCCAUCUGACAAGAUUGAGAUCAAGAAGGAAGGAAAGGAGCUGACGCUCGUCGUUAAGAACUGCCAGCCUGAUGACGUAGCAGAAUAUGCACUGGAGGUGGAAGGACGCAUCUACACUGCCAAGCUAACACUUGGAGAGCGGGAGGCUGAGAUCCUAAAGCCUUUGGUCAGCGUCGAGGUGGUUGAGAAGGAAGAUGCCAUGUUUGAGACUGAGAUUUCUGAGGACGACAUUCCCGGGGAAUGGAAGCUCAAAGGAGAGGUUUUGACCAGAUCCCCGACAUGCGACAUCCAAAUGGAGGGUACAGUGCGUAGACUCAAGCUAAAAAACUGCCAGCUGGACCAGGCGGGAGAAGUGACUUACACGGCUCUGAACGCCAUAACCAGCGCCAUGCUUAAUGUCAAAGAAGUCGAAAUGGACUUUGUUGUCCCGCUGAAGGAUGUUUCUGUGCCAGAAAAGAAACAAGCUAAGUUUGAAUGCACCAUCACAAAAGAUGUUUUUAAAGUCAUGUGGUAUAAAGGGGCCGACAUCAUCACCCAAGACCAAAAAUAUGACAUCAUCGACGACGGAAAGAAGCACAUGCUGAUUAUAAACUGCUGUGAGUUUGAUGACGAGGAUGAAUACAUGAUUGAAGUUUUAGGCAAAACCUCAAAAGCUAGACUCACAGUCGAGGGUAUCAGGCUGAAAUUUAUCUCACCAAUAAAGGAUCAAACUGUAAAGGAAGGCAAAACAGCUCGCUUUGAGCUGGAGCUUUCUCACGAGAACAUCCCCAUCACCUGGUACAAGAACGACAACAAAAUUCAUCCGAGCAGAACGGUUGUCAUUCAUGUGGAUGGAAAGAAGCAUGCACUAGAAAUGAGAGAAGUGACUCUAGAUGAUAUCUGCCAAAUUAAGGCUGAGGCCAAAGGAAUUCUUUCCAUGGCCAACCUGACAGUUAUAGAGGGAGAUCCGUACUUCACAGUUAAGCUGCAGGACUAUACUGCAGUGGAGAAAGAUGAGGUGGUUCUAGAUUGCGAGCUCAGCAAAGAUGUCGAUGUCAUGUGGUACCACAAUGAGGCCGAGAUCAAAGCUUCUAAGACAGUGAACAUUAAAGCUGAAGGCAAACGCAGAGUCCUCAUAAUCAAGAGAGUUGGGGACAAAGACAAAGGACAGUACCUAUGUGACUGUGGAACAGACAAGACGACAGCAACGCUUCACAUUGAAGCUCGUCACAUAAAGGUGGUUCGGCCGAUGUAUGGCGCUGAGGUGUUUGACGGAGAGACAGCUCGAUUUGAGGUUGAGCUCAGUGAAGACGAUGUCCAUGGCCAGUGGAAACUGAACGGAGAACUCCUCAGUCCAUCCACUGAUGUUGAAAUCGUGGAGGACGGUGCAAAACAUACUCUGGUCUUGUACAACUGCAGAGUACCUCAGACCGGCGAGGUCAUGUUCACUGCUGCUAAUGCCAAAUGUUCUGCUAACCUGAAAGUGAAGGAGGUCCCAGUGUCAUUCAUUACACCUCUGGCUGAUGUACACGUGUAUGAAAAGGAUGAAGCAAAAUUUGAACUAGAAAUUUCCCGGGAGCCCAAAAGCUUCCGUUGGCUGAAGGGAUCUCAAGAGCUGUCAACAGAUGACAAGUUUGAACUCCAUGUGGAAGGAAAGAGACACAGUCUUAUUGUAAAAUCUGCCAGAUAUGAAGAUGAAGGUAAAUACAUGUUCGAGGCUGAAGAUAAGAGGACAUCCGGAAAGUUGAUUAUCAAAGGUAUUCGCCUUGCAUUUAUCAAGCCAAUAAGAGAUGUGACCGUAAAGGAACGUGAAACUGCAGAGUUCAGCGUUGAACUCUCUCAUGAAAAAAUCCCAGUCGUCUGGUACAAAAAUGACGUCCGUUUGCACCCCAGCAAAGUGGUGCACAUGUCUGAGGAAGGAAAAGUGCACACGCUGGCCUUCAAGGAGGUCACAAUUGAUGACACCUCUAUGAUCAAAGUGGAGGCGAUGGGCAAGACUUCAGAGGCCAUGCUCACCAUUCUCGAGGGCGACCUGUACUUCACUGUGAAGCUCCAGAAUUACACCGCUGUUGAGAAAGAUGAGGUGAUUUUGUCCUGCGAGUUGAGUAAGGCCGCUGCUGAGGUCAAAUGGUUCAAAGAUGGCGAAGAAAUCUUUCCCUCCAAAAACAUUUCCUUCAAAUCUGAUGGCAAGAAACAUAUGUUGGUCAUCAAGAAGGCAGCAAAGAGCAACAUGGGCGCUUACAGCUGCGACUGUGGAACUGACAAAACUACCGCUGACCUUAACAUCGAAGAACGUGACAUCAAGGUCGUCCGCCCACUGUACAGCGUGGAAGUUACAGAGACCGAGACGGCGAAGUUUGAGACAGAGAUUUCUGAGGAGGACCUUCAUGCCACCUGGAAACUGAAGGGCAAGACACUUCACCCAUCUGCUAAUGUGGAGAUCAAGGAGGAAGGAGCCCGGCACUUGUUGAUCCUCUAUAACUGCAAAAUGGACAUGGCUGGAAGUGUUGACUUUGCAGCAGCGAAUGCCAAAUCCUCAGCUCAGCUCAGGGUCAAAGCCCGAGUGAUUGGCCUCCAGAGGCCUCUGAAGGAUGUCACCGUGACUGCUGGGGAGACUGCCACCUUUGAGUGCGAGCUGUCAUACGAAGCCAUCGCUGUCGAGUGGUUCCUGGGGGGUACAAAGCUGGAGCCAAGCGAUAGAGUGGUGUUGAAGGCGGAGGGUAAAGUCCACACCCUGACUCUACGCAAUGUCGAGCAAAACGAAGCCGGACAAAUCAAACUCACAGCCAAAGACUUCCAGACUGAGGCCAGUCUUACUGUCAAAGAACCACCAGUGGAGUUCACUAAGCCUCUGGAGGACCAGACAGUGGAAGAGGAAGCCACUGCCACACUCGAAUGUGAAGUUUCCAGGGAAAAUGCAGAAGUGCGAUGGUUCAGGGAUGGACAGGAGAUCCACAAGACAAAGAAAUAUGAGAUGAUCAUUGACGGCUGCAAGCGAGCGCUGGUCAUCCACCACUGCACUUUGGACGACUCAAGAACAUAUGCUUGUGAUGCUAAAGACUUCAAAACCUCAUGCUUCCUCAAUGUUGAACCUCCACACAUUGAGUUCACAAAGCCACUCCACGACGUCGAGGUUGUAGAGAAGGAAUCUGCCAGGUUUGAAUGUGAAGUGUCCAGAGAAGACGUCAAAGUCCGCUGGUUUAAGGACGGAAAUGAAAUCAGAAAGGGAAAGAAAUACGAAAUUAUUGCACAAGGUCGCCAGCACAUCCUCAUCAUCCACAAGUCUGUGUUUGACGAUGAGGCUGAGUACGAAUGUGAUGCAAAGACCUCAAAGUCCUCUGGCAUGCUUACUGUCGUUGAGGAGGAGGCAAGGUUCACCAAGAACCUGUUCAAUGUGGAGGGAACUGAGACUGACAGUGUAAAACUUAUUUGUGAAGUCUCCAAACCCAGCGCAGACGUUAUCUGGUACAAAGGAGACAAGGAGCUGCCAGAGGGUGGCCGCUAUGAGCAAAUUGUAGAUGGGAAGAGAAGGAUACUCCUCAUCAAGGAUCUGAACAUGUCUGACGCUGGAGAGUACAACUGCAGGCUAAGUCCCAGCAACAAAACUUCAGGAAAUCUCAAGAUUAAUGAAUUAGCUGCUGAGUUCAUCUCAAGGCCACAAAGCCUAGAGGUGGUGGAAGGAGAGAAGGCAGCGUUCACGUGCUCCGUAUCCAAGGAGACCUAUGAAGUCAAAUGGAUGAAGGAUGACGUGGAGCUCGAGGCCGGAGAGAAAUACCAGAUAGUCACCGAUGGCAAGAGACGAAUCCUUGAAAUCAAGGACUGUGAACUUAAAGAUGAGGGUGGAUACAUAGUUAUGAUUGGACCAACUAGAGCCAGCGCCGACCUUACUGUGCUUGAGAGACUGAAAAUCAUCACUCCUCUAAAAGACACAGAGGGCAAAGAAGGUCAGGAGGUCGUCCUGAACUGUGAGGUCAACACAGAGGGAGCAAAGGCCAAGUGGCUGAAGAACGACGACACCAUAUUUGAGAGCAGCAAGUACAUAAUAACCCAGAGAGACAAUGUCUUCUCCCUGAGAAUCAAAGAUGUCCAGAAGGGAGACGAAUCCAACUACAGCAUCAACUUGACCAAUCAGAGAGGAGAGCAAGCCAAGAGCCAGUGCAGCCUGACCAUCAGAGAGGAGAGUCUAAGAAUUGUGGUUCCCCCGGAGGACAUUGACACUCAGGAGAAGAGGACCAUCAGCUUCUCUUGUAAGGUCAACAGGCCCAGUGCCACUCUGAAGUGGAUGAAGGCCGGUGAGGAGAUUACCUUCAGCAAACGCAUUGUCUACAGAGUUGACAAAGACAAGCAUACGCUUACCAUCAAAGACUGCACCCUGGCCGAUGAGGGUGAAUACACAGCUGUAGCCGGAGAUGACAAAGCCACAGCAGAGCUCAUCAUCAGCGAGGCACCGACGGAUUUCACCAUGCACCUAAAAGACCAAACAAUCACCGAGUUUGAGGACGCAGAAUUUACAUGCAAGUUGACCAAAGAGAAAGCCGAAGUCAAGUGGUACAGAAAUGGCCGAGAGAUCAGAGAAGGACCCAGAUACAUAUUUGAACGAGAUGGAAAGAUUUGCACUUUGCGCAUCAAGGAAUGCAGACCUGAUGAUGAAUGUGAAUAUGCCUGUGGUGUGGAGGAGAAGAAAUCCAGAGCCAGGCUUUUUGUUGAAGAGACCCCAGUGGAAAUCAUCAGACCCCCGCAGAACGUGUUUGAACCUCCAGGCUCGGACGUUGUGUUUGAGGUGGAGCUCAACAAAGACAGAGUGGAGGUGAAGUGGUUGAGGAACAAUAUGACCGUUGUCCAGGGAGACAAAUACCAGAUGAUGAGCGAGGGUAAAGUCCACAGAUUGCAGGUCUGUGAGAUCAGACCUCGGGACCAGGGAGAGUACAGAGUCAUUGCCAAGGAUAAGGACGCAAAGGCCAAGCUGGAACUGGCAGCUGUGCCACAGAUAAAGACCACUGACCAGAACUACGUCACAGAUGUUGGAAAGCCUAUUAUCAUGGUCGUCCCCUACAGUGCCUAUCCACAAGCUGAAGCUGACUGGCUGUACAACAACCUAAGUCUGCAAAAAGACAACAUCUACACCUCAGCUGAGCACACAGAGUACCGAUUAAAGAACCCCAAGAAGGUCGACGAGGGCUCCUACAAGAUCAUCAUCAAAAACAAACAUGGAGCGGGAGAAGCUUUCAUCAACCUGAAUGUCAUUGAUGUCCCAGGACCUGUGAAGAACCUCCAGGUGACUGACACUGCAGAUGGUGAGAUCAGCCUCGCAUGGGAGGAGCCUGAGAGUGAUGGCGGCAGUAAAGUCAUCGGCUACGUAGUGGAGAGGCGUGAUGUGAAACGUAAGACCUGGACACUGGCCACCGACCAUGCCGAAAGUCCUGAAUACACAGUGACCGGCCUCCAGAAGGACUCCAAGUACCUAUUCAGAGUCUGUGCCCGAAACCGGGUUGGCAGUGGACCCACUGUGGAGACUGACGAAGCUGUGCAAGCUAAGAACAAGUUUGAUGUUCCUGAAGCUCCUCUGAAUGUGAUCGUGGGAAACGUCACCAAGUUUGGCUGCACUCUGUCUUGGGAGCCUCCCAUGUCAGAUGGAGGCUCUCCCAUUACCUCUUAUAUCAUUGAGCUCCGCGACAGGACGUCAGUGAAGUGGUCUCCUGUCCUGGUGACCAAACCUGAUGACCUCAGUGCCAUCAUUAAUGAUGUAAUUGAGAAUAAAGAGUACAUUUUUAGAGUGAAAGCUGAGAACAGAGCCGGUGUCGGCAAACCCAGUGCUGCCUCACAGCCCGUCAAAAUCAUGGAUCCAAUCGAGCGUCCCAGCCCCCCUCUGAACCUCUCCUGGCAGGACCAGAACAAGAGCUCAGUGCAGCUCACCUGGGAGACUCCACUGAAGAACGGAGGCAGCAUGAUCACUGGAUACAUCAUUGAACGCUGUGAGGACGGUUCUGACAAGUGGCUCCGCUGCAACGCCCGUCUCUGCCCUGACCUCUUCUACAAGGUGUCAGGUCUGAAAUAUGGGACUAAGUACAACUACAGAGUGUUUGCUGAAAAUGCUGCCGGAGUCUCUGAGCCUUCAAACAUCAUCGGACCUCUGCUAGCUGACGACCCACAUGUUGGUCCAAGCUUUGACCUGAGUGCUUUUAAAGAUGGCCUGGAAGUGAUUGUUCCCCAGCCUCUCACCAUCAGAGUCCCCAUAACUGGAUAUCCAAUACCUGUUGCUAAGUGGACCUUCGGAGAGAAGGAGCUAUCCAGUGUGGAUGAUGAGCGGGUUUUCCUCAUGACAAAGUCAACAUUUACAGAACUAAUGGUCACUCCGAGUGUCCGUCCAGACAAAGGCGCCUACACGCUACAUCUGGAGAAUGAUGUCACAUCGGUCUCUGGAGAGAUUGAAGUCAAUGUUAUUGCUGCACCCAGUGCUCCAAAGGACUUCAAGGUCCUUGAGGUGACUCGGCAGCAUGUCCACCUGAGCUGGGAGGCUCCAGAGCAUGAUGGAGGAAGUCCUCUGAUUGGCUACCAGGUGGAGAAACGAGACGUGUCCCGCAAGACCUGGGUCAAGGUGACCACAGGGAUCCAGGAUCUGGAGUUCACCAUUACUGACGUGGUUGAAGGGAAGGAGUAUUUGUUCAGAGUCACCGCCUGCAACAAAUGUGGACCGGGAGAGCCAGCAUAUAUUGACGAGCCAGUUAACGUCUCCUCUCCUGCAACUGUCCCCGACCCUCCAGAAAACCUGAGGUGGAGGGACAAGUCAGCCAGUGGCAUCUUCCUGACCUGGGAGCCACCAAAGUAUGAUGGCGGGAGCGGCAUCCGGGGCUACAAUGUUGAACGCUGUCAGAGAGGAACGGAUAAGUGGGAGCCCUGUGGCGACUUGGUACCUGAGCUGAAGUGCCAGGUGACAAAUCUUAUUGAGGGUCAGUGGUACUCUUACAGAAUCAGAGCCCUGAACCGACUUGGAGCCAGCCGGCCCUGCAAAGCCACUGAUGAGAUCCAGGCUGUUGAUCCUAAAGAGCCUCCAGAGAUCCAGCUGGAUGCCAAGCUUCUGGCUGGUCUGACUGCUAAGGCUGGCAGCAAGAUUGAACUUCCUGCUGAUGUGACAGGUAAGCCUGAGCCACGAGUCAAGUGGACCAAAGCCGACCUGGUCCUCAAACCAGACGACAGGGUGUCCAUUGACACCAAGCCAGGACACUCCAUGGUCACCAUCGCCAAGACAAAGAGAGAUGACAGUUCCACUUAUAUCAUCGAGGCCACCAACAGCAGCGGUCGUGCCACUGCCACUGUGGAUGUCAACAUCCUUGAUAAGCCUGGUCCUCCUGCUGCUUUUGACAUUUCUGAAAUCACCAAUGAGUCCUGCUUUCUGGCUUGGAACCCUCCACGUGAUGAUGGUGGCUCCAAAGUUACCAACUAUAUUGUUGAACGGCGAGCUGCUGAUAGUGAGAUCUGGCACAGACUGUCCUCCACUGUGAAGCAGACCACAUACAAAGCUACCAGUCUGAUCAAGUUCAAGGACUACAUCUUCAGAGUAUUUGCUGAAAAUCAGUUUGGUGUUGGUCCAGCUGCUGAACACCCACCAAUCACUGCCAAAUACCCCUUUGAUACUCCCGGGGCUCCUUACAAGCUGGAGGCUUCAGAUAUUGCAAAGGACUCUCUGAAUCUGAACUGGUAUGAGCCUGAUGAGGAUGGAGGAAGCCCAAUUACUGGAUACUGGGUGGAGAGAUACGAAGCUGACCAUGACAAGUGGAUAAGAUGUAACAAGCUGCCAGUCAAAGACACAAACUACAGGGUCAAAGGUCUUCCAACCAGGAAGAAGUAUAAGUUCCGAGUCCUUGCUGAGAAUCUGGCCGGAACUGGAAAACCCAGCAAGGAGACAGAUCCGAUCCUUGUUAAAGAUCCUAUUGACCCUCCAUGGCCCCCUGGCAAACCCACAGUGAAGGACGUAGCUAAGACGUCAUGCUUCCUAAUGUGGACCAAACCAGAGCAUGAUGGCGGAGCAAAGAUUGAUAGCUAUGUCACUGAGAUGCUAAAGAGCGGCACCACGGACUGGAUCCGCGUGGCAGAGAACAUCACCAUGCUGGAAUAUUUCCUAAAGGGCCUGAUGGAGAAGCAGGAGUACUCGUUUAGAGUGCGAGCUGUUAACGUGGCUGGAGAGAGCGAACCCAGUGAACCCAGUGACCCAGUGCUCUGCAAAGAGAGACUCAACCCUCCCUCAGCUCCACGCUGGUUAGAGGUUGUCAACAUCAGCAGGAACAGUGCUGAGCUGAAAUGGGCAGCUCCUGAGCGCAAUGGAGGUUCAGCCAUCACCAACUACAUUGUGGAAAAACGUGAUGUGAGGCGUAAAGGUUGGCAGACUGUGGACACCACAGUCAAAGAGCUGAAGUGCGACGUGAAACCGCUCAAUGAAGGAUCGCUUUAUGUGUUCCGUGUUGCUGCUGAGAACGCUGUGGGUGUCGGACCCUUCUGUGAGAUGGAGGACUCUGUGCUGGCAAAAGACACUUUCACUACUCCUGGCCCACCCUACGCUCUCGCUGUCAGUGCUGUGACCAAAAGAUAUGUGGACUUGCAGUGGGAGGCACCGAAAAACGAUGGUGGAAGACCCAUCCUCAGGUAUUCCAUUGAGAAAAAAGAGAAGCUUGGAACUCGCUGGGUGAAAUGUGGGAAGACUUCAGGUCCAGACUGUAAGUACAGGGUAACAGACGUCAUUGAAGGAACAGAGGUUCAGUUCCAGGUCCGAGCUGAGAACGAGGCUGGCAGUGGACACCCAAGUGAACCCACCGAGAUUCUCACCAUAGAAGAUCCAACAGGCAUCCCAUCACCACCCAUUGAAUUACACGUGACUGGAGCCAGCCGAGACUUCCUGGCAAUUGCCUGGAAACCUCCACAAACAGAUGGCGGCGCCCCUGUCAGAGGAUACCACAUUGAGAUGUGCGAGGCUGGAACUGAGAAGUGGAUGAGGGUGAACUCCCGUCCAGUGAAGGAGCUCAAGUACCGCGUAGAGGAGGGUGUGACCCCUGAAAAGGAGUACAUUCUGAGAGUGAGGGCCGUUAACGCUAUCGGAGAGAGCGAACCGUCGGACAUCUCUGAAAAUGUCUUUGCCAAAGACUCUGACUGCAACCCAACUCUGGAAUUCCAGACUCUGGAUCUAGUUGUUGUGGAAACAGAAAAGCUGCACAUUCCAGUUCCCUUUAGAGCAGUCCCCUUACCUAAAAUCACCUGGCACAAAGAUGGCAAAGAGCUGAAGGCGGAUGAACGCCUUGGCUUUAGGAAGGAGUAUACCUCCUGUCACCUGGAGAUUGACAGCAGUCUUCAUUCCGAUGCUGGAGUGUACAAAGUGACACUAGAAAACAAGCUGGGAAGUGCCAGUGCCACCAUCAAUGUCAAAGUCAUCGGGCUUCCUGGUCCUUGCAAGGAAAUUGUGGCUUCUGAGAUCACAAAGAGCUCCUGUAAAGUUACAUGGGAUCCACCAGAUUAUGAUGGUGGUAGUCCAAUUCUUCACUAUGUCUUGCAGCGGCGUGAGGCUGGCAGGAGGACAUACGUCAACAUAAUGUCAGGAGAGUGCAAGGUGAGCUGGGUGGUCAAAGAUCUCAUCCACAAUGGAGAGUACUACUUCAGGGUCCAGGCCGUUAACAAGAUUGGAGGAGGAGAGUUCAUCGAGCUCCGCAACCCAGUCAUCGCCGAGGACCAGAAACAUGCUCCUGACCCACCAGUGGAUGUGGAGACCCACAACCCCACAUCCAGUACUGUUACUCUAACCUGGAAGGCUCCCAUGUAUGAUGGUGGCUCCAAAAUCAUGGGCUACAUCCUAGAGAAGCAGCAGAAAGGAGAGGACAAGUGGGAGAGGUGCAAUGACUUCCUGGUGCCUGUACUAUCCUACACCGUCAGAGGAUUGACAGAAGGAAAGAACUUCACCUUUAGAGUCAGAGCUGAAAAUGCUGCUGGGAUCAGUGAGCCAUCACGCAACACGCCAUUUAUCAAGGCCGCCGAUACCAUUGAUCCUCCAAAGGUUUUCCUGAGUGGCAGCUUGCAGUCUGGUCUCAGCGUGAAGCGAGGCUACGAGAUCUGCCUGGAUGCCAACAUUUCAGGAUCUCCGUACCCUCAGAUCACCUGGUACUGGAACAACCAAUCAAUUCGACCUGAGCCACUCCGGAAGAGACCUGAAAAACCCCUGAAGAAGAAGGUGGAAAAGAAGGAAGAGGAAAAGAAGGAGGAAAAGGAGAAAGAAGAGGGGACAGCUGAGAAGAAAGAGGAGAAGGAGGGAGAGGUGAAAGAACCUGAGGAAAAAGAAGGCGAGGUGAAAAAGGAGGAGGAAGUUCCAGAACCAGAGGUGGAGGAGCCAGACUACCCCACCAUAAAUGAACGCCUGGCCAUCGACAAUAGCCACAGGGGUGUAUCCUCUAUCAUUAUCAGGGACUCGAUUCGCCCUGAUCAUGGUGUCUACAUGGUGAAGGUGGAGAACGACCAUGGCAUUGCCUCGGCAACCUGCGAGGUCAACAUACUCGAUACUCCUGGGCCUCCAGUAAACUUUAGAUUCGAGGAGGUGAGGAAGAACUCUGUGAUCUGCAAGUGGGAUCCCCCUCUGGAUGAUGGUGGCAGCGAGAUUCUCAACUACACCCUGGAACAGAAAGACAACUCCAAGCUGGAGAUUGGUUGGAGCACCGUUACCGCAAUAUUGAAAGGAUGUCGUUACUUGGUGCCCAAACUCAUUGAGAAGAAGGAGUACAUCUUUAGGGUCGUGGCUGAGAACAAGUAUGGUGCAGGCCCACCCUGUGUCUCCAAACCGGUCAUUGCCAAGAAUCCUUUUGAACCUCCCGAAGCACCUGAUAAACCACAAGUUGAUGACAUCACAGCCAAUAGCAUGCUGGUCACGUGGAAUGAACCAAAUGAUAAUGGCAGCCCCAUCUUGGGAUACUGGGUGGAGCGCCGUGAGAUCAACAGCUCACACUGGGCACGUGUAAAUAGGAACAUCAUCCCUGUCCCUGAGCUAAAUGUUGAAGGUCUGAUCGAGGGGCUGACUUACAUCUUUAGAGUGGCUGCCGAAAACCAGGCCGGCCCUGGAAAGUUCAGUGUUCCCUCUGAACCCAAGACUGCCCACCCAGCUAUUUUGCCUCCAGGUCCUCCAGUUGCCCGAGUGGCAGCAACUACUGACCACUCCAUUGAAGUUGAGUGGGACCCACCUGCUGACAAUGGAGGUGGGGAAAUCCUGGGAUAUCAUGUGGAUAAGGCUAUGGCUGGUACCAAGGACUGGUCGAGAUCUACGGAACGUCCAUGGAAGACUCGGAACUUCACUGUUUAUGGAGUCAGAGAGGGAGCAAAGUACAUGGUCAGAGUCAUUGCCUGUAAUGCUGCUGGAGAGGGAACACCAGGAUUCACAGAGUCUGUAUUCGUCAGAAAUCCUGCAGAGAUCCCUGUAAUUGAAUUGGAUCUGUCUGUCAAGAAUGGCGUCGUGAUCAGAGCUGGAGAAAACCUCCUUAUACCUGCUACAGUCACAGGUAAACCCUACCCAGCCAUCACCUGGACCAAGGAUGAUGGCAAACCUGACAAAGACCGUGUGGAGAUCCUCACUGAGGACAACAACAGCAUCUUUUCAGUCAAGAAUGUCCAGAGGAAAGACUGCGGCAAAUAUCAAAUCUCUGCUUGCAACCCCAGUGGCACCAAGUCUGCAUGGACCAGAGUGGAGGUCGUGGAUGUCCCUGGACCUGUCACAGACCUGAAGCCUGUUGUUGUCACUCGUAAGAUGAUCUUUCUGAACUGGGAUGACCCUGAAGACGAUGGAGGCAGUGACUUGACCGGCUUCCUCGUGGAGCGAAGAGAUCCCAAGAUGCACACAUGGAGGCAACCUGUUGAAACCGCCUCGUCCAAGUGUGAGUGUGUGGGCAUUAAUGAGGGACAAGAAUACCUGUUCCGUGUCAUCGCCAAGAACAAAUAUGGCCUGGGCCCACCUGUUGAACUAGGACCCAUCAAGGCUGUAGACCCACAGGGCCCGCCAUCAUAUCCUGAGAAGUUCCACUACACUGAACGCACAAAGAACUCCAUCACGUUCGCCUGGAAACCACCACGUAAUGAUGGCGGCAGCCCUAUCAUUGGUUACUUUGUUGAGAAAAAGAGGCAGGACCAGCAGGCCUUUGAGCCCUGCAACACUGAGAUCUGUCCCAACAUGACUAUGACUGUGGAGGGCCUGGAUGAUGCCUGGAUGUACGAGUUCAGAAUCAAGUGUGCCAACCUUAUUGGAGAGAGUGAGCCAUCCAUCCCACUGACUGUGGUUAUCCAAGAUGAUGAAGUGGCUCCUGAGGUUCACAUGCUGAAUCAGUUCAAAGGGGACACCAUUACUGUGAAGAAGGGUGAAUCCAUCGAGAUCCCAGCUGAUGUCCUGGGACUCCCCAUCCCUAAGAUCGAGUGGUCUAAGGAUGACGUAGUGAUCGAGAAGCCUACUGAGACUCUACUGAUGGAGACAAAUGUGACUGGCAGAAUGAAUUGCAAGACCAUGCUGUCCAUCCCAGCAGCCAACAGGAGGGACCGUGGCAGUUACACUGUGGCUGCCUCCAACAACAUGGGUUCAGCCAAGCACACGGUCUAUGUCAUGGUGCUUGACCGACCAACUCCACCAAGGAAUGUGACAGUAUCCAAUAUCAGGGGUGAGUCCUGCUACCUCAACUGGGACGCACCACUUGAUAAUGGCGGAAGUGAACUGACCAACUACAUCAUUGAGAAGAAGGAAGUGGUAACAGAGGUGCCUGAGGUGGAAGAGGGACAGGAAGCUCCACCUGAACCACAGUGGGAGGAGGUUACAAAUAGCAUAAUUGAGAGAAAAUAUGGGGUCUGGAACCUGGAAAACAAAAAGACCUACCUUUUCCGGGUACGGGCUGAGAACCGCUACGGUAAAUCUGAUCCCUGCACAACUGAGGAAGUUCAUAUUAUAGACCCCUUCGGCCUUCCUGGCCCACCAGAGAAACCAACAAUUGCAGAGUACUGCAAGACCUCCAUGACUCUAACCUGGGAACCUCCCAGAGAUAAUGGAGGCUCCACGAUUAUUGGUUACUGGCUGGAAAAAAGGGAGAAAGGCACUGCUUACUGGGCUAAAGUCAAUAAGAUGCCCAUCACAAAGAGGGGCAUGAAAGGCUGGGACUACCAGGUGACACGUCUGUUUGAAGGAACAGAGUACGAGUUUAGGGUUGCAGCCUGUAAUUCAGCAGGAACCGGACCUUUCAGUGGACCAUCUGACUCUGCCUUUGCUGUUGACCCUAUCACUCCUCCAAGCAUGCCUGCUGCUCCUGAGGUAGCUGAUAAGACAAAACACAAUGUCACACUCUCCUGGAAACCACCAGAGAGUGAUGGUGGCAGUCCCAUCAAGGGCUACAUUAUCCAGAUACAGGACGAGGGGACAUCAGAGUGGGUGAGAGUAAAUGAUCCUGAAACCCUGCACCCCACUACUGAGUUUACAGUGCCAAGCCUCCGCGAGCUGAAGCGCUACCGCUUCAGGAUCAUUGCUGUCAAUGACAUUGGAGAGUCUGAUCCCAGCCCCCGCACUAGUGAAGUUCUUAUUGAGGAUGUUCAACUUCCACCUUCAAUCACACUUGACGUGAUGGCAGAUGAGCUGGUUUCCAUCCGUGCUGGAGAUCCCAUUAGAAUCCCCACCACCAUCAAAGGCCGGCCCACUCCUAAGGUAACCUGGGACUUUGACGGCAAAGCCAAGACGCACAAGAAAAACAAACUCCACACACUGCCUGUGGACUCUGAGGUGGAGUCCACAGACACCACUUCUGUUGUGACUAUACCUGUCAGUCUGAGGAGUCACUCUGGACGUUACACCAUCACAGCCAAGAACAAGUCCGGACAGAAACACCUCAACAUCAGGGUCAUUGUCCUCGAUGUUCCCGGACCUCCAAAGGACUUAAAGAUCACUGACAUCACCCGAUCAACCAUGAGGCUGAUCUGGAAGCUCCCCGAUACAGAUGGAGGAGAGCGAAUCAAGAGUUACUUUAUUGAGAAGAAAUCUGUGACCGACAAGGCCUGGACGAAGGUUAAUGUAGCCUGUGCUAGCCAGGCCUACGUGGUGCCAGGACUGCUAGAGGGUCAGGACUACCUGUUCAGAGUGCGAGCAGAGAACCGAUUGGGAUUCGGCCCGUUCACUGUCACCACUGAACCUGCCCGGGCCAGAGACCCCACCUACCCACCUGACCCCCCCACCAAGCUGAAGGUUAACCUGGUGACAAAGAACACUGUCACCUUGAGCUGGGAGGCUCCCAAAAAUAAUGGUGGCUCUCCUGUGAAGCAUUACAUCAUUGAACGAUUGAGCUGGGACACCACCGGCAAGGAGAAAGAGACCUGGAAACAGUGCAACAAGAGAGAUGUGGAAGAGCUCACCUUCGUGGUAGAGGAUCUCAAAGAGGGAGGAGAAUAUGAGUUCAGAGUAAAAGCUGUAAAUGCUGCUGGACCCAGCCGACCCUCUGCCACCAUUGGACCCAUGGUCAUCAAGGAUCAGACAUGUCCGCCCACUAUUGAACUACGUGAGGCUAUGGAGGGAGAGGAGGGCUGUGACAUCAGCAUUGUUGCGAAAAUUAGUGGCUGUCCAUUCCCCAGCCUCGUUUGGCACAAAGCCAGUCUGGACAAACCUGAGGAGAAGUCUGCCGUUCAGUAUGACCAACAUAUCAACAAACUAGUAACCCAGGAUAAGUGCACCCUUCUAAUACAGCAAGCCAGCAGGCAUGACAGCUCACUCUACAGCCUGACAGCCACUAAUAGUCUGGGCACUGUUUGCAAGGACAUCAAGCUCUCAGUGUUUGGACCUCCCGGUCCCCCAGUCGGACCAAUCAAGUUCACGGAGGUGUUUGCAGAAAGAAUAGGCCUCGCCUGGAACCCUUCCAUCGAUGACGGUGGAUCUAAGAUCACCAACUACGUGGUUGAGAAGCGCGAGGAGAACAGGAAAUCCUGGGUCCAUGUCUCCAAUGAUCCCAAAGAGUGUACCUAUGUGGUAACCCGGCUGACAGAGAACCAUGAGUAUGAGUUCAGAGUCAUGGCUCAAAACAAGUUUGGAGUAGGCCCACCACUGGUCAGUGAUCCAGAGAAGGCCAGAAAUCUCUUCACUGUCCCCGGUCAGUGUGAAAAGCCCACUGUGACAGAAGUCUGUCUGGAGUCAAUGACUGUCAACUGGGAAGAACCCAAGUACGAUGGCGGGUCCCCCAUCACUGGCUACAUCAUCGAGAAGAAGGAGACCACUGCCAAGCGCUGGAUACGUGUCAACCGUGAGCCCAUUAGGGCACUGCCACUGGGCAACAACUGGGAUGUCACUGGCCUACUGGAAGGGGCCGUAUACCAGUUCAGGGUCAUUGCUGUCAAUGCUGCUGGCUGUGGACUGCCCAGUAUACCUUCUGACCCCAUACUCUGCAGAGACCCCAUCAAGCCUCCUGGACCGCCCACUCCAAAGGUAACAGACUGGACAAAGUCUACAGUUGAGCUCGAGUGGAUACCUCCUCUGGUGGACGGAGGGUCAAAAGUCACAGGCUACAUUGUGGAGUUCAAGGAGGUGAACAAGGAGGAAGAGGAGAAGAAAGCUCAGAGGAGGCUACUCCUGAGUGUAGCUGAAGAGGAGAAGGAAACAGAAACUGAAGAGGCCUGGGAGAAGGCAAAGGACACUGAGAUCAGAGGAACUAAAUUUGUGGUGGCUGGCCUUAAGGAAGGUGGUCUGUACCGCUUCAGAGUCCGAGCUGUGAAUGCUGCUGGAGUAGGAGACCCUGGAUUAGUGUCUGAGCUAAUUGAGCUCAAAGACAGAACAAUUCCUCCUGAGAUGGAUCUUGACGCCUCAGUGAAGGAGAAAAUCGUAGUCCAUGCCGGUGGCACCAUCCGCAUUAUCGCCUACGUGUCGGGCAAACCUACCCCACAGAUCACUUGGUGCCGAGAUGACAGUGAGGUGCCCAAAGAGGCCGUGGUGGAGACGACAGGCAUCUCUAAUUCACUGGUCAUUAAGAACUGCAGACGCCAACACCAGGGCAUCUAUACACUAAGUGCAAAGAACGAGGGCGGAGAGAGGAAGAAGGCGGUCAUUGUUGAGGUCCUGGACGUUCCUGGACCAGUUGGUCUUCCCUUCGCUGGAGAGAACCUGACCAAUGACUCCUGCAAGCUGACCUGGUACUCCCCUGAGGACGAUGGCGGCUCAGCCAUUACCAACUAUAUUAUUGAGAAGAGAGAGUCAGACCGUAUGGGUUGGACCUCUGUAUCUUACACAGUGACAAGAAACAAUGCUGUAGUACAAGGACUCAUCGAUGGCAAGGGCUACUUCUUCAGGAUUGCAGCUGAGAACAUCAUAGGCAUGGGACCUUUCGUCGAGACCGACAAGAUGGUUCUCAUCAAAGAUCCCAUCUCUGUCCCAGAGCGUCCUGAGGAUCUAAUCAUCACAGCUAUUACCAAAGACUCCAUCUCUGUCACCUGGAGACCACCCAAAUAUGAUGGUGGUGCAGAUGUGACCAGCUAUGUCCUUGAGUCCCGAAUGAUGGGCCAUGACAACUUUGUGAGAGUAGGCGGAGAGGACAAGCUGAUGGACAGAAGGUUCACACUAACUGGGCUGAAGGAAGGCUCAAGCCAUGAGUUCAGAGUCUCAGCUGUCAACCAGGUGGGACAAGGCAAACCAUCUUUUGCCACCAAACCUGUGCAGUGCAAGGAUGAACUUGAGCCACCGACUCUGGACCUGGACUUCAGGGAAAAGCUCAUGGUAAAGGUGGGAGACAACUGCAUGCUGUCGGGACGCUACAGUGGCAAACCGGCCCCUGCUAUCACCUGGACAAAGAAUGAUGAGGACCUGAAGGCAGAUGAGGACAUCAGCCUCCACAGCACCACCCACCACCUCAGCCUCAACAUCAGCAAGGCCAAGAGAGAACACACCGGCCGCUAUUGUGUCAGCGUGGAGAAUGCUGCUGGCACUCGCUCGGGAAUCUGCACCAUCACUGUGGUCGACCGUCCUCAGCCACCAGAGGGACCCGUAGAGUUCAACGAAGUCUACAGGAAUUACAUGGUAAUCUCCUGGAAGCCGCCUCUGGAUGAUGGAGGCUGUGCUGUCUCCAACUACAUCAUUGAGAAGAGAGAUACCAACAGAGACCUAUGGAUGCCUGUCACCUCAUCCUGUACCAGAACCACCUGCAGAGUGCCAAAGCUAAUCGAGGGCCGGGAGUACAUCAUUCGUAUAAUGGCUCAAAACAUCUAUGGCAUCAGUGACCCUCUUCUGUCUGCAGAGACUAAAGCUAGAGACAUUUUCAAGACACCAGAUGCUCCCAAGCAGCCUCUAGUGAAGGAAGUUUACCAUGACUCUGCCCUAAUCAGCUGGGAGCCGCCUGCUGAUGGAGGGAAACCAAUCACAGGCUACAUUGUGGAGAGGAAGGAGACCAUGGCCAACAGGUGGGUUCGCUGCAACACAGAAAGAAUCCAUCCUAAGGUGGAGUAUUGGGUGACUGACCUCCUGAAAGGCUGCGAGUAUGAGUUCAGGGUCAGUGCUGAGAAUGAAGUGGGAGCUGGAGACCCAAGCCCACCAUCUAAACCUGUCUUUGCCAAAGAUCCCAUUGUGAAACCUAGUCCGCCAGUGAACCUAAAGGCUAUCGACUUUACCAAGGAGUCAGUUACCCUGUCAUGGGAGCCACCUACCGACACUGGCAGAGGAAAAAUCUUUGGAUACUUGCUGGAGUUCCAGGCAGCUGGAAAGGAGGAAUGGCACAAGGUGAACCAGACUCCAGACUCCUGCAAAGAAACCAAGUUUAAGGUUAUCAACUUGGAAGAUGGUGUUUUGUACCGCUUCAGAGUCAUGGCUGUCAACGCUGCUGGGGAGUCCAACCCAGCCAACAUUACUGAGCCAAUUAGAGUACAGGACAGACUUGAGCCUCCAGAGUUGAUUCUGGAUGCCGGAAUGACCCGAGAAGUUAAGGCCAUGGCUGGCACUCAUAUUGCUCUGAUAGCCGGCAUCAAAGGUGUCCCAUUUCCUACUGUCACCUGGAAGAAGAAUGACGCAGAGGUUCCCCCUCGAGCAGAUAUCGAAACCAACCAGACAGGCACCAAGCUGGAGAUGAGGUUCUGCCAUCGUGGUGACUGUGGAGAUUACACCCUAACUGUGGAGAAUCCAGCUGGAACCAAGACUGCCACCUGCACUGUGCUAGUUCUUGACAAACCUGGUCCUGUCCAGCACCUCCGUGUGUCUGAUGUCAGGAGUGACUCUGCCUACCUGUCCUGGAAAGAUCCAGAGGAUAAUGGUGGUACUCGCAUCACUAACUUUGUGGUAGAGAAGAAAGACACAGCUUCCACUCAGUGGGUCCCUGUCUGCUCUACAUCAAAGAAACGCAGCAUGAUGUUGAAGCACCUGAUGGAGGGCACGUCCUACUCAUUUAGAGUUGCCGCUGAAAACCAGUUCGGCCGCAGUGAAUAUGUCGAGACACCAAAGGCCAUCAAGGCAAUGAACCCGCUCUUCCCUCCUGGUCCUCCCAAAGACCUGCAUCAUGUUGAUGUGGACAAGACUGAGGUAUGGUUAGCAUGGAACUGGCCUGAUCGCAAUGGAGGAAGUGAAAUCACAGGCUUCCUGGUAGAGUACCAGGAAGAGGGAGAGAAAGAGUGGUAUGAAUGGAAAACCGUCAGCAUCCCUGAGAGUCAUGUGACUGGUCUGGAGGAAGGAAAAACCUACCGCUUCAGAGUGAGGGCUGAGAAUGCCAUUGGCCUCAGCAGACCUGAUACCACAGUGCCUAUCCUCUGCCAGGAGAAACUAGUGCCCCCAAUUGUUGAAGUUGAUGUUAAACUCACUGAAGGCAUCAUUGUGAAGGCCGGGACUACCAUCAGACUGCCAGCUAUAAUGAGAGGAAUCCCUGUCCCAACUGCCAAGUGGUCCAUCGAAGGAGAGGAGAUCACCAGCCAGGGCAACAUUAAGAUUGACACUGAUAAUUUCUCCACUGUUCUCAGCAUUAAUGAGUGCACCAGAAACCACACUGGAACCUACCUGCUCACUGUGUCCAACCCAGCAGGAACCAAGACGGUGGCCUUAAAUGUUACUGUACUCGAUGUUCCAGCUGCUCCGAUUGGACCUGUCAACAUACUGGAGGUCAUGCCAGAUUCCAUGACAAUUGAGUGGCGUCCUCCUAAAGAUGAUGGUGGGAGCCCUAUAACCAAUUACAUUGUGGAGAAAAGAGAGUCCAACAAAGAGACAUGGGGAGGUGUGAGUUCUGGUAGUCUUGCCACGAAGCUCCGGAUCACUCGCCUUCAGAAAGGAGUAGAAUAUGUAGUUCGCAUUCGUGCUGAGAACAAGAUGGGCAUUGGUGCCCCUCUGGAGAGCAAGCCCACUGUUGCUGAGCACUCCUUCAUGCCCCCUAGUGCACCUGGUAAGCCACAAUCCUAUGAUACCUCAGAGGAUGCUGUUACACUUGGCUGGACUAUGCCCCUAACUGAUGGUGGCAGUCAGAUCACUGGCUACAUCAUUGAGCGCAGACACAAGGGAGGAAAGUGGAUCCGUGUCAACAAGACACCUUGCAAGGACCUGAGGUACCGAGUCCUGGGCCUCUACGAGGGCAGCGAGUAUGAGUUCAGAGUGUUUGCUGAAAAUAUUGCUGGAUAUAGUGGCCCCUCCCCGAGCUCCGAUCCCUACAAGCCCUGCAGGCCCAUCACUGUCCCGAGUCCCCCUGUCAAUCCUAAAGUUAAAGAUUACAGCAGGGCCACUGCUGACCUGGUGUGGACCAAACCUACCAAAGACGGAGGCAGCCCAAUCCUUGGUUACACUGUGGAGAUGAAGAAAGCUAGCGCUGAAGAAUGGAAAAAAGUCAACCUGGAUGACUUCAUCAAGCAGUGUGCCUACAGGGUGAAGGGUCUGGAAGAGGGUGUGACCUAUAGAUUCAGAGUCUUUGCUACAAACAUGAUUGGAGACGGGGAGCCAAGAGAAAUCCCAGAAUCAGUCACUGCUCAGGAUAUUCUUAUACCUCCAGAGAUUGAGAUGGAGGCCACUUGUCGAGAUUGUGUUACUGUGCGUGUUGGACACAACAUCAACAUCAUUGGUUACAUCAAGGCUCGCCCUGACCCUGAAGUUUUUUGGUCAAAAGAAGAGACUAUUCUAGAGAACAGCAAACGUGUUACCAUCCUGCAGAAUCUUCCUUUAGUCCACCUAAAGAUCAAGGAAGCUACAAGGAAUGACCAUGGCAAAUAUAUUCUGAAAGCUUCAAAUGAAGGUGGUGAGGCUUCCCGCACAAUCACAGUUAAUGUGCUAGACCGACCCAGCCACUGCCAGAAUCUGAAUGUGACCUAUGUCACCAAGGACUCAUGCAUGAUCAACUGGGAGAGCCCUAAGGACAAUGGUGGAUCCGAGAUCACCAACUACAUUGUGGAGUGCAGAGAGCCUAGUAUUAGCAUGUGGUCUAUGAUUUCUUCCCACUGCACUAAUCGUAAGAUCAAGGCAAAGCUGAUGGAAGGCCAUGAGUACCUGUUCCGUGUCUGUGCUGAGAACAAAAUAGGACCAGGACCCUCCGUGGAGACCAAAACUCCUACAUUGGCCAUUGACCCUAUUGACAAGCCCGGUGAGCCUGAGAACUUCAGAGCAAUUGACAUUGGUAAGAACUAUGUCAAUUUGAGGUGGCGGAAGCCUGACUAUGAUGGUGGAAGCCCCCAUCUGUCCUACAACCUGGAGUGUAAAACUAAAGAUGCGGAGCAGUGGGAAAAACUCAACACCACUACUCUCACAGACACCUUCUUUUUGGCUGAUAAGUGUGUGGAAAAUCAGACGUACACCUUCAGAGUGCAGACUGUCAGUGAAGGAGGUGAGAGUGCCUGGGUAAAACUUGCAGAUAUUCUGGUGAGGGAGGAGAUCCAGAAGCCUGUCAUUGACCUGAAGUUGGCUGGAACACUGACAGUAAAAGCUGGAGAGUCAGUCAGGAUGGAGGCUGCUCUGAGAGGAAAGCCCCAGCCUGAGGUUAAAUGGAUGAAAGAUAAGGCUACUGGAGACAAUCCCAGAAUAAGCUAUGAAACUGGCCCAGACUACUCAAAAUUUCUGAUGACUAAGUCCAAGCGUAGUGACACAGGAAAAUACAUUAUCACUGCCACCAACUCGGCCGGGACUUUCACAGCAUAUGCCAAUGUUAAUGUCCUGGACAUUCCCGGCCCAGUGAGAGACCUGAGGGUUACUGGCAUUGGAGCUGACAAGUGCAGAGUGGUUUGGGAUGCUCCAGAGGAUGAUGGAGGUUGUGAGGUGGACAGCUACAUUCUAGAGAAAUGUGAAACCAGGAGGAUGGUUUGGUCCACAUAUUCAGCCUCUGUGGUCACACCAUACUGCAAUGUCACUCGUUUGGUGGAGGGCAAUGAAUACAUAUUCAGAGUGAGGGCAGAAAACAAGAUGGGAACUGGCCCUGCCAUGGAGAGUAAGCCUGUAACUGUCAAGACUCAGUUCAACAAACCUGGACCCCCUGAAGCUCCUGAAGUCACCAAGGUGAGCAAAGAUGAGAUGACUGUGGUCUGGGCUCCUCCUGAGAAUGAUGGAGGAAAGUCAAUCACUGGCUACAUCCUUGAAAGGAAGGAGAAGAGGGCAGUGCGGUGGGUGCCCUGCACUAAGAGCCCAAUCUCUGAGAGACGCAUGAAAGUAACCAACCUGAUUCCAAACCAUGAGUACCAGUUCAGAGUGAGAGCUGAGAAUGAAGUCGGUCUGGGAGAUCCCAGUAAACCCUGCAGACCAGUUGCAGCCAAAGAUCCUAUUGAGCCACCUGGUCCCCCUGCAGCCCUGAAGGUGGCCGACAGCACAAAAACCUCUAUCACCCUGUCCUGGUCUAAACCUGUCUAUGACGGUGGCGCCCCCAUUAUUGGCUAUAGCUUGGACAUGAGGCUGAAAAGUGAGGCGGACCCUGAGAAUCCCACAGUGGGCUGGAAGAGAAUUGAUACUCAUGGACCACUGGUGCUCACAGAAUUUACUAUUGGCCAGCUUGAUGAAAAGCAGGAGUAUGAGUUCAAGGUGUCAGCCCAAAACCAGGUGGGCUGGGGACGCCAUGCUUAUUUGAAGGAGGCAGUGUCUCCCAAGGAGAUCCUGGAGGCUCCAGAAAUUGAGCUGGAUGCCAGUCUGAGGAAAGGCCUUUCUGUGAGGGCUGGUUGUCCUAUAAGGCUUUUCGCCGUGAUCCGAGGAAGGCCUGCCCCCAAGGUUACGUGGAAGCGGUUGGGUGUGGACAAUGUAGUCCGCCGAGGUCACGUGGACCAGGUUGACACCAUGUCCUUCCUUGUUAUCCCUGAGAGCACCAGAGAGGAUUCUGGAAAAUAUUCACUCACUCUGUCCAACUCAGCUGGAGAGAAAGCAAUAUUUGUCCGUGUCAAAGUCCUUGACACACCUGGUCCGGUUGGCAGCCUGGAUGCCACUGACAUCACCAAAACAACAGCUCAACUCUCCUGGUUGCCACCAGAGAAUGACGGAGGCAGCCCCAUCCUCAAUUACGUUGUGGAGAAACGAGAGGUUGAUAGGAAGACCUGGACCAAGUGCAUAGAGGACCUGAAGAAGACUAGCUUCAAGGUCACCAACCUUACACCUGGCAUUGAGUAUUACUUCAGAGUCAUGGCAUGCAACAAGUAUGGCAUUGGAGUUCCUCAGGACUCACCCAGGUCCUACUUGGCUGUUGACCCAAUCAGUGAGCCAGACCCUCCAAAGAAGAUGGACGUGUUAGAGAUCACCAAGAAUAGUGCUACACUGGGCUGGCUAAAACCACUCAGGGAUGGAGGUGCCAAAAUCAAUGGUUAUGUGGUGGAUUACCAGGAGGAGGGUGCACCUGAGGACAAAUGGACACCAUAUUCUGUGGUCAAAGACCUGACUAUCGUGGUAGUUGGUCUGAAAGAAGGAAAGAAGUAUAAGUUCAGAGUGGCUGCUAGGAACUCAGUGGGAGUCAGUUUGGCUCGAGAGGCUGAGGGAAUGUUUGAAGUUAAGGAGCAGCUCAUGGCUCCAAAGAUAAUCAUGCCUGACAUUGUGACAGUCAGAGCUGGAUCCAAGAUGACGAUUGAGGCUAUUGUGGCAGGUAAACCUGCUCCCGUCUGCAAGUGGAAGCAGGGCAAUGAGGAUGUGCUGACCUCUGAUCGCCUGUCCAUUGUAAAGACGCUGACAACUACCACACUUAUUAUAAAGAAUGUAACAAGAAAGGAUAGUGGUUACUACAGCCUGUCAGCUGAGAACAGUACUGCCAAGGUUAAUCAGAUCCUCAAAGUCAUCGUCAUGGACAUCCCUGGACCCCCUGAAGCUCCUUUGGAGAUCACUGAACUGGACAUAGAUGCGUGCACACUGCUCUGGAACUCGCCACAGGAGGAUGGUGGUAGCAACAUCACCAACUACAUUGUAGAGAAGUGUGAUGUUAGCCAGGGUGAUUGGGUCACCGUUUCUGCAUCUUGCACAAAGACGAGCUUCAGAAUGACCAAACUGACACCUGGCAAAGAGUACAGCUUCCGUGUUCGUGCUGAAAACAGGUUUGGCAUCUCUGAGCCUACCUACUCUGAGAGGAUGAUUGCCAGAUAUCCAUUUGAUCCUCCGAGUGAACCCAGAAACCUGCAGAUAAACAAGGUCAACAAGGAUUUCGUCAUCCUAUCAUGGGAGCGUCCCAGCACUGAUGGUGGGAGCCCCAUCACUGGAUAUUGCAUUGAAAAGAAGGAGAGGAAUAGCCUUCUGUGGGUGAAGGCUAAUGAGACUCUGGUCAAAGCCACUCAGUACACCUGCACAGGCCUGAUUGAUGGCCUGGAGUACACCUUCAGGGUGUCAGCACAAAACCAGGCCGGACAGGGCAAACCUUGUAAACAGACAGACUUCAUCACUGCCAGGACUGCUGUCGACCCACCAGGAAAACCCGAGCCCAUGGAUGUGACCAAGAAUACUGUAUCAUUAGUGUGGGGCCGUCCAAAGCAUGACGGUGGCAGCAAGUUGAUUGGCUACUACGUGGAAUAUACAAAGCUUCCAGAAGAGAAGUGGACUCGCUGCAAUGCCAACUGCAUGAACAUCCAGACAGAGAACUAUGUGGUGACUAAUCUACAGGAGGGUCAACAAUACCAGUUUAGAGUCAUCGCCAAGACCGCAAUUAACAGCAGCCUUCCAUCUGAGCUAUCUGACCCUAUUCCUGUCAUCGCAGAGAAUGUUGCUCCUCGUGUGGAAUUGGGUGUUAACAUGAAGAACCUGAUUGUGGUGAAAGCUGGAGAAAAUGUCUUCCUGGAUGCUGAGGUCUUUGGCAAACCACUUCCCAAAGUGAGCUGGAAGAAGGAUGGAGUACCUCUGGUCCUUGCUGAGGGAAUGAAGAUGUCCCAAAAGAAACAUCUUCAUCUGCUGGAGCUAUACUCUGUCACCAGGAAAGAGACUGGGGACUACACUAUCACAGCUGAAAAUGUCAAUGGCACCAAGUACGCCACCAUAAAGGUCAAAGUACUCGACAAACCAGGCCCUCCAGCCUCAGUGAAAAUUACUAAGGUGUUUGCUGACCAUGUUAAGCUGCGAUGGGAGCCACCACUUGCAGAUGGCGGUUCUGAAAUCACUAACUACAUCAUUGAGAAGCGUGAGACUAGCAGGGCCAACUGGGCACUGGUCACCUCAAACAUCCAUGGACACAUCACUGACUGUUCAGUGGAGAAACUUAUUGAAGGACACGAAUAUCAGUUCCGAGUCAGUGCUGAGAACCAGUAUGGUGUGGGAGAUCCCAUUAUGACUGACGCUGUCACGGUCAAGAAUCCUUAUGAUGUUCCUGGUCCAUGUGAGCCACCUGUCAUCACCAACAUCACAAAGAACUCCAUGACAGUCAGCUGGAAGGCCCCAGCCAAUGAUGGCAAGUCUCCCAUCCUUGGCUACAUGGUGGAGAAACGUGAGGCCACUGAGCUGAGCUGGGCUAAGGUUAACCGCCGACCAGUCAUUGAUAGGACCAUCAAGGCCAUUCAACUGACUGAGGGCUCUGAGUAUGAGUUCAGAGUAAUUGCUAUAAACAAGGCUGGUCUUGGGAAACCCAGUGACGCUUCAAAUGGUGCCCUGGCUGUUGACCCUGUCUAUCCUCCCGGGCCACCUGCCUUCCCCAAGGUGGUGGACUCUACCAAGACGUCAGUUAGCCUUAGCUGGACCAAACCAGCAUACGAUGGUGGCUGUGAGAUCAUUGGAUACUUGGUUGAGUGCAAGCGAGUUGAUGCAGAGAGCUGGACAAGAUGCAAUGUGCCGAAGAAACUCCAGGCCACGAAAUUCCUGCUGACAGGCCUGAUGGACAACACUGAGUACCAGUUCAGAGUCACGGCUGUUAACAAGAUUGGCUACAGUGAGCCCAGCGAGGUGCCUGGAAACUACAUGCCUAAGGAUAUUCUAAUUGCUCCUGAAGCUGAGCUUGACGCUGACCUGAGAAAAGCUUUGGUUCUGCGAGCUGGAGUAACCAUGAGGCUCUAUGUACCACUGAGAGGACGCCCAGCACCGAAGGUGACAUGGACUAAAGUUGAUGCUAAUUUGAAGGAAAGGCAAGGACUACUGAUCAAGACAUCAGACUGGGACACCCUACUGAUGACUGAGGAUGUUAACAGAUGUGAUUCUGGCAAAUAUGUUCUGUCACUGGAGAACAGCAGUGGCUCUAAGAGCUACACCAUCGUAGUAAAGGUCCUUGAUUCUCCGGGCCCACCCUUAAACCUGACUGUGAAGGAAACCUCCAGAACCCAUGCCUGCAUCACCUGGGAUGCCCCACUGAUUGAUGGUGGUAGUCCAGUUAAGAACUACAUCGUAGAGAAACGUUUGGCUGAGAGGAAAGCCUGGACCUGUGUGUCAGCAGAUUGUCCUAAGAUUUCCUUCAGGAUCACCAACCUGGAGGCAGGACAGGCCUACUGCUUCAGAGUUCUAGCUGAAAAUGCAUACGGCAUUGGAGAAGGCUGUGAGACCCCAGGCAGCAUCAGGGCCUCUGAGCAACCUGGUCCAGUGACAGACUUCAAAGCUCAGAAGACUACAAAGAACUCUAUCACCCUGUCCUGGAAGAAGCCAAUCAAUGAUGGUGGAAGUUAUAUUACUGCAUACAUCUUGGAGCAGGGUGAAGGCGAGGAGAAGUGGAAGCAGAUCGUGAAAGGCAAGAAUACCUCACACACUAUUGGAGAACUGACAGAAGGCAAGGAGUAUUCUUUCAGGGUCAAGGCACUCAACGAGUCUGGAGAGGGACCACCCACUGAGCUCACUGCUGUUGCAAAGGACCAAUUUGUGCUACCCGACUGCAACUUAAGUGAUCUGCACGAUGGCUGCUGUGUGGUUAAGGAGGGCAGCACAACACGCAUUAACAUCCCCAUCACUGGAGUUCCAAACCCCACUGCUACCUGGAAGAAGGGCGAUAUGGGACUGGGUGAUACUGGCCGGAUGUGUGUUGAAGCAUCUCAGAGCAUCACCACCUUACUGAUUAGAGACUGCCAGAGAGGAGAUGCUGACACCUACACUAUAGACGUCAGGAACAGUGCUGGCUCAAAGGACUGCAAGUUCCAGCUGAAGGUGGUUGGAAAACCCGGUAUCUGCACUGGACCCAUUACGUUUGAUGAGAUAACUGCCGAUGCCAUCACACUAGAGUGGGGACCACCCAAAGAUGAUGGUGGUGCAGAGGUGUCUAAUUACAUUGUGGAGAAGAGGAGAACAACAGAUAACAAGUGGGCUACAGUGGCUUCUGCCAUCCAGAAGACCACCAUGAGAGUGAUCAGACUCCAUGAAGGGAUAGAAUACAUCUUUAGAGUGUUCGCUGAGAACAAGUAUGGGGUUGGAGAACAUCUGAGGUCUGACCCAGUCGUUGCCCAGCAUCCUUUCAAUGUUCCCGGGGCACCUGCUCCACCAGAAAUUGUGAGCAUCAGGCAUGAAUCAGCCAUCUUGACUUGGGUUGAUCCAAAGGACACUGGUGGUGCCCCAGUUACUGGAUAUCACAUAGAGUAUAAGGAAAAGAACAGUCUGAUGUGGAAACGGGCAAGUAAGACUCCUCUGAGAGUAAAAGAAUGUAGAGUCACUGGACUGACAGAAGGAUUAGAAUAUGAGUUCAGGGUAAUGGCCAUGAACAUGGCUGGCCUGGGAAAGGCUAGCAAAGUAACUGAGGCCGUGGUUGCUCUGGAUCCUAUUGAUCCUCCUGGCAAGCCUGAAGUAAUCAGUGUCACCAGGAGCACAGUCACUCUGAUGUGGACAGCUCCCAAAUAUGACGGUGGCUACAAGCUUACUGGUUAUAUCAUAGAGAAACUUGAGGCCAGUGGUAAGGCCUGGAUGAAAGCAAAUCAUGUCAACAUUCAGGGCUGUGCUUUUACCGUCACUGACCUGACUGAAGGAUCCCAGUAUGAAUUUAGAGUCAGAGCCAGGAAUGCUGCAGGUGCCAUCAGUAUUCCUUCAGAGCCUACUCAGCUUUUGACCUGCAAGGAUGAAUAUGAGCCCCCAACCAUCACUAUUGACCCAGAAAUGAAAGAUGGUAUAGCCAUCAGAGCAGGAGACACAAUUGUAAUCUCAGCUUCUAAAAUUGUGGGCAAACCUCCACCUACUGCAGCGUGGUCCAAGGGAGGACGUGAAUUGAAGACUUCUGAUAUUGUCACCAUCACCAGUACCCCAACCUCCUCUACUCUGGCUAUUAAGUACGCAAGUCGGAAGAACACAGGGGAGUACACUAUCACUGCCAGCAACCCCUUUGGCAUUAAGGAAGAACAUGUUAAGGUGAAGGUCUUAGAUGUUCCUGGACCUCCAGGCCCAAUUGAAGCCAGUAACAUUUCAGCCGAAAAGUGUACCCUGACCUGGCUUCCACCGGAGGAGGAUGGAGGCUCUUCUAUCAAAUCCUACAUCCUUGAGAAGAGAGAAACCAGCCGACUACAGUGGACCAAGCUAGCUGAAAAUGUCAUGGAUUGCAGACAUGUAGUCAGCAAACUGAUUAAAGGCAAUGAGUACAUUUUCAGAGUGUCUGCUGUGAACCAGUAUGGCACAGGAGAUUCAACCCAGUCUGGUCCAGUCAAAAUGGUUGAUAGUUUCUCCCCACCAGGUCCGCCCUCAACACCAGAGAUUGAUAAUGUUAGUAGGAAUGCUGUCACCAUUUCAUGGAAGAGACCAGUACGAGAUGGGGGAAGUGACAUUAGGGGAUACUGUGUUGAGAGGAAAGAGAGAAAAGGACUGAGAUGGGUCAGAGCCAGUAAGCGGACUAUCCCUGACCUGCGGUUUAAGGUGCAAGGCCUGAGUGAGGGAGUAGAGUACGAGUUUAGAGUCACUGCUGAGAACAAGGCUGGAUUUGGGGAGCCAAGUGAACCAUCGCGCCCUGUCAUGACAAAAGAUAUUGUGUAUCCACCCGGUCCCCCAUCCAACCCUAGAAUUACAGAAACCACCAAAACCUCAGCCACAUUCACCUGGGGCCGACCCCACUAUGAUGGUGGUCUUGAAGUAGAGGGCUACAUUGUUGAAUAUAAAAAGGAAGGACAUGAUGAUUGGGAGACAGAGACACAGUACCCACUGAAAGCUUCAGAAUAUGUGAUUGGUAAACUUCAAAAAGGAGGCAAAUACCACUUCAGGGUUAGUGCUGUAAACUCUGAGGGAAUAGGCGAGCCUGCAGAGGUUGAGAAAGUGACUGAAUUGGUGGACCAGGAGAUGUUGCCAGACUUUGAGCUGGAUGCUGAACUCAGAAGAACUCUGGUAGUUAGGGUUCGUGCUUCAAUCCGUAUGUUUGUUCCUAUCAAGGGCCGUCCUGUCCCUGAAGUCACAUGGAGUAAAGAUGAUGCUAACCUGAAAACACGUGCACAUAUUGACACCACACAGUCGUACACGCUUCUGGUUAUUCCAGACUGCACAAGAUAUGAUGCUGGAAAGUACAACCUUUGUCUAGAGAAUGUUGCUGGAAAGAAGACUGGGUUUGUUAAUGUGAAAGUUCUGGAUACACCGGGACCACCAGUCAAUCUCAAACCUAGAGAGGUCACGAAGAACAGCAUCACCCUACAGUGGGAAAUUCCCAUUAUUGACGGUGGUUCUAAGAUUCGUAACUACAUUAUUGAGAAAAGAGCAGCCACUAAGAAGGCCUACACAGUGCUUAGCACCACAUGGCAGAAGUGUUCCUUCAAGAUUCCAGACCUUGAGGAGGGAGCUUACUACUAUUUCCGUGUCUCAGCUGAGAAUGACCUGGGUGUGGGUGAGCCAGCUGAAACCCCAGAGCCAAUCAGGGUAUCCCAGGCCCCCUCUGCCCCAGAAAAUUUGUAUGUCACCGAUGUUACCUCUGAUAGUGCCAGCCUUGCAUGGACCAAGCCUUUACAUGAUGGUGGCAGCUUGAUCACUGGGUAUGUCAUUGAGGCUCAAAAGAAGGACACUGAUCAGUGGGUCCAUGUGGCCACCAUUAAGGCUCUGGAUUAUACUGUUACAGAUCUAAUUGAGGGUGCUGAAUAUACCUUCCGUAUAAUGGCAGUCAAUGCAUCGGGCAGGAGUGAUCCCCGUGAGAGCAGACCAGCUGUUAUCAAAGAGCAGACUUCUGCUCCUUCAUUUGACCUACGUGGGGUCUACCAGAAAACGAUCAUUGCUAAGGCAGGAGAUCGGUUGAAGGUGGAGAUUCCAGUGUUGGGCAAACCAAGGCCUGUGGUUUCAUGGAAGAAAGGAGAUACAGUGCUCAAGGAGACACAAAGACUCAACAUUGAAACCACACCAACAUCAACUAUUCUCAACAUCAGUGAGAUAAAAAGGAAAGAUGGAGGCCAGUAUUCUAUGACUGGUAAAAACAUGCUAGGGACAAUGACAGAGACAAUCACAAUCCUGGUUCAUGACAUUCCUGGACCUCCAACUGGUCCUAUUAAGCUGGAAGAAAUUUCAUGUGAUUAUGUGCUGAUGUCCUGGGACCCACCAGAAAAUGAUGGAGGUGUUCCUAUUAACAACUAUAUUGUUGAGAUGCGGGAGACCACUGGUACUUCAUGGGUAGAGCUGGCAGCUACAGUCAUCCGCACCACAUUUAAGGCAGCCAGACUCACUACUGGAACUCAGUAUCAGUUCCGCAUCAAGGCCCAGAACAGAUAUGGGAUUGGACCAAGCAUUAUCUCUGAACCAGUGGUAGCUGUCUAUCCAUUUGAUGUACCAAGCCAGCCUGGCACUCCUGUGGUCACCUCUUUCAACAAGGAUGCUAUGACCCUUAGUUGGAAUGAGCCAUCCUCUGAUGGAGGUAGUGCCAUUCUGGGCUAUCAUGUGGAAAGAAAAGAGAAAAACAGUAUUCUGUGGCAGAGGAUCAGCAAAGCCCUUGUUGUUGGAAAUAUAUUUAAAUCAACAGGCCUUAUUGAUGGAAUUGUAUAUGAACACCGUGUUAUUGCUGAAAAUAUGGCUGGUCUCAGCAAAGCCAGCAAACCCUCUGAGCCCAUGUAUGCUUUGGACCCAGUUGAUCCACCAGGCAGGCCAGUAGCACUAAAUAUUACUAGACAUGAAGUGACCUUGUCAUGGACCAAGCCAGAGGGAGAUGGAGGAUUUUCUAUUACUGGAUACACUGUAGAGAGGAGGGAGAUGCCCAAUGGACGUUGGCUCAAAGCAAACUUCAACAACAUUCUGGAAACUAUCUACACAGUCAGUGGUCUAACUGAAGAUGCAACCUAUGAAUUCCGUGUGUUUGCUAGGAACUCAGCUGGUGCUGUUAGUGCUCCAUCCCAGUCAUCUGAAGCAAUCUUGUGCAGAGAUGACAUUGAAGAGCCCCGGCUUGAUGUAGAUGCAUCAUAUAGCAGCACUGUUGUUGUCAUGGCAGGAGAGGUAUUCAAGCUGGAAGCCAGUGUAACUGGAAGGCCAAUUCCAUCUCUAGUAUGGACCAAAGAAGGAAAAGAGCUUGAGGAUACAGCCAAAAUUGAGAUAAAAACAUCCGAGUUCCACACAACUUUAACAAACAAAGAUUCGCUCAGGAGGGAUGGUGGUGCUUUCACUUUGAUUGCGAGCAAUCCUGGUGGCUUUGCUAAGUUCAUAUACAAUGUCAAGGUGUUAGAUAGACCAGGACCUCCCAACUCCCUCACUGUUACAGAUGUCACUGCUGAGAAAUGUGUCCUUAAUUGGCUCCAUCCAACACAUGAUGGUGGUGCCAAGAUUGAGUACUUUAUCAUUCAGAGACGAGAGACCAGCAGGUUGGCUUGGACAAAUGUGGCCACAGACCUUCAAGCUAAUAGGUUCAAGGUCACCAAGCUUCUAAAGGGCAAUGAAUACAUUUUCAGAGUUAUGGCUGUUAACAAGUAUGGUGUGGGUGAACCUGUGGAGUCGGAACCUGUCAUCUGUGCCAACCCCUAUGUACCCAGUGACCCACCACAGCAGCCUGAAGUCACCAUAAUCACCAAGGACUCUAUGGUUGUCUGCUGGGAGCGCCCUGAACAUGAUGGUGGCAGUAGAAUAAACACAUAUAUAAUUGAAAGACGGGACAAAACUGGCCUGCGCUGGGUGAAGUGCAACAAGAGGACUGUAACUGACUUGCGAUUCAAAGUCUCAGGCCUCACACCAGGGCAUGAGUAUGAAUUCAGAGUUCUUGCUGAGAAUAAUGCUGGUCUAAGUCAGCCCAGUCCUUCCAGUCCAUUCUACAAAGCCAUUGACACCAUCUUCCAACCUGGACCUCCAGGGAACCCCAGAGUGCUGGACACAACCAAGUCUUCUAUCACACUUGCAUGGAACAAGUCUGUCUAUGAUGGUGGUUCAGAAAUCACUGGUUACAUAGUGGAGACCUGCCUGCCUGAGGAGGAUGAAUGGACAAUUCACACUCCCAAGAAUGGUUGGACAGCCACUUCUUUCACCAUCACCAAUUUGAGGGAAAACCAAGAGUAUAAAAUCAAUAUUUCUGCCACUAAUUGUGAAGGAGUGGGAGAGCCUGCGGUUGUUCCUGGAACACCCAAGGCUGAAGACAGACUAGUUCCUCCAGAAAUUGAACUUGGAGCAGAACUGCGUAAGGUGGUCUGCAUCAGAGCCUGCAGCACACUCAGACUUUUUGUCCCUAUCAAGGGAAGACCAGCACCUGAAAUAAAAUGGUCUAGAGAGCAUGGAGAAUCUCUAGAUAAAGCUAACAUUGAAAUCACCUCAUCAUUCACCACUCUUCAGGUAGACAAUGUUGACAGAUUUGAUGGGGGUAAAUACAUUGUGACUGUAGAGAAUGCCUCAGGAAGUAAGACAGCCUUUGUUAAUGUCAGAGUGCUAGACAGUCCUGGAGCACCUCAGAAUCUGAUUGUCAGGGAGGUCACUAGAGAUUCAGUUUCUCUUGCUUGGGAUGCUCCUGUCAUUGAUGGUGGUUCCAGAGUCCGCAAUUACAUUGUGGAGAAGCGUGAAUCAACCAGAAAGGCUUAUUCAACUGUGUGUGCCAGCUGCCAUAAGUCAAGUUGGAAAGUUGGAGACCUAGAGGAGGGAAAGAUGUACUUCUUUAGAAUUUUGGCUGAGAAUGAAUAUGGCAUUGGCCUCCCAGUAGAGACUCUUGAACCAAUUAAAGCAUCAGAGAGGCCUCUUCCCCCAGGCAAAGUGUCUCUUCGUGAAGUUACCAGCAAAAGUGUCACAUUAAGUUGGGAAAAGCCUGACCAUGACGGUGGAAGCAGAAUCACUGGCUAUAUAGUUGAGAUGCAGGGAAAAGGCAGUGAGAAGUGGACCCAGGUCAUGGUUGUAAAAAGCAAUGAAGCUCAUGUUACUGGCCUUACACAAGGAGAGGAGUAUACAUUCCGUAUUUCAGCCGUUAAUGAAAAGGGAGUCAGUGACCCCCGCCCUCUCAAUGUGCCUGUGGUCGCCAAGGAUCUGGUCAUCUCACCAACCUUCAAACUUCUUUUCAGCACAUUUAGUGUGCUAGCAGGGGAUGAUCUGAAAAUAGAUGUACCAUAUGCUGCCCAUCCCAAGGCUACAGCAGCUUGGCUCAAAGAUGGUGUUGCUCUCAAAGAGACGACAAGAGUGAAUGCAGAUACCACAGACAAAAAUCUUCUCCUGGUUAUUAAGGAGGCUUGCAGAGAUGAUGUAGGAACAUAUACUGUCAAACUUACUAACACAGCUGGAGAGGCAUCUACAGAUAUCAGUGUUAUUGUUUUAGAUAAGCCUGGCCCUCCAACUGGCCCAAUUAAGCUAGAUGAGGUCACUGCUGAUAGCGUGAUCCUGUCCUGGGAUCCACCUCAGUAUGAUGGCGGUUGUGCCAUCAAUAAUUACAUCGUUGAGAAGAGAGACACAUCUACCACUAACUGGCAGAUUGUGUCAGCUACAGUAGCCAGAACCACUAUCAAGGCAGCACGUCUGAAAACUGGAUCUGAGUACCAAUUCAGGAUUGCUGCAGAGAACAGAUAUGGCAAAUCUUCAGCCCUGUUAUCUGAUACUAUUGUUGCUCAGUAUCCUUUUGAGGUUCCUAGUUCACCACGUUCUGUUACCAUUCAGUCAACCACCAAGGAAAGUAUGGUGGUUGUAUGGGAAAAACCCAGCAAUGAUGGUGGAAGCAAGAUUUUGGGAUACCAUUUAGAGCUAAAAGAGAGAAACAAUAUAUUGUGGUUGAAACAGAACAAACAACUUGUCCCAGAAACAAGAUUCAAGGUUAUUGGCCUGGAGGAGGGUAUUGAAUAUGAGUUCAGAGUUUAUGCUGAGAACAUUGUUGGCCUCAGCAAAGCCAGCAAAGUGAGUGAAAUACAAGUUGCCCGAGAUCCUUGUGACAGACCAGGAAAACCAGAAGCUGUCAUUGUAACACGAAACCAAGUGACACUAAGAUGGACAAAACCCCAAUAUGAUGGUGGAAUCAAGAUCACAGGUUAUGUUAUUGAGAAGAAGGAGGGAGCUGGUCGCUGGAUGAAGGCCAGUUUCACUAACAUCACUGAAACAGAAUUUGUUGUCACAGGACUUACUGAGAAUCAGACUUAUGAAUUCCGUGUCAUUGCCAAAAAUGCAGCAGGUGUUUUUAGCCAGCCAUCUGAUUCUACUGGAGCCAUCACUGCCAAGGAUGAGGUGGAUCCACCCAAAAUUGACUUGGAAGCUAAAUACUCCCAAGCUGUGGUAGUUAAUGCUGGAGAGACAUUUAAACUUGAGGCUGCUGUUUAUGGUAAACCCGUACCCACAAUUCACUGGCUGAAAGAGGGCCAGGAGAUCACCGAAGCAGCUCGCUUAGAGCUUAGGAACACAGAUUUUACAGCUUGUCUUGUUGUUAAAGAAGCCAUCCGCGUUGAUGGAGGUCAGUACAUACUUCUAGUAAAGAAUGUUGGAGGAGAGAAAUCUGUUAACAUUAAUGUUAAGGUUUUAGACAGACCUGGUGCACCCGAAGGCCCUAUAUCCAUUUAUGGUGUCACUAAUGAAAAAUGCUCAAUUUCCUGGAAACCUCCCUUGCAAGAUGGAGGAAGUGAUGUUUCCCAUUAUAUUGUUGAGAGGAGGGAAACCAGCAGAUUGGUUUGGACUGUAGUUGAACCAAAAGUUCAGACACUGAACUUGAAGAUCACCAAAUUACUUCCUGGUAAUGAAUAUAUUUUCAGAGUGAUUCCUGUUAACAAAUAUGGAGUUGGAGAGCCACUGGAAUCUGAGCCAAUGGUUGCCAGGAAUCCAUUUGUCACUCCCAACCCACCAACAAAUGUGGAAGUUUCCACUAUCACCAAAGACUCUAUGGUGGUGACCUGGGAGAGACCAACUAAUGAUGGUGGCAGCCCAAUCCAGGGAUACAUUGUUGAGAAACGUGACAAGGAUGGUGUACGAUGGACUAGAUGCAACAAGCGCAAUAUUAGUGAGCUGCGCUUUAGAGUUACAGGGCUUCUUGAAAACCAUAGCUAUGAAUUCAGAGUUGCUGCUGAGAAUGCUGCAGGUGUUGGCAUGCCUAGUGCACCAACAGUGUACUACAAAGCACUGGAUCCUGUCUUCAAACCAGGCCCACCAAACAACCCCAAGGUGGUAGACACAUCUAGAUCCACUGUUUCCCUAACAUGGGGCAAACCCAUCUAUGACGGUGGCUGCGAGGUUCAGUCUUACAUUGUAGAGGCAUGUAAUGGUGCAUCUGAUGAGUGGUUUAUGUGUACUCCACCAACUGGAAUCAUGGACACAAAAUAUACUGUGAAAAAACUUCUGGAAAAGCAUGAGUACCAAUUUAGAGUGUGUGCAAUCAACAAGGUUGGUGUUGGUGAGCAUGCUGAUGUUCCUGGAAAAAUUCUUUUGGAGGAGAAACUUGAAGCACCUGAUCUUGAUCUUGAUGCAGAUAUGAGAAAGAUGAUCAACAUCAGAGCAGCAAGUACGCUCAGAUUGUUUGUUCCUGUAAGGGGUCGUCCAGCUCCGGAGGUGAAAUGGGGCAAGGCUGAUGGUGAGAUUAAGGAGACUGCUCAGAUUGACAAUACAGGCAGCUAUGCAUCACUUGUCAUUGAGAAUGUUGACAGAUUUGAUAGUGGCAAGUACACCCUGACUGCUGAGAAUGCUAGUGGAGUAAAAUCAGUCUUCAUAAGUGUCAGAAUCCUGGACUCCCCUAGUCCACCAACUAACUUUGUGGUGAAAGAGAUUACCAAGAAUUCUGUCACUCUCACAUGGGAGCCUCCACAUCUGGAUGGUGGCGCAAAGAUUAAGCACUAUAUUGUUGAGAAGCGUGAGAGCACCAGGAAAGUGUACUCUCCCAUCACUACAUGCAACAAGAUGUCAUGGAAAGUUGAACCUCUUCCAGAGGGUGGAAUCUUUUUCUUUAGAGUAUUGGCUGAGAAUGAAUAUGGUGUGGGUCUCCCUGCUAAAACUAUAGAACCAGUUAAGAUAUCUGAGAAACCUCAGCCACCCGGCAAGGUCAGUGUUGUUGACGUUACUCACAGCACUGUAACUUUAACUUGGGAAAAGCCUCUGCAUGACGGUGGUAGUAGAAUCACCCACUAUGAAGUUGAACUAGCUCCCAAGGACAGUGAAGCUUGGUCUAUAUGUGCUAGUGUGAAAGCACUGGAAACAUUAGUAACAAACCUUCUCAAGGGAGAGGAGUACCAGUUCAGAGUUGUUGCUGUAAAUGACAAGGGCAAAAGUGACCCACGACAGUUGGCUCAUUCAGUUGUAGCAAAGGACCUUAUUAUUGAACCUGCUGUUAGACCCAAGGCAAGUUCUUACAGUGUCCAGGUGGGGUAUGACCUCAAGAUAGAGGUCCCAGUCGCUGGUCACCCUAAACCAAUUAUAACCUGGACCAAAGAUGGCGCAGCCCUUAAGCAGACUACCAGAGUCAAUGUCACCGACUCAGCACAAACUACCACUCUUACCAUAAAGGAUGCUACCAGAGAAGAUGGAGGUAUGUACACUAUCAGUGUCUCCAAUGACCUUGGUUCAAAGAAUGCCACUGUAGAGGUGAUCACCUUGGACAAACCAGGCCCACCCACAGGCCCUGUAAAGUUGGAGGAUAUCAGUGCUGAGAGCAUCACCCUCAGCUGGGAACCUCCUACAUACACAGGUGGUUGUCCAAUCUCAAACUAUGUGGUGGAGAAGAGAGACACAACCACAACAAACUGGUCAGUUGUGUCUGCCACUGUGGCUAGAACCACUCUAAAAGUGAGCAAUCUGAAGACAGGCACUGAGUACCAGUUCAGGAUUUAUGCUGAAAAUAGAUAUGGAAAGAGCUAUGCAAUUGAUUCACAGCCUGUUGUGGCACAGUAUCCAUUCCAGGAGCCAGGACCACCAGGAACACCAUUUGUUUCUUCAUACACUAAAGACUACAUGGUAGUUGAGUGGCAUAAACCCCCAAGUGAUGGCGGCAGUGCCAUCUUGGGCUACCAUCUGGAAAGGAAAGAAAGGAACAGUAUCCUCUGGACAAAGAUAAAUAAAAUGCUCAUCCAAGAUUGUAGAUUCAAAUCUACUCCACUCGAGGAAGGUAUUGAGUAUGAGUAUAGAGUCUGUGCAGAGAACAUUGUUGGCAUUGGUGAAUGUAGCAAAGUGUCUGAGGUUUAUGUUGCCCGUGAUCCAUGUUAUCCUCCUAGCCGUCCUGAGGCUGUGAUUGUGACCAGGCACUCAGUGAAACUUAAGUGGAACCCCCCAGAGUACGAUGGUGGAAGUUUAGUUACAGGUUAUCUAGUAGAGAAACGUGAUCUUCCUGAAGGAAAAUGGAUGAAGGCUAGCUUCACAAACAUCAUUGAACAUGAAUUCACAGUUACUGGCCUGACAGAAGAUAACAAAUAUGACUUCAGAGUAAUUGCAAAGAAUGCUGCAGGUGCCAUUAGCAAGCCCUCUGAGAGCACAGGAUCCAUAACUGCUAAGGAUGAAGUUGUCCCACCUAAGAGUGAGACAGAUCCUAUGUACAACCAGACCCUUGUUAUAAAUGCAGGAGAGACAUUCAAUCUUGAGGCCAGUGUGGAAGGAAAGCCUAUUCCAACUGCUCAGUGGUUCAAGGGGAAUCUUGAAGUUGAAAACUCAGCAAGAGCAGAGAUCAGAAACACAGAUUUUAAAGCUUUGCUUGUUGUAAAGGAUGCUAUCAGAGUAGAUGGUGGACAGUAUACUCUGGUUCUCACAAAUGUGGCAGGAAGUAAGACUAUCCCCUUCAGUGUGAAGGUUCUGGACAGACCAGGGCCUUCAGAAGGACCUCUUACUAUCAGCAAUGUUACUGAGGAAAAAUGCUCACUGUCAUGGCUGCCACCCAGGCAUGACGGAGGCGCCAGCAUUUCUCACUACAUCAUUCAGAAAAGAGAAACUAGCCGCUUGGCAUGGACUGUGGUCUGCAGUGAUUGUAAAGCUACCAUGUUUAAAGUUACAAAACUACUGAAGGGAAAUGAGUACAUCUUCAGAGUCAUGGCUGUCAACAAAUAUGGCACAGGUGAGCCGCUUGAAUCAGCACCAGUUAUCAUGAGAAAUCCAUUUGUUCCACCUGGCGCACCUCAGGAUCUUGAGAUCACAAACAUCACCAGGGAUUCUAUGACUGUAUGUUGGAACCGUCCUGAGACAUCAGGAGGCAGUGACAUUGUUGGCUACAUUGUUGAGAAGAGAGACAGAGCAGGAGUGAGGUGGACCAAGUGCAACAAACGCAGAGUGACAGACUUGCGUUUCAGAGUAACAGGACUGACUGAGGACCAUGAAUAUGAAUUCAGGAUAUCUGCUGAGAAUGCAGCUGGAGUGGGCCAGCCAAGUCCAUCGGCACCCUAUCUUAAGGCAUGUGACCCCACCUUCGAGCCAGGCUGUCCCACCAAUGUCCAUGUGGUAGACACUACUAGAGACUCUGUUAGUCUGGCUUGGCAUAGACCUAUCUAUGAUGGUGGCUGUGAGAUUCAAGGCUACGCUGUGGAAAUAACCAAGGCUGAUGAGGAGGAAUGGGCCAUAUGCACCCCACCUUGUGGAGUCAAUGCUACCAAGUUUACUAUCAAAAAGUUGAUUGAACACCAAGAAUACAAGGUCCGCAUUUGUGCCAUCAACAAGGUGGGUGUUGGUGAGCCCACUGAGAUCCAGGGAGUCGUCAAACCUAUGGAUAAGAUUGACCCUCCAGAAGUGAUUCUGGAUUCAGAGCUCAGGAAGGGAAUAGUUGUCCGUGCAGGAGGCUCGAUGAGAGUCUGCAUUCCAUUCAAAGGCCGUCCUACUCCUGAGAUAAACUGGGCCAAAGAGGAUAGAGAAUUACCCAGUAAAGUUCAGAUUGAGACUGGUGAAGAUUACACACAGCUCUCAAUUGAAAUCUGUGACAAAUAUGAUGCUGGAAAGUACGUGCUCAAUUUAGAAAAUAGUGCUGGCACCAAAUCAGCUUUUGUUUCCGUUAAGGUGCUAGACACUCCAGGGGCUCCUUUAAACCUAACAGUAACAGACAUCAAGAGGGAAAGUGUGACUCUGACCUGGGAGCCUCCUCUUAUUGAUGGUGGUGCAAGAAUCAAGAAUUACCUUGUUGAAAAGCGGGAGUCCACAAGGAAGGUUUACUCUAAUGUGGACAACAAGUGCACAAAGACAAGCUAUCGUAUAACUGGCCUGACAGAGGGAACUAUAUAUUAUUUCAGAGUCUUAGCAGAGAAUGAGUUUGGUGUGGGACAGCCAGCUGAGACAGAAGAAUCAGUAAAAACAUCUGAGCCCCCCCUGCCUGUGGGUAAGGUCACGUUGACCGAAGUGACAAAAACAACUGCUUCACUCUCAUGGGAGAAGCCAGAUCAUGAUGGAGGUAGCAGAAUCAUUGGUUACUACAUUGAGAUGCAGCCUGUGGGCUCAGAGGGAUGGGUGGUAGCUGCCACAAGCAAAACUUGUGAAGGCACUGUCACAGGCCUCAGUGCAGGACAUGAGUACCUAUUUAGAAUCUUAGCCUUCAAUGAGAAGGGCAAGAGUGACCCUAGACCUUUGGCUGCACCAGUCACUGCUAAAGAUAUAACCAUUGAACCCAAAUUCAAGAUUCAAUUUAACACUUAUAGUUUACAGCACGGUGAGGAUUUGAAGAUUGAGAUUCCAGUGAUUGGACGACCUGUUCCCAAGGUUGAAUGGAAGAAGGAUGGACAAGCUCUUAAAGAGACAACAAGAAUUAAUGUUUCCAGCACAUUGUCAUGCACUAAGCUGUACAUCAAAGAUGCAAAUAAGGAGGACUCUGGCAAAUACACUGUCACAGCCACCAGUAGCAUUGGAACAGCUACAGAGGAGAUUACUGUUAUUAUUCUUGAUAAGCCUGGGCCACCCACGGGCCCUGUAAAGGUAGAAGAGGUGAGCUCUAAUUUUGUCACUCUCUCUUGGGAGCCACCAGAGUAUACCGGAGGCUGUCCCAUCAAUAAUUACAUCGUGGAGAAGAGAGAUACUACCACCACAGCAUGGCAGAUUGUUUCUGCUACUAUUGCCAGGACAACCAUCAAAGUCACCAACUUGAAGACUGGUGUUGAAUAUCAAUUCAGAGUGUCAGCUGAAAAUAGAUACGGGAAGAGUUCUGCAAUUGUCUCUCCUGCUGUUAUUGCUCAGUAUCCAUUUAAUGAGCCUGCUGCCCCAGGAACACCAGUUAUUUCUUCUGUAACCAAGGAUAGCAUGGUUGUUGAGUGGAAACCUCCUACCAACAAUGGGGGCAGUCCAAUUCUUGGCUAUCACCUUGAGAGAAAAGAAAAGAAUAGCCUCUUGUGGACUAAAUUAAACAAGCUUCUAAUCCCAGACACACGUUUCAAAACUACAGAACUUGAAGAAGGUAUUGAGUAUGAAUUCAGGGUUUAUGCUGAAAACAUUGCUGGUCUUAGCCCAGCUAGCAAGCUGUCUGAGAGCACAGUAGCAAGGGACCCUUGUGACCCACCAGGAACUCCUGAGCCUAUUGAAAUCACCAGAAACCAUGUGACUCUCCAUUGGACCAAGCCCCAGUAUGAUGGAGGGAGUGCAAUCACUGGCUAUGUGAUUGAGAGAAGGAAGCACCCAGACACCCGCUGGAUGAAGGCCAGCUUCACUAACAUCAUCGAUACACAAUUUACACUUACUGGUCUGACUGAAGACUGUGUGUAUGAGUUCAGGGUCAUUGCCAGAAAUGCUGCUGGGAUUUUGAGCCAACCCUCUCAGAGCACAGGGGAAAUUACUGCCAAAGAUGAAAUUGAGGCUCCAGCAGCCACCAUGGAUUCGAAAUUCAAGGAUCUGACUAUUGUUCAUGCAGGUGAGACAUUUGUCAUUGAUGCUGACUAUACUGGAAAACCUUUACCUGAGGUCAUUUGGUUAAAGGAUGGAAAAGAGAUUGACAAAGCCACACCAAGAAUGGAAAUCAAGACCACACUCACGCGUACCAUCCUGACAGUCAAGGAUUGCAUCAGAGUGGAUGGUGGCCACUUUGUCCUCAAGCUUAUUAAUGUGGGAGGAGUCAAGAUGAUCCCAGUUAAUGUCAAAGUUCUGGACAGACCUGGGCCUCCAGAUGGACCUCUAGAAAUCAAAGGGGUCACAGCUGAGAAAUGUUAUCUGCAUUGGAAUCAUCCCUCACAUGACGGUGGAGCUGGCAUCUCUCACUAUAUCAUUGAGAAGAGAGAGACUAGUCGUUUGUCAUGGACUAUGGUUGAGCCCAAGAUUCAGGCAAUCAGCUACAAAAUCACAAAACUAUUGCCUGGCAAUGAAUAUAUCUUUCGAGUCACUGCUGUAAAUAAAUAUGGUGUUGGCGAGCCUUUAGAAUCAGAAGCUGUUGUUGCUCGUAACCCUUUCACCACUCCCAGUGCCCCCUCAACCCCUGAGGUCAGUGCUAUCACUAGGGACUCCAUGGUGCUUUCCUGGGAGAGGCCCAAUGAUAAUGGAGGAGCAGAGAUUGAGGGAUAUGUCCUUGAAAAGCGUGAUAAAGAUGGUAUCAGAUGGACUAAAUGCAACAAGAAGAGGCUGAAUGACCUGCGAUUCAGAUGCACUGGUCUCACAGAGGGCCACUCAUAUGAAUUCAGGGUUUUGGCUGAAAAUGCUGCUGGUGUAGGAAAGCCUAGUGCACCAACUCCAUACAUCAAGGCCUGUGAUGCCACUUAUCCACCUGGACCCCCAAAUAAUCCAAAGGUCACUGACCAUUCAAGCACCACAGUUUCCCUUUCAUGGUCCAGGCCUAUCUAUGAUGGUGGUGCACAGAUCACUGGGUAUAUUAUUGAAAUGAAAGAGGCAACAGAUGAUGAAUGGAUCAUUUGCACACCAUACACUGGCGUCCAAGCCACUAACUACACGGUAAAGAAACUUAAGGAGAAUGCGGAGUACAACUUCCGCAUAAGUGCUGUUAACUGUGAGGGAGUAGGAGAACAUGUAGAUCUGCCUUGUUCCGUGAUUGCUGCAGAGAAGCUGGAGGCUCCUGAAAUUGAACUAGAUUGUGACCUAAGAAAGAUGGUCAACGUCCGUGCCUCUGCUACCUUGCGUCUGUUCGUGACAACCAGAGGGAAGCCUGAGCCUGAGGUCAGAUGGUCAAAGGCUGAUGGCACUCUAAAUGAACGUGCCCAGAUAGAAGUCACAAGCUCUUACACAAUGCUGGUGAUUGAGAAUGUUGACAGAUUUGACACUGGCAAAUAUGUACUGACCCUUGAAAACCUCAGUGGCUCUAAAUCAGCCUUUAUCAAUGUGAGAGUUCUGGAUUCUCCUAGUGCUCCUACUAACCUCGAAGUUAAGGAUGUUAAAAGAAAUUCUGUCUCUCUCUCCUGGGAGCCUCCUCUAAUUGAUGGUGGGGCUAAGAUAUCACAUUAUAUAGUGGAGAAGAGAGAACAGAAGAGAAUGGCUUUCACCAGUGUUUGCACUAACUGCGUCAGAAACUCCUACAUUAUUUCAGACUUGCAGGAAGGAGGCCGAUACUAUUUCCGUGUGUUAGCUGUGAAUGAACUCGGAGUAGGUCUGCCUGCAUCCACAGAUCAAGUUAAGGUGUCUGAGCCUCCUCUGCCUCCUGGUAAGAUUGUGGUGGUUGACAUUACUCGUCAUGCUGUUACACUCUCCUGGGAGAAACCUGAUCAUGAUGGAGGCAGUAAGAUUACAAACUAUAUUGUGGAGAUGCAGCCCAAGGGAGAUGACAAAUGGACUAUGUGCAGUGAAGUCAAAGCACUGGAAGCUACCAUUGAUGGACUCACAACUGGAGAGGAAUACUCCUUCAGGGUAACUGCUGUGAAUGAUAAGGGUAGAAGCGAUGCUAAGCCUCUGGCUACUCCUGUGGUGGUAAGGGACAUCACGAUGGAGCCCAUCAUCAACCUCUUAUUCAGCACAUACAGUGUAAAAGCAGGAGACGAUUUGAAGAUUGACGUUCCCUUCAAAGGCAGACCACAGCCUGAGGUGAGCUGGAAGAAGGAUGGCCAAGUGCUUAAGCAGACAACCAGGGUAAAUGUUCUCAGUUCAAAAACCUCAUCUAAGAUUGUCAUCAAGGAUGCCACGAAGGAGGAUGUAGGGAAGUAUGUGAUUACCCUGACUAACUCAGUUGGUACCAAGUCAGCUGAAAUCACUGUUAUAAUCCUGGAUAAACCUGGACCACCUAGUAACAUUAAGGUGGAUGAGGUGAGCGCUGACUUUAUUUCUCUGUCUUGGGAUCCUCCAACCUAUGAUGGUGGUUGUCAGAUUAACAACUAUGUAGUUGAGAAGAGAGACACUACUACUACAACAUGGCAAAUCGUGUCAGCCACAGUGGCCAGAACAUCAAUAAAGGUUUCUCGACUUACUCAGGGGACAGAGUACCAGUUCCGCAUUGCAGCUGAGAACCGUUAUGGGAAGAGUCCUGCCAUAGAUUCUGCUCCUGUUGUUGCUCAGUAUCCAUUUGAGCCUCCUGGCCCUCCAACCAAACUUCAUGUUGUCCAUGCCACCAAAACUGGGAUGCUCGUGGUAUGGGGCAAACCUGCAAGUGAUGGUGGAAGUCCUGUUAUUGGUUAUCACAUUGAAAGCAAAGACCAAAGCAGCAUCUUGUGGACCAAGGUCAACAGAGGUCUGGUGACUGAGAACCAGUUUAAGAUGACAGGAAUGGAAGAAGGUCUGUUGUAUCAGUUCAGAGUGUAUGCUGAGAAUAUUGCUGGAAUUGGUCCAUGCACUAGGGCAAGUGACCCUGUGGCAGCCAGGGAUCCAUGUGAAGCUCCACAUAACCUUAGAGUCACAAACAUCACUAGAAAUUCAGUUUCUCUUUUUUGGGAAAGACCUGAAUAUGAUGGCAGUGCAAAAAUUACUGGCUACAUUGUUGAGCGUCAAGAGCUUCCCAAUGGUCGCUGGCUGAAAUGCAACUUCACCAAUGUUCAAGACACUUACUUCGAUGUCACUGGUCUCACAGAAGAUGUCCGAUAUGAUUUCCGUGUUAUUGCUAAAAAUUCUGCAGAGCAAUUGAGUGCUCCUUCAGAAAGCACUGGACCCGUCACUGUCAAGGAUGAUGUAGACCCUCCCACCAUUAUACUGGAGGAUAAAUUCAGACAGUUGGUUGUCAUUAAGGCUGGAGAAAUCAUUAGAGUUGAUGCCGAAAUCACUGGGCGUCCACUCCCAGUUGUUUCAUGGUCUAAGGAUGGAAAGGAGAUUGAGGCCAAGGCCAGAUGUGAAAUCACAUCCACUAACUUCACAACCACGCUCAUUGUCAAAGAUGCUAUCAGAAGGGACUCUGGACAGUAUGUUCUUACUCUGCACAAUGUAGCUGGAACCAGAUCUGUGGCUAUCAACUGUAAGGUUCUGGACAGACCUGGACCUGCAUCAGGACCUUUAACAGUUUCUGGUCUCACAGCAGAGAAAUGCACCCUGUCAUGGGGACCACCUCAGGAAAAUGGUGGUGCUGAAAUUAUGCACUACAUUGUUGAGAAACGUGAGACCAGUCGUCUUGCCUGGACUCUUGUCUAUGGUGACAUGAAGGCAACUACCUGCAAAGUGACUAAACUGCUCAAAGGAAAUGAGUACAUCUUCCGAGUCAGGGGAGUCAACAAAUAUGGAGAUGGUGAAAGCCUGGAGAGUGAGCCAACAAAGGCCACUGAUCCAUUCACUGUCCCUUCAGCUCCCACUAAUGUCCAGGUCACCUCUGUUACAAGUGAGGCAAUGACCAUUUGCUGGGAAAGACCUGUUUCUGAUGGUGGCAGCAGUAUCGCUGGCUAUGUAAUUGAGAAGCGAGAGAAGACUGGCCUCCGCUGGUGCCGUGUCAACAAGAAACCUGUUUAUGACCUUAGAGUGAAAGCUUCACACCUUCGCGAGGGCUGUGAGUACGAAUACAGAGUUUUUGCAGAGAAUGCUGCUGGCCUCAGUGCUCCUAGCACUCCUUGCCCACUCACCAGGGCAGAAGACCCACAGUUUUUACCCUCACCUCCAGCUAAGCCUAGGAUAAUUGACUCCACAAAGACUACAGUCACCCUGUCAUGGAAUAAGCCACUUUUUGAUGGUGGAGCACCUGUGACUGGUUACAGAGUAGAAUACAGGAAGACAUUAGAUGAUGAAUGGAUUGUUGGAGUACAGAACACCCAAAACACAGAAUUUACAGUGGUGGGAUUAUCACCUGGAGCUGAAUAUGUGUUUGUUGUCAAAUCCAUUAACAAGAUUGGAGUGAGUGAGCCCAGUCCUGAGUCAGACAAACAAGUUGCCAAAGAAAGAGAGGAGGAGCCAACCUUUGAUGUUAGCAAUGAAAUGAGAAAGACUCUUAUUGUAAAGGAUGGAAGCUCUUUCACAAUGAAAGUUCCUUUCAAAGGCAAACCCAUCCCUAGUGUUACUUGGGCUAAGCCUGAUGUAGACCUUAGAGUUCGUGCUGUAAUUGACACCACAGAUACCUUUACUUCCAUCACCUUAGAAAAAGCAACUCGGAAUGACUCUGGAAAAUACACUGUCACUCUAUCCAAUGUAGCUGGUACCUCCUCCUUGACGCUCACUGUCCGAGUUUUGGACUCACCUGGGCCUCCUAGUCAUAUAGAGGUCAAGGAAGUCACAAAGACCUCUGCUACUAUAACCUGGGAUACUCCUGAGAUUGAGGGAGGAGGACCAGUCAAGAAUUACCUUAUUGAUUACCGUGAGGCUAGCAAGAAAGGCUGGACUAGAUUGACUGACACAUGCCACAGACUGACAUACAAGGUGGCAGACCUGCAGGAGGGAGGAGUCUACUACUUCAGAGUGACAGGCGAGAAUGAAUAUGGUAUUGGUGUUCCUGCUGAGACCAAAGAGGGGACCAAGAUCACAGAAAAACCAAGUCCACCACCAAAACUGGGUGUAACGGAUGUAACCAAGGAAAGUGUGUCCUUGGCCUGGGCCAAGCCAGAACACGAUGGAGGCAGCAGAAUUACUAGCUACCUAGUAGAAGCACUGGAGAAUGGACAAGAGAAGUGGGUUAAAUGUGGUACAACAAAGUCCAUCCACUUCACAGUGUCUGGUCUGAGGGAGAAUGCGGAGUACUUCUUCCGAGUCAGAGCUGAGAACUAUGCUGGAUUCAGUGAUGCUAAGGAAAUGACUACUCCUGUAGUGGUCAAAGACCAGCUUGAAUCUCCUGAGAUCAACAUGAAGGACUUCCCCCACAACACAGUAUAUGUUAGAGCUGGAUCUACCCUAAAAUGUGAGAUUCCAUUGACAGGCCGGCCUUUACCUAAAGUGACUCUGUCCAAGGAUAAUGUGCUGCUCAAAUCAACAAUGAGGUUUAACUCAGAAGUCACUCCUGACAGCAUCAAGAUUACUCUGCGUGAGAGCAUUGCAGGAGACUCAGGCCGCUAUGAUAUCAUUGCCUCCAACUCCAGUGGAACCACCAAGUCCUUUGUAAAUAUUGUGGUUCUUGACCGCCCCAGUGUCCCACUUGGACCAGUGGAGCUGUAUGAUGUCACAGAAGACAGUGUGAGCUUAAAGUGGCUCCCACCAGCAUAUGAUGGUGGCAGUCCCAUCACCAACUACAUCAUCCAGAAGCGAGAGACAACUACAGCCAACUGGAUGGACGUGUCUUCAGCUGUGGCCCGCUGCACCAUGAAAAUUAUGAAGCUGACCACUGGCCUGGAGUACCAAUUCAGAAUUAGGGCAGAGAACAGAUAUGGAAUCAGUGAACAUAUUGACUCACCAGCUGUCGCUGUCAGUCUUCCUUACACUAUACCAGAUGCGCCAUCAACUCCAGAAAUUACUGCUGUAACCAGGGAAAGCAUUACUGUUGCAUGGAAGGAGCCAAAGUCAGAUGGAGGCAGCCAUGUGUUUGGUUACCAUCUCCAAAUGAAAGACAAAAAUAGCAUCCUUUGGCAGAGAGUCAACAAAACAGUGAUCCGUGCCACACACUUUAAAGUCACCAGCAUAAAUGCUGGACUUAUUUAUGAGUUCAAGGUAGCAGCAGAGAACUCUGCUGGAAUUAGUGCCUUCAGCAAGGUUUCUGAUGCCGUAUUGGCCAUUGAUGCCUGUGAGCCACCCCUAUACUUGCGCAUAACUGACAUCACUAAGAACUCCAUUAGUCUGGCCUGGCAGAAGCCUGAAUAUGAUGGUGGAUCCCCAAUAACUGGUUACGUCAUUGAGAAGAGAGAGGGUGUUAGCUCCAAAUGGUCUAAAGCUAACCUCACCAAUAUCACAGACAGCCGCUUCAUUGUUACUGGCCUCACCCAGGAUGAAACGUAUGAGUUCCGAGUCAUGGCAAAGAAUGCAGUUGGUUCAGUGAGCAACCCGUCUAUCACUGUGGGACCGGCUACAUGUGUGGACACUUAUGGUGCCCCAGAGAUUGAAAUACCUCAGGAGUAUCUUAAUGAGGUCAAGCACAAGGCUGACUCUAAUGUGGAACUCAAAUUUAAUAUAAGAGCCAAACCUGCUCCCAGUAUUGAGUGGUUUAAAGAUGGCAGAGAGCUUGAGCCUACUUCUCAGCUCUCUUUUAAACACACUUUCGAGUCCACAAGUGUGUUCCUGAAGGAAACAACUCGUCUUAACUCUGGAACCUAUGAAGUCAAGGUGAAGAACUCCCUCGGAUCUUCAUGUGCCAUUGUCAGGCUGCUCAUUCAAGAUAAGCCAGGCCCACCUGCUGGAGAGAUUCAGUUUAAGAAGGUGACAGCUGACAACAUCACCAUCAUGUGGUCCCCACCUGCUGAUGAAGGUGGUGCCAUGGUAACACAUUACAUUGUAGAAAAGCGGGAGACCAGCAGGGUAAUGUGGUCGAUUGUCUCAGAGAAACUGGUUGACUGCAUUGUGAAUGUGCCCAGACUCAUAAAGGGCAAUGAGUACAUCUUUAGAGUCCGUGGAGUCAACAAGUAUGGCAUUGGAGAGCCACUGGAGUCUGAGCCCAUUAUUGCCAAGAAUGCAUUUGUACCUCCCAGCGAGCCAUCUAAGCCUAAAGUUACUAUGAUCACUAAGUCUACCAUGACAGUGAUCUGGGAAAGACCAGCGUUGGACGGAGGCAGUGAUAUUGAUGGCUACUAUCUAGAGAAAAGGGAGAAGAGGAGUCUGCAAUGGUUCAAGGUGGUGAAGGGCACAAUCAGAGACACCAGGCAGAAAGUGACUAACCUGGUGGAGAACAAUGAGUACCAGUACAGAGUGUGUGCUGUCAACAAGGCUGGAGCAGGAAACUACUCUGAACCUUCUGAGCUCUAUAAAGCCUAUGACCCAAUAGAUCUACCAGGUGAACCCACUAAGCUGCGUGUGGUUGACUCCACAAAGACAUCUAUCACACUUGGAUGGGAGAAGCCCGUCUAUGAUGGUGGCAGCGAAAUUACACACUAUAUUUUAGAGCAGAUGAAUACAGAGGACAAAGAAUGGGUGAUUACCAACCCACAAGUCAAGACAUGUGAAUAUGUGGUGUCCCACCUCAAACCUGGCAUCUACUACUUCUUCAGAGUAUCUGCUGUCAACUGUAAAGGCAAAGGAGAAGACAUCAAAAUGUACCAGCCUGUGCAAGCCAAAGAUAUUUUAGAGGAGGCUGAUCUGGACUUGGAUGUUGCUAUGACAACUCAAUACACAGCAAAGGCUGGCCGUGAUGUGGAAGUCUUUAUCCCCUUGAAGGGUCGUCCUACACCAAAUGUCAUCUGGCGCCGUGGUGACCGUAACAUGGCUGGUGAUAACCGGUACACAAUCACAAGCACUGAAAGAGCCACCACACUCCUCAUCCCCAAGGUCACCCGUGAUGACUGUGGAAAGUAUGUGCUGGAAAUUGAGAAUGGUGUUGGAGAACCUAAGAUAGUUACUGUUUCCCUUAAGGUUCUGGACAGUCCAUCCACCUGCCAGAAACUGAUGAUAAAGAAUGUCACAAGAGGAAAACUGACACUAAGCUGGGAGCCUCCGCUCAUAGAUGGUGGCUCCCCUGUGACUAAUUACAUUGUCGAAAAGAAGGCCUCCACUAUGAAAGCUUAUCAAGUGAUAACUGAUGAGUGUUUAAAUACAAGUUACAAGGUGUCAGGGCUGGAGGAAGAUAUAGCUUACUUCUUCCGUGUGUCUGCUCAAAAUGAGUUUGGUGUGGGUGACCCUUGUGAAACCACUGAUGCUGUCCGAGCAACUGAAACUCCAGGAGCUGUUAAAGACCUAAUAAUGGUGGACUCCACAAAGAACUCUGUCACCCUUCAGUGGAGCAGACCUGACCACGAUGGUGGCAGCCACAUCACUGACUACAUCAUUGAGAAGAGAGCCCAGGAUGAAGUCAAAUGGACUUUAGCUGCUAAAUGCAAGCGGUGCAGCUGUGAAGUGACAGGACUCAAGGAAAAUGCUAUCCUGGAUUUCAGAGUGUUUGCAAAGAAUGAGAAAGGCAACAGUGACUUCUCCCAAAUUGGUCCGAUCACAGUGAUGGACCUCAUCAUUCCACCUGAAGCCAACCUGAAUGAUUAUCCCAAUGGAGAGCUUGCUGUUCGUAUAGGUCAAAACAUCCAUAUUGAGUUACCAUUCAAGGGAAAACCAAGACCUACAAUCAGCUGGUUAAAGGAUAAUUUCCCACUGAAGGAAAGUGAGAAGAUUCGCUUUAGGACCACUGACAACAGGACUUCAGUUACAGUCAGAGGGGUUAAGAAAGAACAUGCUGGACAAUACACCUUGGUUCUGGAUAACAGAGUCAUUAAGAACUACUUUGACAUCAAUGUGAUCACUCUGGGACCCCCUUCAGUCCCUACUGGCCCCAUCCGUUUUGACGAGAUAAAAGCUCAGACUAUUAUUAUCUCCUGGGAUGAGCCGAAGGAAGAUGGAGGUGGCGAGAUCACCUGCUACAGUGUGGAGAAACGUGAAACCUCCCAGGCCAACUGGAAGAUGGUCUGCUCCAGUGUUGUCAGGACUACCUUUAAGAUUCCUAACCUGGUCAAAGGAACUCAGUACCAGUUCAGAGUCCGUGCAGAGAAUAAGUAUGGGGUCAGUGAACCACUCAUCUCUUCAGAUGUUGUUGCCCAGCACCAGUACAAACCUCCAGGUCCUCCAGGAAAACCAGUUGCCUACAACAUCACCAGUGAUGGUAUGACAAUAAAGUGGGAUGCCCCAGAUUUUGACGGGGGUUCCCCAGUCUUAGGUUAUCAUGUCGAGAAGAAGGACAGGAACAGCCUCUUAUGGCAGAAAGUGAAUUCCACAACCAUCUCCAACAGAGAGUACAGGAUAAUUGGUCUUGUGGAGGGUCUGGAGUACUCCUUUAGAGUCUAUGCAGAGAACAAUGCCGGACUCAGCCCUUGUAGUGAACAGAGCAAACAUGCGCUCGCUAUCUCCCCUGUUGAUCCACCCGGUACCCCAGUCUGCAUUGAUGUAACCAGAGACUCAGUCACCCUUCAAUGGGACAUUCCCAAGAGGGAUGGUGGAAGCAAAAUUGUGGCCUAUAGUGUGGAGAGGCGUCAAGGCAGAGGCAAAUGGCUACGGUGCAACUUCACUGAUAUCAGUGAGACCCAGUUCACUGUAACUGGUCUCUCACCUGGAGACAGAUUUGAGUUCAGAGUGAUUGCCAGGAAUGCUGUUGGCACAGUCAGCCCACCAUCCAACUCCUCUGGAUACAUAAUGACCAAGGAUGAGAGCAUUGCUCCUGAGAUUGAGUGGUCUCCAGACCAGGUGCUCACCCUGAGGGCUGGAGAUAAUGUCAGUCUCAGCUGCAAAAUCACCGGACGUCCAGUCCCACAGGUUCUUUGGUACAAGGAUGGUAAAGAGAUCGACAAGAGGACUAUGAUUGACAUUGAGAUUACUACUGGCAUUGGCACCAGUAGUCUGUUUAUUCGCGAUUCUAACAGGAACCACCGUGGAAUUUACACUGUAGAGGCCAAAAAUAGCUCUGGAACCAAGAAAGCUGAUGUUAACGUUAGAGUCCAAGAUACCCCUGGACCCGUCGAGGGCCCAAUCCGUUUCACAGGCAUCACAGCUGAGAAGUGCACUGUGUGGUGGAGCCCACCAGAGAACGAUGGCUGUGCUGCCAUUACUCACUAUGUGGUGGAGAAAAGGGAGACAUCCAGGAUCACUUGGGCCUUGGUCACCUCCAAGUGUGAAGCUUGCUCUUAUAAUGCCACCAACCUCAUCAAAGGCAAUGAGUACCAGUUCAGAAUCUCUGCUGUCAACAAGUUUGGUGUCGGUAAACCACUGGACUCUGAGCCUAUAAUUGCAAAGAUGCAAUACACUGUUCCUGAUGCCCCUGGUACACCAGAUGCCACCCAUAUUACUGGAGACAGCAUAACGCUGUGUUGGACCAGGCCACGGUCAGAUGGAGGCAAUGAGAUUAAAUGCUACAUCCUAGAGAGGAGAGAGAAGAAGAGCUUGCGCUGGGUUAAGGUCUCCUCCAAGAGGCCCAUUACAGAGUUAAGGCACCGUGUGACCAAACUUACUGAGGGCAAUGAGUAUGAGUUCCGUGUUAUGGCUGAAAAUGGUGCUGGUGUCGGACCAGCCAGCAGCACCUCCAGGCUCUUCAGAUGCAGAGAACCAACGAGUGCUCCCAGUGCUCCCACUGUAAUCAAGGUCAUUGACUCCACUAAGUCCUCUGUCACCCUGGAAUGGACCAAGCCAGUCUUUGAUGGUGGCAUGGAAAUAAUUGGCUACAAUAUAGAUAUGUGUAAGGCCAGUCUGGAGGAGUGGCACAGAGUCAACAGACAGAUUUGUAUUCACACCAGGUAUACUGUCACAGGUCUAGUACCUGGAGAACUCUACAAGUUCAGAGUCAGUGCUGUAAAUGGAUCAGGAGAGGGCGAAGCAUCAGUGAUGCCAAACCCUGUUCAGUCUUUGGACAGACUUACAUCUCCUGAAAUUGAUCUUGGUCCUGACUUCAAGCAAACUCAUAUUGUGAAGAAUGGAGGCACUGUAACCCUACAUAUUGCUUUCAGAGGAAAGCCAGCUCCUCUAGCCACGUGGUCUAAAUUAGACAGUGAGCUUCCGAUAAUGGCUGAUAUCAACACCACAGAUUCAUUUUCCACUCUGACCAUAGAGAACUGCACCAGGUAUGAGGCAGGCAAAUACACCCUGUCCCUGGAGAACAACAGUGGGCGCAAAUCCAUCACAUUCACUGUUAAAGUACUGGAUACUCCUGGACCUCCAGGAGCCAUAACCUUCAAAGAUAUUACUCGCGGAGCCUUGACAGUGAUGUGGGAUGCUCCUGCCAAUGACGGUGGAUCCCGAAUCCACCACUACAUUGUGGAUAAGCGUGAAGCAAGCCGCCUUGCCUGGCAAGAAGUCAGCACCAAGUGCUCACGGCAGAUGAUCAGAGCAACCGGUCUGGAAAUUGGUGUACCAUAUUUGUUCAGAGUGAUUGCCGUUAACCAUUAUGGCCAGGGAGAACCAAAAGAGAUGACUGAGCCUAUAAUUGCCACAGAAGAACCUGCACCACCCAAGAGAUUGGAUGUUGUUGACACAACCAAUUCCACAGCCUCACUGGUAUGGCUAAAACCUGAGCAUGAUGGAGGCAGCCGCAUUAGAGGCUAUAUUGUUGAAUUCAGGGCUAAGGGCACUGACCGCUGGGUUGUUAGUGGAGAGACUAAGUCUCAGAAGAUGGUGGUAGAAGGUCUGAUUGAGAACACAGAAUAUGACUUUAGAGUCAAAGCCAAGAAUGACGCUGGAAUUAGCGAACCUCAGGGCACCUUUAGCUCUGUGGUCAUAAAGGAGCCUUGCAUAGAACCAACUGCUGAUCUCAGCAGCAUCACCAACCAGCUCAUCAGUUGCAAGACUUCCAACACCGUCACAAUUGAUGUCCCUAUCAGUGGCAGGCCUGCACCUAAAGUUACCUGGAAACUGGAAGAGAUGAAGCUGAAGGAGACUGACAGAGUCUCCAUUAAGACCUCAAAGGAAAGAACCAUUUUGGUAGUGAAAGACAGCAAGAGAAGCGACAGCGGCAAGUACUACCUGACACUGGAGAAUGCUGCUGGUGUGAAGACAUUCACGGUGACUGUGGUCAUAGUUGGCAGACCAAGUCCACCCACAGGACCAGUGGAAAUUUCUGGAAUCUCUUCAGAGUCCUGCACCCUAUCUUGGUCUGAGCCAGCUGAUGAUGGUGGUACUGACAUCAGCAACUACAUUGUAGAAAAACGGGAAUCUGGCUCUGCUUCUUGGCAAGUGGUGAACUCCAGUGUGAAGAGAACCACCAUCAAAGUGACACAUCUCACCAAAUACAUGGAGUACACAUUUAGAGUCUGUGCUGAGAACAAGUUCGGAGUCAGCAAGUCCGUUGAGUCUGCCCCUGUUGUCAUUGAGCAUCCAUUUGUUCCACCAAGUCCUCCAACUCGCCCAGAUGUGAUAUCUGUAUCUGCCAAUGCCAUUAGCAUCAAAUGGGAUGUUCCAUAUGCUGAUGGUGGCAGCAAGGUGACAGGCUACUGGAUUGAGAAAAAGGAGAGGAACACAAUCCUGUGGGUGAGGGAGAACAAGCUACCCUGCCUGGAGUGCCAAUACAAGGUCUCGAACCUGAUUGAGGGGCUGGAGUAUCAGUUCAGGGUGUAUGCUAUGAACCUUGCUGGGCUCAGCAAAGCCAGCGAAGCCUCCAGACCUGUAGUGGCACUCAAUCCUGUUGAUCCUCCUGGCAAACCCGAGGUGACAGACAUCACCCGCUCUUCUGUGUCAUUGUGCUGGACGGUGCCCUUCAAUGAUGGUGGCAGUAAGAUCAUUGGUUACGUGGUGGAGAGAAAAGUCUACAGCACAGAUGAGUGGGAUGACAACCGCUGGCUCAAGUGCAACUAUACCACAAUCACAGAGAACUACUUUACCAUCACAAACCUAGGUGAAGGAGAGACCUAUGAAUACCGUGUCGUUGCCAAGAAUGCUGCUGGUGUUCAAAGUGUCCCUUCAGAGACCACUGGACCAGUCACAUGCAAGGAUGAAUAUUCUCCUCCCAAAGCUGAACUUGACAGCAAACUGAUAGGUGAGAUUGUCACUGUUACUGCUGGUUCUGACCUUGUCUUGGACGGUGCUGUGGGUGGUAAACCAGAGCCUACAGUGUACUGGUCAAAGGGUGACAAGAUUUUAGAGCUUGGAGAAAAAUAUUCACUGACCUACACUGCCACCAGAGCCAUGGCUGUCAUCAAGAGCUGUGACAGAUACGACACAGGUAGAUACAUUCUAACUGUCAAGAAUGCCAGUGGAAUUAAGACGGCAGCUGUCAGCGUUAAAGUUCUAGACACUCCUGGAGCUCCAGCUGACAGGAUUCUAAUCAGCAGAGUCACAGAGGAAAAAUGUACAGUGUCUUGGAAGAUACCUCUGGAGGAUGGUGGAGACUCUGUCACCCAUUACAUUGUGGAACGUCGUGAGACCAGCCGCCUCAACUGGGUCGUCAUGGAGACUGAGUGCAAGACCCUGUCAUGUGUCAGCACUAGGUUGAUCAAGAACAAUGAGUACAUCUUUAGGGUUAGAGGUGUCAAUAAGUAUGGGGUUGGAGUUCCUUUGGAAUCUGAUCCCAUCAUCGCCAGAAACGCUUACACAAUCCCCUCCCAGCCAGGCACACCAGAGGCCACUGCAGUGGGUAAGGAGCAUGUUAUCAUCGAGUGGCAGAAGCCUGAGAGUGAUGGAGGAAGCGAGCUCAAAAACUACAUCGUUGAAAAACGAGAGAAGAACAGUAGCAGGUGGACUCGAGUGAAUAAGACCUACACCAUCUAUGACACCCGUCUGAAGAUCACAGGCCUGCUGGAGGGAAGCGAGUACCAGUUCAGAGUUACAGCAGUCAACUCUGCUGGAUACAGCCAGCCAAGUGACGCCUCAGUAUACAUCCUCUGUAAAGACCCCACAUACACCCCAGCUCCUCCAUCAGUGCCUCGCAUCACAGACACAACAAAACACAGCAUCACCAUGACUUGGACCAGGCCCAUGUAUGAUGGUGGAUCAGAUGUCACCGGCUACGUUGUGGAGAUCCUAGAGGAGGGUUCUGAGCAGUGGUACCGUGCCACUGCCAAAGCCCUCAAGACUAAUGAGUAUGUGGCUGCUGGUUUGGCUGCCAAUAAGAAGUACAGGUUCAGAGUUGCUGCCAUUAACAGCAAUGGGACUGGAGAGUUCAGUGAACCAAGUGCUGAAGUCGAACCACUUGAGAAAAUUGAAAUACCCGACUUGGAGCUGGCUGAUGACCUAAAGAAAACAGUGUGCCUCCGCGCUGGAGGUACUCUGCGCCUGUUUGUGUCUGUCACUGGUCGACCGACGCCAGUAGUGGCCUGGAGGAAGACGGGGGUGGAACUACAGAGCCGUGGUUAUAUUGAGACUACUGACAAGUACACAUCACUGGUAGUAGAGAAGGUUAAUCGCUAUGACUCUGGAAAAUACAUUGUAGAGGCAGAGAACCCAUCUGGAAAAAAGACAGCCACCAUCCUUGUUAAAGUCUAUGACACUCCUGGUCCUCCAGGUUCAGUGAAAGUGAAGGACUACACCAAGGAAUCUGUUGUGAUCACCUGGGAUGUCCCAAGCAUUGAUGGUGGUGCUCAUGUCAGCAACUAUAUUAUAGAGAAGCGUGAGGCCAACAUGAAGUCCUACAAGACUGUUACCACUGAGUGUAGGAAAACCUUGUACAGAAUCACUGGACUGGAGGAGGGUGUGUACUACUUUUUCAGAGUCCUGCCAGAGAAUAUCUAUGGUGUCGGUGAGCCCUGUGAGACAGCAGAGACUGUGCUGGUGUGUGAAGUGCCCUCAGUGCCUGUGAAGCUUGAGAUUGUUGAUGUUUCCAAAUCUUCUGUCACCCUGCACUGGGAGAAGCCUUUGCAUGAUGGUGGCAGCAGAUUGACAGGCUACAUUAUUGAGGCCUGCAAAGUAGGCUCCGACAGAUGGAGUGCUGUGGCGACAGUUAAGGCCUCAGUGUCCCAGCACACCAUCCAGUCUCUGACAGAAAAUGACCAGUAUCUGUUCAGAAUCCGAGCCACGAACAGCAGGGGAGCCAGUGAAUCCACUGACAUUGUCACUCCAGUGAUCAUCCAAGAGAUCAAGGUUAUGCCCAAGAUUGACAUGACAAGUAUCCCUCAGAAGAUAGUUCAUGUGCAUCGUGGCAAACCCAUUGACCUCAACAUCCCAAUAAGGGGCAGACCACAGCCGGCCUGCUCGUGGUACUUUGGUGGUGUGAAGCUGAAGGACACCCUGGACCGCAUCAAGAUUGACAGCAACGGCAAAUAUACCCAUCUCGUCAUCCGUGAGACGACCAUCUCUGACACAGGAGACUACACACUGGAGGUGAAGAAUACCAUAGGCAUGGCAACUGAAGUUAUCAAGGUUAUCAUCCUGGACAAACCGAGUAUUCCUGUGGGUCCAGUAAAGAUCGAGGAAGUUGACGGUGUUUCAGUGACGGUUAGCUGGCAACCUCCAGAGAAUGAUGGUGGUGCCAAUGUCAGCGGAUAUGUCGUUGAGCAGCGUGAUGCCCACCGGCCUGGCUGGACCACCAUCUCCGAGUCGGUGACAAGGCCUUGCUUUAAAUUCACUAGGCUCUCUGAAGGAACUGAGUACGUGUUCCGUGUUGCAGCCAUGAAUCGUUUUGGCAUUGGUGGCUUCCUGCAGUCUGAUGUGGUGGAAUGCAAGAGCGCCAAGACCAUCCCCGGACCCCCAAGCAGGCCAGAAGUGCUUGAUGUCACCCAUGAGGGCAUGACCGUGACCUGGAAACCACCUGAGGACAAUGGUGGCUCCACUAUUGCGGGCUAUAUCAUAGAACGGAAAGAGGCCCGUUCUGACAGGUGGUUGAGGAUCAACAAAAACCCUGUUACUAUGACCAGGUACCGUUCCUCCGGACUGAUUGAGGGCCUGGAGUAUGAACACCGUAUCACAGCCAUUAACUCUAGAGGGGCUGGGAAACCCAGCGAGAGUUCUGUCAUUACCAUCGCUUUAGACCCCAUUGAACCUCCAGGUCCUCCAGUUCAGGCCAGAGUCACAGACACUACCAGGACUUCUGUUUCUCUAGCUUGGCUUCCACCAGAAGAGGAGGGUGGUUCUGUCAUUACUGGCUACUUUAUUGAAAUGCAGAAGGUAGACCAGCUGGAAUGGACACUGUGUAACACUACUCCCACGAAGAUGUGCGAGUACAUCAUCACCCACAUGCCACAGGGGGCUGAAUACAAAUUUAGGAUCAUCGCCUGCAAUGCUGGUGGCUGUGGAGAAGCUGCUGAGAUUCCUGGAGUGGUUAAAGUCCAGGAGAUGCUUGAUUAUCCUGACUAUGAGCUGGAUCCUAAAUAUGAAGAGGGCUAUGUGGUCAGACAAGGUGGGGUCAUCCACCUGUCUGUACCCAUUAAGGGUAAACCCAUCCCUACAUGCAAGUGGACCAAGGAUGGUCGUGACAUCUCCCAUCGGGCCAUGAUUGCUACCCAUGAUGACAUCACUGAGCUGGUCAUCAAAGAGGCGCAUAAAGAUGACACUGGUACCUACGACUUGGUGCUGGAAAACAAAUGUGGCAGGAAGGCUGUUUAUAUCAAGGUGAAAGUGAUUGGUCGCCCAGAUGUCCCAGAAGGGCCUCUGGAAUUUGACGACAUUCAGGCCCGAUCAGUAAGAGUCAGUUGGAGGCCACCAUCAGAUGACGGUGGCGCAGACAUCCUGGGAUACAUAGUGGAAAGGCGGGAGGUACCCAAGGCUGCCUGGUAUACAGUGGAUGCUCGAGUAAUCGGGAACUCUCUAGUAGUGAAGGGCCUAAAGGAGAAUGUGGAGUACCACUUCAGGGUUGCUGCUGAGAAUCAGUUUGGUGUCAGCAGAGCUUUAAAAUCUGACGAGUCUGUCACACCAAAGACUCCACUUUGCCCACCUGAACCUCCCAGCAACCCACCAGAGAUCAUGGAUGUUACCAAGUCCACAGUUUCUCUCUCCUGGGCCAGGCCCCGCGACGAUGGAGGCUCUCGUGUCACUGGCUAUUAUGUUGAAAGAAGGGAGGUUUCAACAGAGAAGUGGGUCCGCCACAACAAGACCCACAUCACCACCACCAUGUACAAUGUCACUGGUCUCAUCCCUGAUGCAGAGUACAUGUUCAGAGUUGUCGCUCAAAAUGACAUUGGACAGAGCGAACCUGGUCCUACUUCUGAAUCUGUACGCUGCAAAGAUCCAUUUGACAAACCUAGCCAACCAGGAGAGAUUGACAUUGUCUCUGUCACUAAAGACUGUAUCACCAUCCACUGGCUCAGGCCUGAGCAUGAUGGUGGCAAGGAGAUCCUAGGUUACUGGAUUGAGUUCAGGCAGGCUGGAGAGAGUGCCUGGAAAAAAUGCAACAAGGAGCGCUCGAAGGAUCGUCAGUUCACCAUGGGUGGCUUAAUGGAAGCCACUGAGUAUGAGUUUAGAGUCUUUGCUGAGAAUGAGACUGGACUCAGCCGACCUCGUCGCACACCUAUGGGCAUCAAGACCAAAUUGAGUGUUGGUGAGGCUCCAGCUUUGACAGAAGACAUCCAAGAUGUAACAACCAAACUUGGCGAGUCUGGCACUCUGACCUGUGGCAUUAUUGGCAGACCUCUGCCUGAGAUUAAGUGGUACCGCUUUGGCAAGGAACUGAUCCAGAGCCGCAAGUACAAAAUGAGCUCAGAUGGUCGGAACCACUCCCUCAGCAUUCUAACAGAUGAACAGGAAGAUGAGGGCCUGUACACGUGCAGGGCAAUCAAUGAGGCUGGAGAGAUCGAGAGCAGUGGUAAACUGCGUUUACAGGCAGCUCCCCAGUUUCACCCUGGCUUUCCCCUGAAGGAAAAAUACUUUGCUGGGGCUGGCACCAGUCUCCGCCUUCAUGUCGUAUACAUUGGCCGUCCCAUCCCACAGAUCAUGUGGUUCUAUGGCAAGAAGCCUCUGAAUCCAUCUGAAAAUGUGAUCAUUGAAAACACAGAGAGCUACACCCACCUCGUGGUGAGGAAUGUUCAGAGAAAGACCAACGCUGGCCGCUAUAAGGUGCAGCUCAGCAAUUUCUUUGGAACUAUUGACACUGUGCUUCGUGUAGAAAUCCAAGACAAGCCAUGCAUGCCUGAGGGGCCCCUAAUUGUUGAAGCCCUGCUUAAGAGCUCAGUUGUCAUCAGCUGGAAGGCUCCCAAGGAUGAUGGAGGAUCAAUGAUUACCAACUACAUUGUGGAGAAACGGGAGGCCAAAGAAGGGGAACAGUGGUACCUGGUGUCCUCCUCUUUGUCUGGAACCACCUGCCGUGUCCUCAAUCUGACGGAGAAUGCUGGCUACUACUUCAGGGUUUCAGCUCAGAAUCAAUAUGGAGUCAGCGAGCCUCUAGAGAUCCCAUCAGUGGUUAUAAUCAAGAGUCCAUUUGAAAAACCUGGCAUCCCACAGCAGCCUUUCAUUAUCAGCUCCACAAAGGACUCUUGUGUUGUCUGUUGGAAGCCUCCAAGCAGCGAUGGUGGAGCUAAAAUCACAAACUACUACCUGGAGAAACGUGAGAAGAAACAGAACAAGUGGAUGUCAGUAACUACCAAGAAGAUUGCAGAGACCAACUAUGAGGUCACAGGCUUGAUUGAAGGCUUCGAGUAUGAGUUCCGUGUCAAAUGUGAGAACAUGGGCGGUGAGAGCGAAUGGAGUGAGAUUUCUGCACCCAUCAUCCCCAAGUCUGACCAGGCUCCUCGCGCUCCCACAUUCAGGGAGGAGAUCAGAGACAUGGCUGUCAAAUACCAUGCCAGCGCCACAUUUGUCACUAAGGUGUUGGGCUAUCCAAAGCCUGUUGUGAAAUGGUACCGUAGUGGAAAGGAGAUCCUGGCAGAUGGAACUAAGAUCAAAGCGCUGGAGUUCAAGGGAGGCUACUAUCAGCUUGUCAUCACUUCUGCUGAUGAGAAUGAUGCCACAGUUUACCAAGUCAGAGCAACUAAUUCCUCAGGAUCCAUCUCUACCACAGCCAACUUGGAGGUGGAAGUUCCUGCUAAGAUCCAUCUGCCUCAAGAGCUCCAAGGAAUGGGCGCAGUCCAUGCUGUCCGUGGUGAUCACAUCACCAUCAAGAUCCCCAUCUCUGGCAAACCUGAGCCAACAAUCACUUGGCAGAAAGGUCAGGAGAUCCUCUCCAACUCUCCUUAUCACCAAGUCAUCACCACAAGGUCUUUCACAUCCCUGGUAUUCCAGAAGGGAGUCCAGAGGAAAGAUACUGGCUACUACAUUAUUACUGCAAAGAACAGGUUUGGAAUGGACAAGCAAACCAUCGAGGUGAAUGUGGCUGACAUUCCUGAAGCUCCAAAAGGCCUUGUGGUUAGUGAAAUUGCAAGGGAUUCUAUCACUCUUGUCUGGGAGCCCCCUGUCAGUGAUGGUGGAAGCAACAUUAUUAGCUACAUUGUGGAGAAGUGCCCCACCACCAAUGAUAGAUGGAUUCGUGCUGGACAAACUACUGACUGUAGUAUCACUAUCAUCAACAUAUUUGGAAAGGCCAAAUACCAGUUCCGUGUUAUUGCCGAGAACCAGUUUGGUCUGAGCCCACCAUCUGAGCCAACUGAGCCUAUCACCACAAAGGAAGACAAGUCUGUAAUUAGGAACUAUGAUGAGGAAGUGGACGAAACAAGAGAAAUUACUAAAGAGGAGGCUCUUUUCUACAAGGUGAAGGAGCUGUCCUCAAAGUACAUUAUCUCUGAGGAGCUUGCUCACUGCCAGUUUGGUGUGGUUCACCGUUGUAUUGAGAUUGCCACAAAGAAAACCUACAUGGCCAAGUUUAUCAAAGUCAAAGGAACUGAUCGUGAGUUGGUUUUAAGGGAAAUUGAAGCUCUUAAUGUGGGAAGGCACAAGAAUAUCAUCUACUUGCAUGAAUACUUUGAAAGCAUGGAGGAGAUCAUCCUUAUCUUUGAAUUCAUUUCUGGAGUUGACAUCUUUGAGCGGCUUGGCACCAGCAACUUUGAGCUUACAGAGCAGGAGAUUGUCAAGUACCUUAGACAAGUCUGCUCUGCUCUCAAGUUCCUGCAUUCCCACAACUUUGGCCACUUUGAUAUCCGCCCAGACAACAUUGUGUACACUACAAGGAAAAGUACCAACAUAAAGAUCAUUGAGAUGGGCCAGGCUAGGCUUCUGGUGCCGGGAGAAAACAUCAGAAUGCUCUUUUCAGCACCGGAGUACUGCGCCCCAGAGGUCCACCGCCAUGAUUUGGUCACAACGGCCACAGAUAUGUGGUCUGUUGGUUUUAUGGCCUAUGUUCUACUCAGUGGCAUUAAUCCAUUUGCAGCAGAGUCUACCACAAAGAUGAUUGAGAAUAUCACCAACUGUGAGUAUGUCUUCGACAGUGAAGCAUUUAAGGAUCUCAGCCUGGAGGCUAUGGACUUUGUGGACAGACUUCUUGUCAAGGACAGGAAGCUUCGUAUGACAGCCCAUGAGGCUCUGGAGCACCCAUGGCUCAAGAUGAAAAUAGAGCACAUUAGCAACAAGGCUAUCAGGACACUGAGACACAGAAGGUACUAUCAGACUCUGGUAAAGAGGGUUGAUACUAUUGUAUCAGCAGCUCGUGUGGCCUAUGGUGGUGCUUUCAAGAACCAGAGGGGAUUGGCUGUUGGUAAAGUGAAGAUUGGAACUGAGUGCCAUGGCUUCCGUGCUGGCCCAGUCAUGCAUGCCUCAGCUGAAGAAGGUGGUUAUGCAAGAUUCACUUGCAGCAUUGCCAAGUAUGACAAGAGUACACAGGUGUCAUGGUACUUUGGUAACUGCCAGCUACACACAAGCCACAAGUAUGAGAUUACUUAUAGUAAUGGCUUUGCCAGUAUCUACGUCAAGGACAUUGAAGAAAGUGAUGAUGGUGUGUAUAGAUGCAAAGUGGUGAGUGAUGAUGGAGAAGACAGUGCUUAUGGAGAGCUUUUUGUCGAGACAGUGAGGAGUAUCAAAGAGUACUAUCUUAGCCGCUCCAUCAAGAAAUUAAGGAGGAGAGUUGACAAGACUAAGCUUCUGCAGAGACCACCAGAGUUCACUUUGCCUCUCUACAACCGCACCGCUUUCAUUGGCGAAGAUGUGCGCUUUGGUGUUACUGUUACUGUGCAUCCAGAGCCUUGCAUAAUUUGGCUUAAGAAUGGUGAAAAAAUCAAGCCAGGUGAUAAUGACAGCAAGUACACCUUCACCAGUGAUAAGGGUCUAUACCAGCUCAUGAUCCAUAACCUGGACAUGACUGAUGAUGCUGAAUACACUGUUAUGGCCCACAACAAGUUUGGAGAAGACAGCUGCAAGGCCCGUCUCACUGCAGCACCACAUCCGGUGACGGAAGAAACUAUGAGGCCCAUGUUCAAACGCCUGCUGGCUAAUGUUGAGUGCAUGGAGGGACAGAGUGUCCACUUUGAGCUCAGAGUCUCAGGUGUACCACCUCCUACUCUUAAAUGGGAAAAGGAUGGUCAUCCACUACAGUUUGGUCCCAAGGUGGUUGUCAUACAGGAGGACGUUGACUCUCAUGUCCUUCACAUUAGAGAGACUCUACUUGAGGACUCUGGUGUUUACAAAGUUACUGCAACCAACUCUGCUGGCACCGCGAGCUGUCAGGCAACAUUGAAGGUGGACCGCCUUACCUAUACAAGGAGAGAAUAUAGGAGUGAGGAAGAGAAAUACAUGCACAUACAGAAACAAAUUGAAAAGACCAACAAGAUGGCUCAGAAAAUCGUUGCUACUGAGGAGCUUGUACCUCUUAAUCCCACUGCUCAAGAAGCUCUCAAAUAUGCUGCAGAGAUUUACAAGCCAGCAGUGAGCACGAAGAAUGUCGAGGGUGAGUUUGACAUCACAGAGGAGAAGUCCGAGACCAAGAAGUUGGAGGAGGAGAGGAGGAUCUUCAUGCCCUAUGAAAUUCCUGAGCCUGUGGUUCACGAUCCCAGAGUUCUUGAUGAGAACAAAGGUAUCAAACAGUUUGUACCUCUGUCAGAUAUGAAGUGGUACAGAAAGCUAAAAGAUCAAUAUGAGAUUUCAGAGAGGAUGGAGAGGAUUGUGCAGAAGAGACAGAAACGUAUUCGUUUGUCCAGAUGGGAACAGUUCUACGUCAUGCCCCUUCCUAGAAUCACUGACCAGUAUAGGCCAAGAUGGCGUAUUCCAAAACUCACUCUAGAUGAUCUGGAGACUGUCAGACCUGCACGCCGCUCUCCCAGUCCUGUGUCAGAGGCGUUGUUCAGAUCUAGGAGGAGAUCUCUGGGAGACCUUAGCGAUGAGCAGCUGAGGAGAACAGAGGAAGAAGAAGGAAUGAUGUUGGAGGAUGAACUGGAGCUUGGCUUUUCUGCCUCACCUGCUGGCAGCCCUGUACGCAUUGAGCGACAUGCCAUGGAGCAUGAGGAAAGAAGGCAGGAAGGUAGACAUGAAACUGUUGAGGUUGUUGAGACAAAGAAGAAACGUACCAUCUCUCAGUAUAUGAGGAGGAGAAGGUCACUGUCACCCACUUACAUUGAGCUAAUGCGUCCAGUUUCAGAACUGAUAAGACAACCACAUGCUAGGCAUCCUGUGGAAGUAGAGGGAGAGAUUGUGGGGAGGAGGUCCCCUACCCCAGAGAGGACCCGACCACGUUCCCCCAGCCCUAUCAAGUCAGUUGAAAGGUCUUCACGCUCCUCCUCGAGGUUUGAGCGGUCUGCCCGUUUUGAUAUCAUGUCCCGUUACGAGGCCAGAAAGGCUGCUCUGAAAUCUGAAAGGAAGUAUCAGGUGGUCAGUCAGACACCUUUCAGUUUAGACCAUGCCCCGCGUGUCACUGUUAGGAUGCGUUCUCAUCGUAUCCCAGUUGGUCAAGAUACAAAAUUCACCCUAAAUGUACAAGCUAAACCAGAGGCUGAGGUCACGUGGUUCCACAAUGGAACUGCAAUCUCUGAAUCCAGUGAGAAAUUCAUCUUUACCAACAUGACUGGUGUCUUGUCCAUCACUAUUCUGGACUGUCAGGAAGAGGAUAGUGGCACGUAUCGCUGUGUAUGUUCCAACUCUAAGGGAGAGGCUUCAGACUAUGCUACCCUGGAGGUGUCAGGUGGUAGCUACACAACUUUCUCUUCUCGUCGCAAGGAUGAGGAAGCUCCCAAAGCAUAUGUCCCUGAAGUCACUCGAACAGACCACUACCACAUCUCCCACUUCAAAGCUGGCUAUGCUUCACAGACCCACUUUGAGGUAGAAGAAACCAAAUCUAGGUUAACUGAAACACGUGAGGUUUUCACACAUGAGAGAUAUGGCGCCUCCUCUGAAAGGUACUCCUCUGCUGAGAGGUAUGACUCAUCUAUCAAGUAUGCUUCUGCUGAAUACCUGUCAUCUAGUUCCUCUUAUUCAUCUGACAAAUUUUCUCUGAGUGGGAAACACACCAUAUCUGAAGCUAAACUGAAAUCAUCUACCACUGCUGGUGAUGAGGAAGUUUCUGUCCAGAAGGCAAAACUUUCUCUUCCAGCUAGAAUCCUCACUAAGCCUCAGUCUGUGACAGUUGAGGAGGGAGAGACUGUCAGAUUUACCUGUGAUAUUGAUGGUGAGCCUGCACCCACUGUGACAUGGAUACAUGAGAGCAGAACCAUUGUCUCAUCCCACCACAUUCAGGUCACCACAACUCAGUAUAAAUCCAGUUUGGAAAUCUCCUCUGUGACAGCCUCCCAUGAGGGCAGUUACACAGUAGUGGUAGAGAAUUCAGCAGGCAGACAGGAAGCUCAUUUUACUUUAACCAUCCAUAGACCAACCCCCAAGCAGGAAGUUAAAAUAGUCAAACCCCCUGAGCCAUCCGUGAAGUCACCCACUCCCAGUGUAAAGUCAUCUGCACCUUCAGUCACAUCCCCUGUUCCCUCCACAACCUCUGCUGUUCCCAGUGUGAAGUCACCAGAACCUAGCACCAAAUCCAUUGAGCCUUCAGUUACAUCACCAGCUUCAAGUAUAAAAUCUCCUGAACCAAGUGCAACAUCUCCUGCUCCAAGUGUGAAGUCACCAACACCAAGUGUGAAGUCUCCUGAACCCGAGGGGAUUAAGUCUCCUAAGAGCAUAAAGUCUCCUGAGCCAACUGCACCUUCUCCUGCACAGAGCUUAAAAUCACCGACUCCAGGUGUCAAAUCUCCUGAGCCUGAGGGACCUAAGUCACCACGAGGUCUAAAAUCUCCUGAGCCACGACUCAAGUCACCACCGCCAACUAAGACCCUGGGGACUGGAAAGUCACUGGAAUCUGAGGAAGUAAAAUCACCUCGGGGUAUCAAAUCUCCAGAACCUACGGGAAUCAAAAUGCCAAGAGGUGUCAAGUCCCCAGAACCUCCUGGACUCAAAACGCCAAAAGGCAUCAAGUCCCCAGAACCAACAGGCAUCAAAUCACCAAGGGCACUGAAGUCCCCUGAACCUGAAGGGAUCAAAUCUCCUCCCAGAAUGAAGUCUCCUCCUCCCACCAUGUCCCCCAAGAGAGUUAUAUCUCCACCCACCGUAAAAUCCCCAAUCCCAAAACCCCCCAAGGUCAUGAGUCAGCUAACAGCAGAAGCCUGUGAGGGGUCAGUGAGGAUGUCCUGUGUUUGUGAGAGCUCCGUCAGAGAGGUGGUAUGGUAUGUGAAUGGGAGGAGGCUUUCACAAAGCAGUCGCCUAGAGAUGCACUAUUCUGAGGGUUCUUGCAGCCUUUUGAUCCAUAAUUUAACAGACAGUGAUCAGGGAGAGUACACCUGUGAGAUGAAAUCAGAAGGAGGAGUAUCCAAGUCUUCUUUCAACUUCACUGGACAAGUGUUUCAGUCAAUUCGCAAGAAGAUUACAGCUUAUUGUGAACAGCAGCUGGGACUUCAAGGAUCAGUAUUGAUGAGUCAAAAGGAGUCAUCGUCAUCCUUGAGUUCAUCGGUGAUGAUGAAGAAAGAAAUCCAUACAAUGGAGGAGUCGUCUGCCUUUUCUUCUACUUCCCAGCAGGCAGUGAUGUCAUCCAUGACGGAUUCCCGCUCCUUCAGCAGCAUGGCAGCUGAAAUGAAGUUUGAGACCAUGUCCAUGUCCAGCAUGUCCUCCGUGUCAUCUGAGGCAUAUGCCAUGAGCUCCAGUAGCCUCAUGGAGAUGGCCUCCCACAUGGAGGGAUCACUUAGAGCUCUUGGUUCUGCUCCAAGGAUUGAAGCUCUGCCAGAGGACAUCAGCAUUGAGCCUGGCAAAGUCCUGACAGUCGCCUGUGCCUUCUCUGGUGAUGCCAGACACAUUGAGUGGUCGCACGACGGCAAAACGAUUGAGUUGACUGCUGCCGGACGCUUCCAUAUCGAGACCACUGAGGACUUGACCACGCUCAUUAUCACUGGGGUGAAGGAGGAGGAUGCUGGAAGCUACACCCUCAAACUGUCAAAUGAGCUGGGAUCUGAUACAGCAACUGUUCACAUUAGUAUUCGAUCGGUGUAAGAAAAAAACCCCAACUCUUCAAAACUUCCCCUUUUUCCUUUUCUCAUGCGUUUUUAUUUAA